CAAUGGGAUACAGAGUGUGUAUGUUCGGAUCGUGGAAUCUUCACUGUGCGUCUUAUUAGUAUUGAUAGGCUGCAGCGUAAGACUGCAUGGAGCUGGCCUGACUCAAUGUGGAGAGGGUUCUACCCACAUCUAAUCUGACGAUUUAUGGACGAGGGGUAAAUCAUGGAUCCCCAAACUGCAGAUGGGAUUUUACAAGCGUCUCAGUGCAUUCAUGUGCAGCUGCAAGGGGGAGCACCUUGGGGAUUCACCCUAAAAGGAGGACUGGAACAUGGAGAACCACUGAUUAUAUCAAAGGUAUUCUAGGGGAACCACUGACUUUCUUUAGUACUGUGGGUUUAAAUAUUUACCCUGUUCUGCUCGUUAUACUUUGUUCAGGUUUAAUAGAUUUUCUUUUUGUUUAUAAAAGGACAAUAAUGUAUUCAUUUAUGGCUUGAUUGACCUUGGUGAUAAUUGUUCCACUUUCUUAGUUGUUUAGCCUGAUGUUGAACUGCAACUUUAAGGCUAAAAUAGCCAGGCUGUGAUAACAGCCGGUUUGGUAGUUUUAUUUAAUUUAAUUUUUUAUUAUCAAUAGUAAAGGUUUUGGCUUUUUUUUUUUUUUUUGUGCAAUUCAGAUUUUCAUUCACUAGUAAAUAAACCGCUUUAGAGAUUGUGGAAAACAAUUAGUGUUAUACAUGGUAAUUGUAAGCCAUUUAAAUCUUUUUUGUAGGAUGGAUUUAAAACCAUUGUAAAUGUCGGUCUAAAAUCCAAAAAAAAAUUUAAAAAAAUCAUCCACUUCCUUUAUUGCCCUAGCAGAUUCUUUUGUCACAAAUUCCCUUUUUUUCCUUUUACAAGAUAACAUUGGCUUCAGUCUGCAAACAGCUAUAUAUAUAUAUAUUUUUUUUUUAUGCAAAGAUUCUAAAAAAAUUCUCAACUCAGAAUCCAAAACAAACCUUCAAGAUUAAUCUUUCUAUUGUGACUUUAGAAACUGGCUAAUGUGGUUUCAGGGUUAAUUAAUCCCAAAAGGCAUGUUAUACAUUAACACUUACAAGUUAAAAAAAGCAAGACACCUUAAACCUAAACCUCUGCUUAACAAAAAAAAAAAUACUUGUUGGAUUUUUCCACAAAACAGCAAGCUGUAGUGACUAAAAACAUUUAAAUAUGACAAAAUAAUAGAGUUGGCAAAAAAUGUACAAAAACACUUGAAGGUUUUGGCCUGUGUUUUGCCAAUUCUGUUUAAUUUCACAAUUCACUAUUUAGUGAAUAAACCCCACUGUUUAGAAGUAGUUGCCAAGUAUUAUUUCUUGCAUUUGGUAGCCAAGCCAAACCAACAGUUAGGUUUAAUCUGUAUAGCAGCCAAGACAUCGCUGCGCCUGUACAAGUCUAGGGAAGGUAAUCAAAAAUGUAAGUGGCCCAGAAAUGUCCUAAUGUGUUUUAUACCCCACCUCCUAUAGACUCUAUGCUUGUUUGAGCAGGGCCCUCUUCAACCUAUCGUUCCUGUAAGUUUUCUUGUAAUUGUCCUAUUUAUAGUUAAAUAUCCCCUCAUAAUAUUGUAAAGCGCUACGGAAUCUGUUGGCGCUAUAUAAAUGAUAAUAAUAAUAUUGUAGUAGCCAUAGCCGCCUGCCUUCUGACUGGUCUGUCAAACUCUAGUUUAGAUGCUUAUUCUCAAACUCCAAAUUGAUAUCCGAAGGUAAAAUAGCUAAGCUGUGCCUACAGUUGAGUUAGAAAAUAUUUGCAGUUCAGCUAUUUUUGCCUACCAAUUACUUCAAUUUGCUACACUUCAGAGUUUAGUGAACAGUCCCUUAUAGGGUAGGGAGAGAAUGGCAAAAAGGUAUCCUCAGCUGAUGCAGAACUACAACUCCCAUGAUUCUUUGUCAGAUUUUGUUUUGACAUGGUAUCAUGGGUGAUGUAGUUUUGGCCACAGCGGGUGUAAGUUGCUCUAUAAAAUGCAUGUAAUACAUAUGUAAAUAUUAUCUGCAUAAAGAUCUGUAAUGUAAGACACAUGUUUCUAUGACUCUAUAAACGGUUUAUAGGGGGUUUCACUAAUAGCACAUCUGUGUCUGUGUACACAUUAACUCCUAUACUGCAUUACAGUGACUUCAAGUUUGGGAAGACUCCAAUUUUCAUUUUAUUUUUUCACAGUCCUUAUUAUAGUCAUAUAUUUUUUUUUUUUUUUUUAGAAAAAAACAUUGGGGAUUCAUUCAUUUUGUCUGUGUGGUUAUAGUUGGGAUGUUUAACCCCCCCCCCCCCCAAAAAAAAAAAAAACCCAACAACAAACCACAACCCAAACUUCCCCCCUCCCCCUAAUUAUAAUUAAGCACAUAUUUCAUAUUCCAUUAACACUGAACAAUUGAGUGUAAAACUCUUGACAUGUUUGGGUGAAAUAUAUAAAGUAUAGCCCUUUUCCUAGUUCACUCUUCUCUGGAUUCCAGUAGGAAGUGGUUGAGAGUGAAACCCCCUGGAUGCCUUUUGUUCAAAGAGGGAAGGGGGAGGGAGAUGUACAAGUUAUAGAGGUUGUGUUUUUUUUUUUUUUCCUUUCCCUCUCCUUACUGCCUAUAUGACUUUUAUACCUGCAUUUCCACUCAGAGUAAAGUGACACAGAUAGUUUUACUUAAAGAGAUUAUGGAAUUUUUGCCUAAUAACAUUUGAUGCAAUGUUUAAUUUGUUGAUUUUCAUUGAAUUAUUAUUUUUGAGUGGUUUGCUUUAAAUUGUUAUGAACUGUUACAUUUUAGAGAAUCCUUUCUCUGCACCUAGGGUGGUUUUUAACCCCUUAAGGACCAAACUUCUGGAAUAAAAGGGAAUCAUGACAUGUCACAUGUCCUUAAGGGGUUAAAGGUAGUUAUUUAAUUUAUUUUUUUAAUCCAUAAUGAAACAAAAAUGUAUGCACUUAACUAGACUGUUAAGUGCUUGCUGUAAAUUUGCCUUAUCCAGAUUGUACAUUAGAUCCUUUUGCAUGGUUUAUCCAUUUGGCAUUUUAAGGAUUAUAGAGAUGUCCAGCAUUGUGUGAAUUCUUAUUAUUCUUAAAGCGGCACUGUCAUCGCCUGGGGACUUUGCAUAAUUUGCGAAGACCCUUGACGGUAACAUCGGAGGGAAGAUGUAGGGUGGGGGGCAGGGAAAGGUGAGAUUUAUUAAUCUGUACCUGUCCCACAUGGGUGCCAUCAUCUUCUUCCAGACAGUCCUCUUCUGCACCUGGCAUCGAGGUUUGUCUCUCGGGAUCCUCCAUUGAUAAAGCUCUCUCUUUAGCCAUCACUGGUAAUGGCUGGGAGAUUGACACAUCUUGAUGGCGUUCGCUCCGCCGAGUUAAAUCAGGAGCAGACAUAUGAGUGCAGAUAUUUUUUCACUCCAUAGUGUCUGUCUAGCUAUGCUAUGUCCUGUGAAGUGAUGCGAUUUUAUAGCUCUACAACUGACUUACAAAUGGAGGUCAGCGGGGGGCGGGGCCUGACCGCAGGACUGAGAGGAAGCAAACCUCUGCAGCUCCUGCCGAACAGCGCAAAAAAGCGAGGAAAAAGCCACAAAAACGACUCCACUAAGCUAAUCAAAGGCCACCAGGUGACAGACGACACCGGGACGCAUACGGCGAUAUCAAACGAGUGACAAAUGCCCCGGUACGUACCGGCCACACGGUUGAGGCCUACCAGCAUGGUGGGAGCGGGAGGGACGGCCGCCCUCCCUCCACCAAGACAGGCCAGAAAAGUGCCCCAGAACACCCGUUCCCCCCCCUAUGGACCGGUGGGGGUCAUCCCGGUCCACCCCUACGCAACUCUCUGGCAGAGCGGGAGGAGAGAGACAGAGACAAGGAGGCACGGGCCUGCCACCUCUGCAGCCCGCAAGAUGGCGGAUGUCCCUCACACUGCAGGCCCAGGAGAUGCGGAGCUCGACACGGAACUCAGACUGAAUGCAAUUUUCGCCGCGUUUUGGAAGAAGUUAGAGGCGCGCAUGAGACCCCAAGCUCCUGAAGACAUCCUUCAACAGGGCUCUCAAGGAGCUGGCAUGCGGGGAGUGCAGACCCCCAACCCCAGAUACAUGCCCGCGAACAAAUGUCGCCUGCAAAGAACGGCCAGGAGGCCCAACACUCGGAGCCUUGCAAAAAGCAGCAGUGGACCGGGGCUAAUACCUGAAACCGCACAAGUACUCAGGAAGCACCGACCCAAACAACCAGCCUUGGCAGCAAACAAUCGGCAUGAGAUCAGACAAGGCAAACCUCGCCCGGAACGAGCGGUGGGUCAGCAGGGCAGAAAUCCCUACAAGAUGACCGCACUAAAGAGACCGUCCCAGAGCCGCAGCGAAGCACCCAGCGCAAUGGGGCUCACCAAGGGAAGGACCUGGCAAGGAGACAUAGACGAAGACCCGCACAAAAUCCAUCACGCCAGCACCACCCUCCGAGCAUCAGGCGUGGGAUGAACAACCCGGACUGGACUCUAAAAACCGUGAGCUCCAUAUUGCUCAGUAUAGGGCUUCAUAUGUCAUACUGCUAAACAUACCUCGGACUAGAUUCACCAUUGCUGUCUGGACUGUCCAUUUAUAGCAGAACCUAGUUAAUGCAGAUCCUGUGUAAAUGAGCAGACUCCAGCUAUUAACAUGUUUUCUUUUCUGUGACAUACCUGCCUCGCUCUCCUCUCACUCUCUUAUAACAAGCAACAACUACAUAGUCAUGCUUAUUACGCUUGCACUAUAUCUAUUUUCAUACACUCAUCUUGCCUACUGAAACACCUUAAUUGCAAAAUUGAAGCAUCUACAUAGCAUGCCAUAGCAUUGUUUUCCGUUGUGUUUCUUCCUCGCCUGCCCUGCUGUGGAGGCGCCACAAGCGUAUAUGUUUUACUUAGCAUGCACUUACUACUCAAGCUAUACUUACCUUAACACUUAGUCCAGAAAUGCGAUGUAUAACCUGUAACCUAAGCAUAUUAUAACUUUGAACAAAAAAUCUCCAAGCUAGCAUGGAACGUAUUCUUAUCAAUGUAAUGCUUUCAUAUCUUUAUACACCAUGCUUACUGUUACCUACUACUAUAAUCCUAAAAAUGUGCUGUAACUCAGACAUGCAUACGAUUUGCAAACUGUAAUUUUCCAAUGUGAUGUUUUGACAUGUCUCUGACAAGCUCUAUCUUUACAAUGCACUCAAAAAUAAAGAAUAUAAAAAAAAAACAAAUGGAGGUCAGCAUGUAAGUAGCACUAUUCUCAUAAAUAUGAUAUUUUUCCCUGUGUAUGCUAUUGGCUGAAAGACAUAUUACUGUGGUAUCUAUGGUAUGGUAUCUAAAUGGUAAAGGUGGUCAUCUUACAUAUUUGUCUUUAAACUGGAGCUUAAUUUCAAUGGCAGCAUGUGAUCUGAUAAAUAAAAAUAAUAAAUAUAUAUAUAUAUAUAUAUAUAUAUUUUAAAUGAAUGAAUGAUCUGGAGCGUAAUCCCACUGCAAACUUUGAUGACCCCUACACAUGUGACAAAGAAAGCUAGAGUACACUAAUGAAUCAACAUACCAAAUGUUUUCCAUCAGACGUACAACACAGUAAUUGGUAAAAUGAACCCUACAGCACUCCUCUUACAUACAGUGCCCGUAAAUAAUUACAUUUACAGCACAUAUCUCACCGUGCCCGUAUAUCUCUAAAUAUUACAUUUACAGCACGCCUCUCGCAUACGAUGUCCAUAUAUAUCUAAAUGAUAAAUUUACAGCAUGUAUCUCACAUACAGUGCCUGUACUAGUUGAGUAUUACAUUUACAGCAUGCCUCUCACAUAUGGUGCCCAUAUAUCACAAAAAAUUAAGUUUACAGUACAGGUUUCACACGACCAUAUAUCACCAAAUGUUAAAUUUACAGCAUGUGUAUCAGUCACUAAACAUGUAUCUUACACACUGCACCAUAUGUUACUAAACUAAAACUCACAACACUAACUCGCUAAAUAUGCGUUUUACUGCCCUCAGAGCACCUCAUCUAUUAAUAUUACACUGGAGGGACAUCAGCAGUGCUCUUAGUUUAGAAAUAUUCAUAAUUUAAAAUAAUCCCAUGUGUAGUAAUAAUAGAAUAAGGUACAAUUAUGUGCUGUCCGUUUCUAACUAGACUUAUGUUUAGGUUAAAAGUGGAAUAAUAAAAUUUGCCAGAUAUUAGCCUUGGUCUUAAAUAAACACUAUAGCAUUAGAAAUACAGACCUGUAUUCCGAAUGUUAUAGUAUACUCUUCUGCAUAUAGUUUAAGGCUCCCCACCCCACUCCCGAAAAAGCGCUGUGUUCCUCCAAUGAAAUGGAAGUUAGCUGUAGGAACAGAGUUGUCAUAUCUACUAAACCAGGGCUUGACAAAUUUCCUUUGAAUCUAGGAGCCAGGAAAAAAAGUUAGGAGCCAGGUUUUUCAAUGUCAAAAAUAUAAUUCUUAAAGGUACUCUAUAGUCACUAGAACCACUACAGCUUAAUGUAGUUGUUGUUCUUGUGUCUAUAACCUGUCCCGCCACACUUCAAUGUAAACCGUACCUUUUCAGAGAAAAGGCAGCAUUUACAUUGUUGCCUAGUAACACUUCUAGUGAAAGUCACUCAGAGGGCCUCUAGAGUGGGUCCUGGGUAAGUACUGCACCAUACGCAGAACCUACGUUUAGCGUCUCCACGCUCUGCAUGGAGGCGCUGAAUGUUCCCCAUAGAGAUGCAUUAAUUCAAUUCAUCUCUAUGAGGAGAUGCUGAUUGACGCAGCGUGGCGUUUUGCCACACAUGCGCAAUAGCGUCCCAAUGCUUUCCUAUAGGAAAGCAUUGGAUUAGCUGAGAUCAUCAAGAUUGGAGACAGGGCCAGCUGCAGCAAGACCAGCACAGCGUGGGGGGGAAAAGGUGAGUUAAAAAUCCCAUACACGUGUGAUUGGAGGGGGACCAGUCACCUAAACACAUACUCACACUCACUCAGUGACACACAUACACUCACUCACAUUCACUGUCACUGCAAUAACACACAUUAAAGGUACACUCCCGGCACCCAGGCCACUUCUGCCCAUUGGAGUGGUCUGGGUGCCAACUCCCACUACCCUUAACCCUGCAAGUGUAAAAAAUUGCAAUAAUUACCUUGCAGAGUUAACUCCAUCUCUAGUGGCUGUCUACUAGACAGUUUGGGAAGACUCCAAUUUUCAUUUUAUUUUUUCACAGUCUUUUAUUAUAGUCAUAUUUUUUCGUUUUAAGAUCCAGCGUCGCUCAAUUCGUUUUAAGAUCCAGCAUAUAAAAAAAUAAAAAAUAAUCUCUCUACUAGACAGCCACUAGAGGGCACUUCCUGCUCUAUAGCACAGGAAACCUGUGCUAGAGCAUCGCUGGACGUCCUCGCGCUGUGUGAGGACCUCCAGCAUCGAUAAAUUCCCCCUAGGAAAGCAUUGAAAAGCAUUUUCAAUGCUUUCCUAUGGGGAGCUCUAAUGCGCAUGCGCGGCAUUGCCGCGCAUGCGCAUUAGGUCUCCCUGGCCGGUGGGUGGACGUAAUCACUGGGAGGAACGGCGGCGAGCAGAAACCAGGUCUCAGGUAAGUGACCUGAAGGGGUUUUCACCCCUUCAGCAACCGGGGAUGGGGGGUGGGAGAAAGAGGGAACCUGCAGUGCCAGGAAAACAGAUUGUUUUCCUGGCACUGGAGUUUCCCUUCAAGGUGACCACCCAGCCUCCCUACCUGGAGCUUGAGUAAUUCGGCCAGUGGGGCUUUAGUCAUCUCCCUGCUCUGCUCCAUACAGCUCUGUUUAGUGAUCCCAGGUCCAGAAUUAUGUCAUAUUCUGGCUCCUGGCAUCUCUGGAGGAUGUGGGAGAGAGCAGAGCAGGGAGGGAGGUUACAGCUCCCUCACGCGCCUGCCAGUCUGUUUCAAUCCUCCAGAAGCCUCCCGCCCGUGCGCACGCCUACUCUCUCCAUCAGCUGGCUGGCCGACCACCCGGAAAUGCAUACCAAUGCUCUUUAUGUGCCGGCCACCCGCCCGCCUCCACUCAUAGGCGGCUGACUACCUCGGGCUGAAUGGGCCAACAAGUGGGAUUUGUCAAGCCCUGUACUAAAUGGCAGUGCUUUACAUUUCAGGGUUAAAACUAAAGGGCCAUUGCACCCAGACCACUUCACUGACAUAAAGUGGUCUGGAUGUCUUUAGUGAUCGUAUUUAAAGAUUACCUGCAUGUGUAAAAAAUUGUAAAUAUUAAAGGGUUUCUCCAAACACCAUAUUAAAAAAAAAUAUUUUUUGUUGGAAAGACCAUUUAACUGUCAGAGCACUAAUGCCAAAUCGUUUUAUGAAAUCUUUUCAGCACUGGGUUAUAAAAGUCACAACUAAAGAGACAUUAGGAAAACCCAAGUACUGAUUUGACUCUGUUAUGACAAUUGUAAGCAGUAAUCUACAUGGCAGGCCUGUUCUUUCAGUGAUGGUAGUGACCUAUAAUCCACUUGAACUUACAGAAAAAUAAUACUGUGUAUUCUACCGGUAGGAAGUUGUUUUGUUAUCCAUAAAAAAAGUUUUUCCUGGUAUUGCAACAUGGUACCUCGUACUCCAUAAGUUUCCUUCCUUGCAGUGGUUGCCUGUUUGACAUGAGACAUAGUAUAGGAGUAAUGGGGCAGGGAAAACGUACUGGAUAUCCCAGGGCAGAUGCAGAGCAAUAAUGAUGCAGAAAAACCUGGUGUUUGUCCAUUGCUGUGAUAUGAACCUAUAGUGUUAGGCAAGUACAUUCAUUUUUGGGAAAUCUGUCAUGUUUGGUUCAAACAAGAGUCCACAACGAAUUGGCAGUACUCUAAAGGAACUAGACCACUUCAUCUGUAUGUGAUGCAUGCUGGAUCUCUUAUUUUCGCCAAUCCAAGCACACAACUAUAUAGACAACCACAGACUACAACCUCAGUAAUUGCUCCUUGUGGUUCCCACACUCACUUGAGUCAGAGUACAUGCUGGGACUCCCGGCAGCUGUGCUCUGGCUAACUAAAGGGUUGUACAUUUACUGAGGUCUGCAACCAAUGGAAGUGUAGUGUUCACAUUCAAUGCCCCCAAACACUGUCCUUCAUCUAGCAGCCCUACUACUUCCCGUAGCAGGGCUAAACGCCCCCAACAAGCUGCCUGCCUUGCACCCGUGACAUGCAGUUCAGGGUGACAAAUGCCUGUAGGGGCAUCAGGUCAUGGUACUUUUCAGAUUACUCUAACCCUGGGGCACAAAAUGCACAAUAGGGGAAAAUAUGUGCUUUCCUUUAUAUUGAGAUAAUGACUGUGCAAGAUUCGGGGUGUUCUUUACCAUGAUAUUCUGAGAUAGUACUGCCCCCAACCCAAUUUUGGAUGUAUUUGUCCUUACAGUAAACUCUGUAGAAAAGUCACAGGUUACUGGAACUGUUUGGGUACACAAAGCCUCCUUCAAAUUUACAAAUGCUUAUUUAGCCUAGAAAGACUAUAUUUUUGCUGCUAAUGAUUUUGUAAGGUCUGUUAGAGGUCUUGCAAUUGCAGGGAAAGCUGGGAUAAAACUCCUACAAUAACAAAAAGCAAAAGGUCCCAGAAAAGUCCUACUAUGCUUUUUUAGUAAGAGGAUGUGGCCAACUUUUAUGACUUCCGCAUCGGCCAACUGAGGUCUAACCAAACCACUCCCAGUUGAAUCACCUAGGUAUCUUGCUUUUCCUAAACCGAUAGUACACUUCGAGAGAUUCCUAAGCCAGACAAAUUGAUAGCAAACAAGCCUGUCUAUUCUUGAGGAGAUAUGAAUACUAGUCAGCUGUAAUGGCUAUAUCUUCUAGAUACAUUGCAGCAUAAUGACUAGGAGAUUUCAUAAUUCUGCCCAGCUAGAGUCCCAUAUAAGCCAAACUGCAAAACCUUUUGUAGUGAUGAAAAAGCUGUCUUUUCCUUUGCUCUGCCAUUGAAGGGUACUUUCCAAAAUUCUCGUUACAUGUAAAGUAGUUUGGUAGCAUACUGUAUACAGUCUCUCUAUGUUCAACAACAUCAGGCAUUGGAUAACUGUCAAAUUUGGGUGCGAUCAUUAAUAUUUUGGUAAGUGUUACAAAAUAUUAAUGAUAGAUCAGGAUUCGAUACCAAUACAAUAUGGCUAUUCCAUUUGCUUUGUGAAUCCGCUUUUAAUGUCCAACGUUUUAAGAUCCAGCAUAUAAAAAAUAAUCUCUGCAUUUAUAACCUCUUUCUGGUCUUCGAUAACAUGCUUAAAGGACCACUAUAGGCACACAGACCACUUCAGCUCAAUGAAGUGGUCUGGGUGCCAAGUCCCCAAAGUCGUUUUUUUUUUUUUUUUGUCAAUCUUUCUUUUAUUGAGGCAAUUGAGUUGGGAUACAGAAAAAGAGAGAGAAGGGAAACGUGCAAUUUUAGGUACAUGUUAGGGAAAUCACAGCUGUAAAUAACAUUUCCUAGAUAACGGUGCCUCGUUUUUAUGGGUUAGUAAAACUUGAACAUGCUGAACUGUUACGCUUAGUACGUAUGGCAUAGUUAUUUGUACAUGCUUAUCACAAUAGAAGGUAUGCUAUAGGUAGUUGUUGUUAGUGAGCACCGGAGGUAGGGCAGGAGCCCAUGUCUAGCUGAGAUAAAAGCUUUUCUAGAUUGGCAUGUCUCACCGUGUGGCUGUUUCUUCGCUAGGUACAGUGCUAUGGGUUCUCUUGCUACAAUAGUUAUGGCUCUACCUAGUCUUGUCAGCUCGCUUGGACCUAGAAGAACCCUUUAGACAUUCUGUUAACAGGCUGAGAUAUAGGCUUAUCAAGUUAUACGGUAUAGUAAGGCUGAGCUGAGGUCAGUUACUACGGCACAGGUGACACUUUUUAGAUUUAGUGGACACAAUGGCUAUGUAAUUGCAUUCUACUAACGUCAGGCUUAUUUUACAUUAUGAGAGACCUACAUAACAGUAGACAAUAAUGGGCUAUUAAGUAACUUAUGGAGGCCCCUAGUCCAACAGCGUACAGCCAGUAUAUGCUGGGCUUGUGACUGGCAGUGUGUACAGUCUGAGUGGGGUUCCGGAUGUGCAGUGAGGACCACAGCUGGAAGCGUCUACGUGUAGGUCCCCCCGAGCCUUGAGUCCUCGAUCAGCCAAUGCCCAAGCGGGGUGUGGGGAUAUCGUGCGUUUGGGGUGUCCCCUGGGGGAUGGUGAGAUGCGGAUGUUGGAGGGCCACCUUCAUGCCCCAGGCCAUAAAGAGGGCCAACACCUGCGGCCCACAGACUCGGGAGCUACUCGAGGCCGGGUCUUCCCUUUUUCGGGUGCCCAGGUGUGCCCGGUUGUACUGCCGCCGCCAGCGGAGGUCGGGUCUCGGGCUGUGUGUCUGGUGCCUUGGAAACAUUCUCCGGUUGGCUCUCGGCCUAGUAUGGCUUGUCAAAAGCGGGAUAGUUGCGGUUCCGUAUGGUGUGCCUGAGUGCGCCCCCCUCUGAUUCCGCCUCACUUUCACCUCAGCGUAGGUGUGGGGUCUAGAUUUCUCCCCCCUCCAGAGUUCCCUCCGGGUGGGAGUCUUGACCGCCAAAUGCUUCUCAGAGUGGGUCCCCUGUUUGGUAGGUAGGCAGGUUGUCGUGGCUGCUCUUCGGUUGAUGCGUUGCCAGAAUUUAUGGCAGAUGGCUUCAAACCUGGCUUCAAAUAGGGCCCUCCAUUGAGUGUGUGGGCUACUAUGCUGGGCUUCCCGCGUGGCGGCCAUCUUGGUCUCGCCACAAAGUCCGUGCCACACAGUACCCCUGCUCUCCAGUUCUCCGUGCUUGUGUCCCCUUCCGUGUCCAGUAGGGGGGGGGGUUCGGAGUAUAGCGGAUCCGCGGGCAGGGCCCGAGCUCCGGGAGAUCGGCCGCCUCUCCCUCGUCCAGGCCCCAGCAGGUCGCCUUCGGGGUUCUGGGCUGUCAUUGAUGGUGGUUUCAGGGUAAGUAUAGUGUCGUGUGCCCGGAGCCCCCUGUGUGUAAAUUCUGCCAAGUCUUUGCUUUUGAGCCCAGCAUUUAGGCUCAAAAUUGCUGUUUUCUUCAUUUUCAUGCUGGAGCUCAAGCUGAACAUGUCUGCUCGCCCCCUCCCCAAAGUUUUAACCCUGCAGAUGUAAACAUAGUAGUUAUAUAGGCUUCCUGACAGCCACUAGAGGCCGCUUCCGCGAUUCUCAGUGUGAAAAUCAUUGAGUAAUGCUUCCCUAUGGGCGGUUUGAAUGCACUCGCGGCUCUUGCCUCGCAUGCACAUUCAGAACUGACGCCAGCAGGGGGAGGAGAGGUCACCAGCGCAGACGGCGCUUGAUUAAGGCAAGUGGUUGAAGGGGUUUUAAACCCUUCAGCCCAGCGGGUGGGGGCCUUGAGGGAGGGGGAGACCUAAUGACCCUAUAGUGCCAGGAAAACGUGUUUGUUUUCCUGGCACUAUAGUGCUCCUUUAUGGAUAUUGGUUCUGCCUGGAAUUAUCGAUAACACCUCUUCUUCACUUCUGAUAAAAUCUCCUACCUCUUCUUUUUGAUGUGAUGACGAUACCUCUUCUACAUUAAACUCGGGGUCACUAGUCAGUAACUACCAGCAUGUUUUAUACUUCUGUUGUUCCAGGGCUUCAUUGACUCCAAAUAGUAUAUCUGUUCUGAGUUCCUUCUAUUACUUUGUCUCCCUUUAUCCACUUCCUCUAUUUGUUCAAUAAUAUCACAGGGGCCACACAAAGCAGCAUGAACUUCUCCAGCGUAGAGACCAAAACUAGUAACUUAUCUUUUCGAUGAAAAUUCUGAAUCUUGCAUUCCUGUUUUUGAUGUUCUUCUGGGAUGCUUGGGCUUUCUUCCUGUGCUCCUUCAAAGUAGGAAUGACAGCUGCUAUUCUUUCUAGCAAAUCGGCUAAUUCAAUUAUAUAGUGAUAUGGAUUCCAAUUCUGCUGCCAAGUUUAGCUAUAUCUAAUGGACCUGUGGGAUGCUGUGAAUAUAGACGUUCUAAAAGGGAAAAGUCAGUGUAAAUUUGUGACACCAGUUAUGCCCAUCCUUGUUAGCUGUGUUUCUCAACAUAUUUUUCAAGGUAUUAAAACUUUCCAUCCAUCCAGGAAGAUAAACUGAUGUUUUAAGAUGGUUAAUGUGAAGAUGUUUGUACAAUAAAUUUAUGACUUUUUGUAUAGAUUGGGUAUCCUGAACUGUUAAAAUGUAUUUUCGAUGAAACCUAAGUUUGUUUGUUUGUUUUAGCAAUGAAGUAAUAUGUUAGGGCACAGCUUCUGCAUAUUUUGUUGCAUAAUCCAGAACCAGUAAUACUUUACCAAGUAACCUGUUAAGUCUACGACAAUUCUGUCAAAUGGUGCUUCAGUUAUGGUACUAGAUGACUCUGGCGAGCAACUGCAAUGAAUGUGAAUAAAAUACCCCCUGGCCAAUAAAAUCUUUUGUUUUCAAUGACUACAUGUCUUCUCAUAAUUUGAAAGUUUUAAGACUGUAUGCUUGAAAGGCUGGGGAACUAAUUAGUUUAUUUACUAUAUAAACAUCCCUUUCGUGCAAAACUGAGAGUGUGUGUGUGUGUGUGUAAAAACAUAUUGUGUAAUUGGAUUAUUUUUACCUUUUUUAUAAUGACCAUAAAAAAAAGAUAUAUCUAUUUAUAUAUUUAUAUAUAUAUAUAUAUAUAUAUAUAUAUAUAUAUAUAUAUAUAUAUAUAUAUAUAUAUAUAUAUAUAUAUAUAUAUAUAUAUAUAUAUAUAUCCCACCCACCCACCCACUGUAUUCCGUGAACUGUCCUAGAUUUAAAAUAUUUGACUUUAAUUACUGAAGAUAAACAUGGGAAAUAUGUGGGGGACAGAGCCUGACUGCUGAGCCAGCUGGUAGCACAUCGCCUGAGCUCCAGGCCUGAGACCUUUAUUCUGCCUGCUUUUCAAGCAAAAAACUACUAUAAAUCGUACAAUGCUAAAAGGGGUCACCUGUACAGACAGGCAACACCACUUAUGCAGCCUUACAGCCAGCAGUCGGUAACUCCAGGACGGAGCGCAGUUGUGGCCUGUGGGAGGCCGGGGCGGGUAGAAGCGGACGCUCUCCUCACUCUUGGAUAGACUAUCUACCCCAAACGUGCUCCCUCCCCCUAUGGACCGGCAGGGGUCAUCCCGGUCCUCCCUGGGGUGAAGCCACACUUACCGCACCCAGAACUGAGGGAACCCGCAGAGCUGGAAACCCACACAGUGCAAGCUAAGAUGGAUGCCAACACGAUGCCAAGUGCAACCCAGACUCCUGUGACCUGGGCCAUACAAGAAGACCGCAUUGCCCAGGUCUUCGAGCACUUCUGGACGCAAUACUGGGAACACACCAAACAGAGUCAGAAAAUAUCUGCCAUUGCGACCUCGCUCCAUGCCGGCCCCUCACAGAACAGAAACAAAUCGAGACCGUCCGGGCUAAAACCUAAAGCAACGCAACAGGUGGGGAAGAAGAGAUGAAAGCCUCAUAAAGUGUCCCGACGCAGACCACAUGGGCCACAGCUCCUUAAGAGAAGAACCCUUCGAUGCCACUCAAUCCCGCAUAUGACCUCCACUCAUCACAAGCAGUGGAAUCCUCAUAGUGGGCCCAGAACAAGUCUUGCCUCCAACACCAUGUAGGACUUAUGAGACCAGAGAGGGGAACAGCCACCUAACCUGGGGCUGGUGUGGUAUUGUGAAGCAGGACUCUUGUAAUUUAUCUCACAAGGGCUCUAGUCAUACAGUAGAGGGCAUAGGUGAACAACGCCUUAAUUAUAGAUGGCACGGCACAGUCAUGGAUGCGGUUUAAUAGCCUAUAUAUUGUGUAUUUGUUUACCCAGGGGUAUUCAUUCACUCACUAUUAAAUGGUAGAUGAUUGUAAUAUACAUUAUAAAAGCAGUGAGAUUUUAUUUUAUAAAAUCGCGCAAUAUGCAUGACAUCUCAUGUAUAGUUUCAUCUCGUAUAGCAGGGGUCUUCAAACUACGGCCAAGCAUUUAGGGCCACCCGAUGGGCCCUAUAUCUUCAGGGGCUGGUCAGCGCUGCAGCCGUGCAAUAGUGUGACUGGGUACCUUUAAAAAAUUUCAGCCGCAAAGUAGUGCUCGGAGGAAGUGAUGGCUGGUCACUUCCUCCCAGCUCCCUCCCCGCGGGAGGCAAGAAAGACAGGCGAGGAUGGGACUCCCAUCAGCCACAGAAAUGUACCUGUUUUCUCUUGCGUACAAUUUUAAAGCUUUGUAGACUCAGACAUGACAAGCUUGUUUGUCAAUUUGUGCACACCAAAAAUAAAGAAUUAAAGAACAAAACAAAAAAAAACUUGGGAAAUGUGCAGUCAAUAGUUUUUGAGUGUGUUUUUUUUACACUUUCUCCACUGAUAUGCCACCAUCCGCUCGACUCUUCCGUCAACUUCUAUUUUAUCGAAGGACACUCUAAGCACGUUGACAACAUGCACUGUUCUGUUGAAAAUAGUCUGUGGACAUUCUACCCUAUUUUAUAAAAAAAAUUUUUUUUUUUUUUUUCUUUUUCUGGGAUGAGGGAAACCACUCUCUUGGCAUUUACAGAAUUGCCUCUCUGCAGGUGCCUUAAUAAAGCAUAAUUACACUUUUCUAUGUUCUCAUAUUUAAUUAUGUCCAAAUUACGAAGUUUAACAAAUAGUGAAGAAAUAAAACCUUGCAAGUAAACUGAAGGGAGAUUUUGCCUACUGCUGAGGGUGAGGUUCCUAACCCUAAGAAUGAUAAAGCUGUGUAAUUCUCUAACUAAAAAGGUUUUAUCAGAUAAUUUACAGGUAUGUUUUUUUUUUUUUUUUUUUUUUUCAAGCAAUGGUAUGGGGAGAUUUUUGGAACAACAGAAGAUUUAAGGAUCUAACAUAUAAUAUGUGGGCAAACAGCUGAUUGAUCCAAGAAGAAACCUGACUUGGAAUCAAGAUGUUUUUGUUUUGAUCCCAAAAUUGGAAAUUGCUUUAAUUUUGAGUUUUUCAUCUAAUUUUGGGUCAGCAGCAGUAAUAAGUGUAAGAAAGGCCAAACCCGAUGGACUUGAGUAUUUUUUUUUUUUUUCAUCAGCCUAUAUUACUAUGUAACUGUAAUGCUGCAGCAGUAGAGGGGCCAAGUUUUGGGUCUUUGUCAAACUGCUUGCGUCGUUUGACAAAAGAUUGUACACAAAGAUUCCUACCCCAUAACCACAACAAGCUGGAGUGGUUAUAGUGCUUAGAAUGUUCCUUUUAAUGUCUGAGGUCAGUCACACAAACUCUUAAAUGUUUGCAUAAAGGUACACAUUUACAGUAGAAAGUAAAUAUGUUAAAGCAAAAUAUUUUCAGCUUUCUCCAUGUACUUUGUAAUAAGUCUUCUCAUUUUGUUUCCAAUUUAUUUGGACUGUUUUAAAAGUCAUUCUUUGAAUUUCUCCCAGACCUUCACUUUUCAGAAUGUACUUUCUCUUUCAUGAAAGAGUGACCCGAUGUCCUAUUUAAAAGUAAAUAAUUUUUUUUUUUAACAAAUGUUUUAUGAAAACACUUUUAUUUAAAAAAAAAAAAAUUUAUAACCCUGUAAACCGUAUGGCGGUCCUUCCAGUUUCUGCGAUAGUACGUAAAUGAAGAUGGCUUUAUGCAGACAUGUAACUAAGUGCACCUUGCAGUGUUUUCCCAGAAAAGUUCUUGGUCAUGUAUUCUUAUUGAUUUAUAACCAUUUUUAAUAGACUUCAGAAUGAAUAUAUGGCUUUGGUUCAUGUCUAUUUUCAGUACAGUCCAUUUUGAGAGAAAUUUUCUAGCUUUUUUUUUUUUUAAAUCAAUCUGCUUCCUGUGACACGGAUAGUUUUAGACUGAUUUCCAACUCCUUAUUAUCCAUGAAUGUUAUCUGUAGGUGUGAUUAAUCAAAGUGUCUAUAGUACUAAACGUGGACCACUCAGUGGAACCAGCAGCCAUAUUAAAAUUUAGAUUCCUUUUGCAACAAUUUUUACAACAGAACUCUUUGAUAAAUACAUUCCUACCACUCUGUGUAUAGGGAAAAGGAAGGGGACAAACAAUUACAUGUAUGAAAAUUGGGUUCUUGGAGGGAGUGAAUUGCAGGGGAAUGUGUGGUUGUGAAUUCUAGAGUGGUGUACAUAAGGGGUUUUAAUUUGGGGAAGAAAGGGGUUUAAUAUCAGGGUAAUAUGUUUGGCGGGAAGGAGCUUAAUUUUCUGGAGAUGUGGAAAUAAAUUGUGGAAGAAGGGUUAAUUGGAAUAUUAAUGUUAGGAUGUGAAUAUGGAGGGGAAGAGGAAUUGGGAAGGAGGGUGGAGAUGUGGAGAAACUGUUCAUUUGUAAGUAGGAAAAAACCUUUUAUUAUAAAGUGUACAUUUCCAUCUCCCCUCCCACCCCCCUUAGUUGGAACAGGAAAUGCAGCAAUCACAAAACAUUUAUAUACUGGAUCGAUUUUCCUCUGCCACCUGUGUACACUUCAUUGAUUUUUCUCUCUCAUCUGUAAUAAUAAACCUGGUUUACCAGAAUAGAUGCACUGAUGAUUUCUGUUUUGUGUACCAAGUUGGCUCAGCUGAGAACAGAACCUUGUGACAAUGAUAUUUGAUUAGCAAGUAUUACAAAUGCAGCUCCAAGCAACAUAACCACUACAUUGUGCGGGUGAGCACACAAAGACUUUACACCCUAAAGUCACUUUUUAAGCUUGUGAAAAUUUACUCACUAAACUUGGAAUUGGGGCGAGCAUUUAAAAAUGUAUACCAAAAAAAAACACUUUAAAAAUCUUCAACUUUUCUUUUUUUUCCAGCUCUGCCAGUUUAGCCUUAAUUAUGCUAUUUCAACUCCUUUUUAAUAUCUCACCAUGUUUAGUGAAUAAAUCCCAUAGUACAGAGCAACAUAUGUCCCUUGCUUCAAUAAACACUACUGUACAUUGUAAAACUGUUUAGUUGACCUAAGGUUUAGUGAAUCUAAAAUAUAAACCCAGCCACCCAAUAUAUGUUUUCUUUUCCUCUCAUUAACCUUUGAAUAAUCUGGCAAAGCUAGUCUCACUCACUAUUUUUAUGCUCUCUUGGGCUUCUACAGAAAAAAAUAUAUUUCCAUGAUUUUACCAGUCUGUUCCUCCACCUAUAAAUGCAGUUCAGAACUGAAAUAUUCAUCAAGUUCCCUUUGUAUGUGACACUGUCAUGGCAUUAUCUGUCCAUGCCUAAGCUUGUAUCAUUGCAAUUCUCUUUCUUACUGGUUGCCUAAAAGUAAACUGUAACAGGUGUGAACAACUUUCUUACUGUACAGAGCCAGGUUUAGGUUGUCCAGAGCCCUAGGCAAGAUGCCUGAUUGGAGCCACCUCCUAGAGCCAUGGGCUCUCUUUGUUUUUUGUGUGUGCAUGUUAUGGCUGAGUGUUGUGUUUAUGUUUGGGAAGGCUGAGUGUGGCUGGUUGAAUGUUGUGUGAAGUGUCUGGGUUUUUUUGAGGAAGAAAUGUUUGUUUGUUUGCUCCCCUUCUUCUUAACUUUUGGUAAGAGCGGUUAUUAUCCUUGGUGAUCCAGUGGAGACCAUUGUUUGCAGGAUCCCUGGUGGUCCCGUGGGGGAGUGUUGUGGCCUGCACCACUUUGAGUUCACAUCCCCUUAAGAGCUCCUUUGUGGACCAGCACUCAGUCAGUGACUCUGGAUGCGGAGCUCUGAGUCAUUGAGAAGUGGUGGGCCACCACAAAGGAGCUCUUAAAGUGAUCUAAACCUGAUAAAGGUGCGGACCAUGUACUACCUUGAGGUUGUAAAUGCGCACAGGGCAAAACAGGGAGAACAUUUGAUUUCCCUGCUUGCACAUUAAGGGCACCCUCACAGCCAAAGUUGGAACUCUAUGCAAGAUUGGAAACUUUGCAGCAUCCUAUAUUACCUUAUUGGUAAUCUGGCUCAGUAACAGUGCUCAGAAGGGUAACUCUCGUGCAAUACAGGUACAUUGUAAGAAAGGACCACAUUUUGGGUGUAUUAGUGUUUUCAUGCCUUACUUUGCUUUGAGUUCCAGGCUGGCUAAUGUCAAUUUUGUGCAACUUUCCUUGCACAGAAUGCCAUUCAUUUGGCUCAGAGCAUUUAGCUGAUGCAUUCAGCCAAUCCAUGACCGCGGCAUCGGCACACGGAUUCUGCAGCUCUGCUGAAGCUGGAUGUACAUCACCAAACCAACAGGCAGACCCAAAGCCUAUUGCAGAACCAGGUAAAAUAGGAACGGGACCGGGGUACUCCUGGCAUUCUACCCACUUCAGCAGGCUUAAAUUAAGCCUUUAUAUUUGGCAUGGUACCAGGGAAUUUCUGGCACUAUAGCCGCUACAGCAGGCUGCUGUGGUUAUGGUGGUUAGUGCUCCUUAAACCCCUUUUGCCCAUGUUUCUUACACUCAAUACCGCUCCUUUUGAGCACAUGCCUAUAUAUCUAUGUUAUAGUAUAAUGGUGAUCGCUUUUAAAAAAUAACUUGUAUGGUUUUUUUUCCACAUAAAAAAAAAAAACAAACAAAAAACCUCUACUAAAAAAUGAAUUAUGAUAUUCCUGUGCUAUGUUUCUAAAAGGUUACAUAGCAUCUGUGUUGUCUGUCUUUGUGAAUUGGUGCACUAUAGAGGGUUUAUUAUGUAGGCAUGGGUGAGGUGAUUGAUCUGAUGUCAUUCACUGAGCCCAUGAAAGUUUGCUGGAUGGUAGCAGGUAAGAAGUGUGUUAGCAACUUUGUGGAAAGUACUUUACAGGCUUAACUAGGAAAGGAAGUGAAUCGUAACUUGCCUCACUGGCGCUUGUAAAUAAAGUAGGUUUACUACCCCUUUUAAAUUUUAAUGCCUCGCUAUUCCUUCAUUACAAACUAGUCCUUAAAUACUCUCUGUCAGCAUGAAAUGUUCUGCUUAUUUAGUGUUAGGAAUUCUGCAUAGCUCUGCUGAUACUAAAUAACUUAAACGAACGCUACACAUUUUAUUCUUGGCACUAUAGUCCUGGAGUGGUUGUUUAGGUAAGCACUCCCCUCCAGCCUUCCCCCGUCAGAUUGCAGUAAAAAAAGUAUUUAAAGGACCACUCUAGGCACCCAGACCACUUCAGCUUAAUGAAGUGGUCUGGGUGCCAGGUCCAGCUAGGGUUAACCCAUUUUUUUUUUUUAUAAACAUAGCAGUUUCAGAGAAACUGCUAUGUUUAUGAAUGGGUUAAGCCUUCCCCCAUUCCCUCUAGCGGCUGUCUAACAGACAGCCGCUAGAGGCGCUUGCGUGCUUCUCACUGUGAUUUUUCACAGUGAGAGCACACCAGCGUCCAUAGGAAAGCAUUGAUAAUGCUUUCCUAUGUGAGCGGCUGAAUGCGCGCGCAGCCGGAGGUGGAGGAGCGGAGGAGGAGAGCUCUCCGUCCAGCGCUGGAAAAAGGUAAGUUUUUACCCCUUUCCCCCUUCCAGACCUGGGUGGGAGGGGGACCCUGAGGGUGGUGGCACCCUCAGGGCACUAUAGUGCCAGGAAAACGAGUAUGUUUUCCUGGCACUAUAGUGAUCCUUUAACUUACCUUUUUUCCCUCGUUUUGCUGUUCUGGCUGCGGCUGGCCCUUCUUUUGUGGCUGUGAGCAUCAAUCUUGAAGAUAACAGCUGAUCCAAUGCUUCCCCAUAGGAAAGCAUAGGUAUUGUGCAUGCGCUGCGCCCAUCAGCAUCUCCUCAUACAUAUAUACAUUGAAUCAGUGAAUUUCAAUUGGGAGCAUUCAGCUGAACUUAGGUGCUGCACACAGUGCAGUCAUGGACUAGGAAGCACCUCUAGUCUGAGUGACUGCCUCCAGAGGUUUGUAGACAUCAGAUCCUCUACAUUAAGUUGUUGUGGUUCUGGUGACAAUAGUGUCCCUUUAAGAUUAACCCCUUAAGGACACAACUUCAGAAAUAAAAUGGAAUCAUGACGGAAUAUUUCCGUCAUGUGUCCUUAAGGGGUUAAAUACAGAAAGCUCUCAAUUUUAGCAGUGCUGAAACUCUAUACUACUCAAAGAUAUUCUCACUGCCCUUCAAUAAGGAAGUUUUUAUAUAUUCAAUGUUCAGUGAAUAAUUCCAAGCUUUCCAAUGCUAAGUUUUCCUGCAUCUUAAAGGGACACUAUAGUCACCAGAACAACUACAGCUUAAUGUAGUUGUUCUGGUGAGUAUAAUCGCUUUUGUCAGACAUGUAAACACUGCAUUUUGUGAGAAAAGGCAGUUUUUACAUUGCCCCUAGGGACACCUCCAAGUGGCCAUUCCUCAGACGGCCACUGGAUGUACUUCCUGGCUCAGGGCUGCACAGUAAGCAGCCCUGCCGUUCAGCAUCCCCGCGCUCUGCAUGGAGACGCUGAAUUUUCCUCAGAGAUGCAUUGAUUCAAUACAUCGCUAUAAGGAGGUCCUGAUUGUCCAAAACAGCAUUUGGCCCCGCCUGUGUCGAUAUUAGCCAAUCCAAUGCUUUCCCUAUGGGAUUGGCUAAAAAUCUGCCAUUUUGAUUAUCUCACAAAGGGGGCAGAGCCAGCGUCGGUGGACCCGCGUGGGUUGCUGGAAAUAAGGUGAGUUUUAUACGUUUAUAGUGGCGCUAAGGGGGGGACAAUCCACCUAAAUGGUGGGUUUAGCACUAUAGGGUCAGGAAUGACCUUUAAUAAUGACCCCAGAAUCUAACGCUGAAAUGCUCAUGACUGGUAUUCCUUUAAUUUAAACGCACUGGGAUGCAUUGGAUCAUUAGAUAAUUGAGUGGAAUCUUGUAUUAACCUAUAUCUAAUCAUUUUAAUGAAAUAGUUCUUUAAGUUGGCAGGACAAAUACAAAGUGUGUGUAUGUAAUGAAAGGGUUUGGAGUACAUGAUAGUCCAAAAAGCCACUGCAUUUUCUAACGGGUGCACGUCCCAAGGAUGUCAAAUUUUUAUAGUUAAUAUACACUAAAAUGCUAAAACCACAUUUGUUUCGUCAUGCACAGGUCUAAUUACUGUUUCAAAUAAUGUUAAUGCAGGUUAAAAUACACCCUUUAGUUCCUAUUAAAGAUUAUAGUUUGCCCAUACAAAUGUAGAGGAAUGUUCCUGGGUUAAAGGGUGUAUUCAUAAAAACAUUUAUAAUGCUAAAAAUACAAUUUCAGGAUUAGUUAAUUUUAUGUAUAAUAAUACUAUGCUUAAUUGCUAGGUUUGGGAAGUUUUUAUCUUUUAUUUUUUUUAGCAUGGCAUGUUAGGAGUUAAUAUAAUUCGCAAGAGGUGCAGAAUUGGAAACCUUACACCAGUCUUGCAUAUAAUGCAGCCUUUAUAGUUUAAAUCAAACAUUCCAUUGCUUUUUUUUUUUUUCCAUACUGUUGAUUAAAAUUCUUUCAAUAUGUUAAAAUAGCAGGAAAGCAGAGUUCUUUUUAUACAUCUUUAAAUGCUUUUCUGGAUUCGAUUCAUUCGGUACUUAUUUUAUAACGUGGUUGUCUUUAGCAGACACUUUACUCUCACAUGAAACGUUAGUGGGUCUGUUACUCAUAUUAUGGAGCUUGCACUCUGAGAAUUCACCUACUCUUGUAGAUAGAUUUCUCAGCUCAAGAGUUUCUUUGAAUAGCUAUAUAUUUUUUAAACACACAAUAUUUAUUUUGAAUGUUGAUAUUCCUAUUCGCUUCAGAUAUAGGGUUCCUCUUUGUUAACAUGAAAAAAUUAGGUAGGGGAGGAGGGGAGCUUUUAAACUAAAAGGAACAGUGCCAUAACCACUACAGCAUACUAUUGCUUUGGUGCUUGGAUGGUUACUUUAACUGCAAUCCAGCACUGAAAUAGUAUCUUCUCUUCAGAGGCUCCUCUCACAAUGAGAUAUGGGAUUGAUGAUCCAUAUUGCAAUACAAUGCUUCUCAAAGAAAGGCACUGCAGUCCUAUGGCACAGGUCUGUCUGACAGCCACUAGAGGCAUAUUUCUGGACACCUGUAGUCAUUGCCAUUUCUCUGAAACGGCAUAGUUUUUACAUCAUUCAAAUAAAGAGAUUGCAUCUGUAAACCAAAACCACUACAUUAAACCCAUUCUCUGCCAACCACUUUUUUGAUUGAAAAAAAAAAUUAGCAUAACAAUUAUUUAAACUGUGGGGAGGGGGCGAGAGGUGUGAAAAGUGUUAGACAUAUACAGUGACCUUUUUCUUGCAAUAUUUCAUACAGGGUAAGGUGUGACCAAAAUGGGCAAAUACCCUGCUUAAAGGCAUUAAUAGCUGUAUUUCCCUCCAACUGCAGAAGAUAUGUAUAACCCAUUUAAAUCCUUUACUGUUGGGGAAAGAGCGGAGGUGAAACUUUAUAGACUACAUUUCAUUCUGCAAAAUACAUAAACAUAAAAACAUUUAAAUUCAAUUUUGCGAGUUAUAUAGUGAACACGUAUUUUAUAUUUAAUUUGACAUGCUAAACAAUAUAAGGUUGGUUGGAACUACUAUACUUAUAGACUAGAAUGAUAAAAAGAAAUGAGAAUACUAUUAUCAUAUGAUAAACAUUAUCAAGCUAGUUAUGACUAAUGGCAAACAAAUAGCCAUACAUUGAAACUUUCUAAAGAAGUAGAAUCUGGAAAACUUUGAGAGAAAAACCUUCAAUUAAUAAUCAGUCACCAUUAAUUCAUGUGUUAUCAUAGAUGUGGUUAGCAAAUGACAAACGCCAAUCAAAUGGUUUGAAUGGGAACUGUCUGUUCCCAGGUUUUUGUCAUAUAAUGUUGAAUUGUCCCUAUAUUUAACAAAUCUGUAUUUGCUAGGUAUGAAAAAUCUAAUUAAAUGUAGAAAUCCAUACCUCUUUAAAUGGGCGACUCCAUCUUUACUCUCUAAGUGCCAGGAAUACAAAGCUGUAUUCCUGGCACUAUAGCUCCUUUUGCCUCCCCCUGCCUCGGCAAAUAAAAGGUUAAAAAUCCCUUAUUUGCUAGUCUGAUGCCGGCGCCGAUGUCCCUCAGCGCUGGAUCGCGGCUCUGCUUCCUCCGACAAGCUCCCGUGCACGCAUUAGACCUCCCCAUAGGAAAGCAUUGAGUCAAUGCUUUCCUAUGUGGAAAAAUCUGAUGCUGGAUGUCAUCCUGCAGUGCGUGUGGACGUCCAGCGUCGGUUACCGAUCCAAAGGCCUGGGAGACAGCCACUGGAGGCAGACUUAGUGCUGCAAUGUAAACAUUGCAGCUUCUCUUGGAACGGCAACGUUUAACAUUGCAGCACUAAGUGCAAUAGGGACACUGAGCUGAAGUGGUCUAGCUGCCUAUAGUGUCCCUUUAAUCAUUAUAAAAGCAGUCCCUUGCCCCUAGCACAGAGAAAGCAUACAGAGAAGAAAUUAAACUAUGUUUCUAUUUCUUCUCAAUGUUUGCCUUGUCUGAACUGGAUAAUGAUGUCAUAUGCUAAAUCUUGAUAAUACAUUUUAAAACAAAAUUAAGCAACAUAUGGAAAAAAAAAAGUAUUAGGUGAUUUUCAGGGUCUUAUUCAGCGGUGUGACCAUUCUCUUUUAAUAAAACAUUACUAGUCAGAAUUUUAAGAACGCAUACAUUUAGAAAAACUUGAAUAGGCACAGGGAUCCCCAAAUGAAAGUAUAUUAAAGUAACAAUAAGCACCAAAAUCACUACAUUAUAAUGUAGCGAUUUUGGUGCAUAGAUGCUGUCUAUUUUUUCCGACAAUGUUAAAGAUUAGGUAAAAAAAAAAGAUAAGGUCCCCAGAUGUUUUAAAACUACAGCUUCCAUUAUGCUUUGUCAUUCUAAAGGCAUGCAAAGCAUCAAAGGAGUUGUAGUAAUACAACGUCUGGGGAUCUACCUUUUUGGGCACCCCUGCAUUAGAGUGUUGCCUUUUCUGAAUUAACUUCUAGAUUUCUAUCCAACCAAGAAAGCGUGAAUUAGGUGAGUGACUUCUCGGUUGUUUAUUUAUUUAUUUGUUUUUACUUAAUAAAUCAUGUUAUAUACCCUGCAUCUACAUUGGACACAUUCCUAUUGUGAAAGGAUUUAUUAAUAUACUACAAAUGAUGUGUAUAUAUACAGUGUCAAACCGGCUAUAGCACGCUCCCUUACAUGUGAGCUUGACCAUUUAUAUACUGUAUUACUGGAACCUGAGUUACGCUGUGAGCCGUUCUUUUUGAUGCAAGCUGUGUAGGUCAUGGACUAUUGUGAAAAGUCCAUUAGCCUUUUCCAUUUCAGCCAAGUAUAUUAAAUUAAUAUGUGAGGUAUUUCCUUAUGAGUUAACACUGUCUGUCACAUAUACAAGGUUGUCUGCGCUAUUAUAUUGGUUAUUUAUUUAUUUAAUGGUGAUUAGAAUGACAAAAUCAUAGUGAAAUACAUAUAAUCUGGUAAUUUUUGUGCUCCACCAAUCUUUUUGCUUUGCUAUUUAUCUGUGUAGAGGUUUGAUAGGGGCACGCACAGGUGUUUUUGAGGUGCUCACAACUUGUUGUUUAUAACGAAUUCUAGAGGGUUGAAAACUGAAGUGAAAUUUAAAUGUAAGGUCAAUAUUGCCAAACUAAAAAACUGUCCACUACGUAUCCAGUUAAUCUAUUUUGGCCUUACAAGCUGCAACUCUAGUUGGGUUGUAGAUUUUUAACAAAUCACUAUUUUUUCUUUACUUAUUGGUCCCUAAGCUAGUAUGCUCAGCAUAAGAGCUUUAAAAGACAGAAAGUGACUAUAUGCAGUUAGUUAGUGUAAAUACUAUAAAUUAAGAAAUUUUGUAUAAAGAUCAGAUACAUUAAUAUUAACUUCGAUUAAUCCAUUGUUAAGAGAUUAGUGGAUAAUACUUUGAUGAUUUGAUGAACCACUAGUCCAUAAAAAUUAAGUGGUUUAGUACAUAUUAAUAGUAAUAAAAAAUUAAUAAAAAUAUAUAAUCAAUUUAAAAAAAAAAUAUAAAUUAUAAAUAUAUAAAACUAUUUACAAAAUGCAUAUAUCUUUAUAAAAAGUGGUAUGAUUCAAAAUCAUCGGUGAGUCCAUAUGGUUGCAUAGUGUUAAGAUUAAAAAUCCACUGCAUCUCUUUGUCCGAUUUAAUUUAAUUGGAUCUCCGCCUCUCCAAUUCCCAACUAUUUUUUGAAUUUACGUAAAAUUCGUUAAGAGUGGAUCACUGCUGGCGGUGAUCCAAUUAAAUUAAUCUGACAAAUAGAGAUGCAGUACAUCCUGAAUGUGGUAGAUCUGUUGUGUUGUCAAUGGAUCCUAUUAGUUGUUUUCUAUAUAUACUCAGUACUCAGUGAGAGUGGACAUCUGGAAAAAUGCUUGAUCGCUGUAGUCCACCUUUGGCUUAAAAUACAUUUCUCUCACUGAUAAAUGUUCAAAUUUAAUGAUGUGCAAAAUCUGCUAUAUACAAGGUAGUUACUUUAUUACAUUAUAAACAGAAGCUCUGAACUUAGAGACAACAUGCACAGUAUGCAGUGCACAAAGUGUGUUGAUUUUUAUUCACGCAUCAUUAGGAUUGGUCUUCUUGGGGAACAUUACGUUUUUGACCAAGUCAUGGAUAAGGAUUCAAAGUAAGCCAGAUGGCCUGCAAGAGAUCUCUUUUACGACCUGAUGAGUCUUCACCAUGGUUAACCUGAUCUGCAUGACAUAAAGCAAUGUAAACGUGUUGGAAUGAAGAGUAACCUGCAGGAAGAUAGAUUGAAUAAUGUCUUCUUGCACACAGAUCAUUAUAGAACCCAACAAAGUUUAAAAACAUUUUUAAAAAUUAUACAUUUUAUUUAAAAAAAAAAAAAGUGACUUUAUUUUGUUUCUUUUCACUUCAGUGCCCAAAAUUUCUACUCACCACUAGCUGUUGGCAAAUGAAAAUUAAGCCUAGGUGAGUAAAAAUUCAUUGUUGAUGAUUGUGAUAUGCACCCUCUUGUUUUGCUUGCUAGUGGUGUAAGGCAGCCUUUAAAUUUUAUUUGCCACUGCAAGUUUGAAGGGUCUGUAUUGCAAUCAUUUGGUAUGAAUUUCUACAUGCCUAGGCUAAAGUUUUGCUAAGAUAGCGAUAUUGAGAUAUUUUUUUUAUAUAUAUAUAUUAGAGCAGGCUUCCCCAAACUCCGGCCCUCCAGAUGUUAAUAAAUAAAUAAAAUCUGGUAAUUUUUGUGCUCCGCCAAUCUUUUUGCUUUGCUAUUUAUCUGUGUAGAGGUUUGAUAGGGGCACGCACAAGUAUUUUUGAGGUGCUCACAACUUGUUGUUUAUAGCGAAUUCUAGAGGGUUGAAAACUAAAGUUAAAUUUAAAUGUAAGGUCAAUAUUGCCAAACUAAAAAACUUUCCGCUACGUAUCCAGUUAAUCUAUUUUGGCUUUACAAGCUGCAACUGUAGUUGUGUUGUAGAUAUUUAACAAAUCACUAUUUCAUUUUUUCUAUAUAUAUGGAGCAGAUCCAUAUAUAUAUUAGAGCAGGCUUCCCCAAACUCCGGCUCUCCAGAUGUUGCUGAACUACAACUCCCACUCCCAUGAUUCUCAGCCUCUCUAUUUCGUUCAUAGAAUCACGGGAGUUGUAGUUCAGCAACAUUUGAAGGUCCGGAAUUUGGGGAAGCCUGUAUUAGAGAGAGAGCGAUAUCUCUCUCUAUAUACAUAAAUGUAUUUUUUUUUACAGUGUUACAAAGUAUGAAAUUUAAUAUAUAACCCCCCCCCCCCAGAUGAUGAUAUGACCUAAUUGUUUCAGUCCCCCAUUCUAAUUAUGUUGCUGCCCUCUGGUGCUGAUAAACAUGAUGUUUUAGAGCUCUUUUAUAUUGCUUGAGCUUACAAAACGGAUUAUAAAUGAAUAUAGGUUUUUUUAUUUUUCUUUUUUUUUUUCAAUUUACAACAUGCAGUGAUAGUGUCAAUUUGUAAAAUGUCUGUUCUUGAUAAGUCUUGCAAUCCAUCUUGAUAAGGGGUUAAUACAGAGAGUAGUUAAUAAUUGCAUGGGUCCCCCUGUGUCUUGCAUUCCUGAAGUCACUGGUCACAGCCUGUGUCACAGUCUGAGAAUGUGAUCUCCUACCCAGCCUUGGGGACUCACCGCCUCCUACAGGAGGGAGGGAGCAGGUCCAGCUGUGGAGAGGCACUGGCCUUGGAAGUGGGAGGGAAAGCUUAAUUUCAGGGCUGUGGGUGUAAUCUCUCUGCAGCUGUUUAAAAAUAUAUCUCUGCAGCAUUGGCAUAAUGUGUGAGAGAGUGCAAGUAAGAGAGGGGGUCAUUGCAGACAGGAAGAGGUGUCUGUGUGUAGAACGAUAAUGGUAAUACAGACGUGUGUGUGAAUGAAAUGUAUACAGUGCUUAGGACAGUAAGGCCAAAAUAGAGUAUUGGGGUUAAUUCUGGGAUUAUUCUUUGGGAAGCAGUGGGACAUGCAUUUAUCAGUUUGCUUUCAAACUGUUCUAAAUCAGUGAAGUUGAAUUUAACAGGGAUGAUUAUAGACCUAACGGAGAGGAGUUUUUAAGUCCUGGCCAUUUUAUACUGGUAACAAAGAAACUGCUGGUAAAAUACAGGCACAUUGUGUGGAUGAGACCGUGGUAAGGACAUGGGGAGAAUCCGCAUGAAUUUUAAAUUGAUAAAGGAAAAGAAGAGCACAUCACAUACAGGGUUUAAUGAGAAAAAAUUGUAGGAAGUUCAAAAUGGAGAAUAUGAGGAGAGGAGGUCAUAAGUCGAAAUAUGCAGCAUGUGAAUUGUCUCAAUUUAAGAGGGAGCUGUAUGUCACUGGAAAUUACACCAUCGAUUGAAAAUGACCUCCUAUAAGUUGUGGACAGGGUUUUCUUAUGUGAUGCUUAGUAUUUCUGUUAAAAUGUGAAAUGAAAUAAAGAUUAAGCAAGUUCAGUUCUGGUACAGUCUGGGAACACUAAAAAUAAGGAGCAAAGCAGAGACCUUGUAUUGUUUUAUGCUCUUCUACCAAGUAUGUUCAGUGACAGACAUGGGCAACAUUGACAGCAAUGAGUGACAGAAAACCAAACUUUUAUUUAUUUUAUAAAUCCUCAAAACAUAUUUGCUAUUUACAGUAAAUGGUAUAUUAAAAUCCUGGAAAAAGACUAUUUUAAAGGGUUACUCUGAUCUCUAUGCCCACUUCUGCUUUUAAGUGUGGACAUGGAGCAAGGGAUCUGUAUGUUCAAAGUUUCAGCUUGAAACCCCUCAAUAGAUCUGCACUUUUGUGUCCGGGUCUAGUUGCACCUCCAGAACAAAUGACUUAUAGGAACAGUAGACAGUAGUGUCAAGAAUACAAAUGCCCCUGUCCCCUCAUCUAUAAAAAAAAUAAAAAAAAUAUGUAGUUUACUUACCUAUUCCCAGUGUGGCAUGGGUCAGUUUCUGGCUCUGCCCAUGCUCCGCCUCCCGCCCAACGUUUUGAUAAUCUUUAAGCCGAUUCCCUUUUAUUCCAGAAAUGUGGUCGUUAAGGGGUUAAUUCUGAGUACAAUUACAAAAUACACUGGGAACAGACUAUAUAUUUUAUGUGUAAAGUCAGCAAUUUGUCUCGGCUCCUCUUGCGCUUGUCUGAGCUCUCCUUGCUCUUUUCUAUUCAACUUUUAUUUCUUUUGAGUCUUUUCACACUCCCUUCUCCACAAUCCAGAUAUUUUGUUUUCAUAAACCCAUUUUGUAUCGUGCUUCUCUAAAAUCUGACUUCUAUCUUGCUUGGUCUCAAGAAAUCUUCCAUCCCACCAUAGCGCUAAAACAUGCAUCUUGCUCUUGGGCUUUUCUCACUCCUUUCUUAACCUUGGCAUUCAUCUAUUUCCCUCCCAGUUUUUGCUUCCCCUUUACCCUUUCCUCAAGCUCUGGAGUUUCUUGCCUAGGUCUCCAGAGAUCUGUACCUAUGACUCUACUGCAGCUCUUCCAUUAUCUCAAUCACUCCCCUCUUAGGCCUACUUCCACUGCAUGCUAUUUCUAUUAUCUACUUUCCUGAAGGUCUAUUAUAAUUUUUAAAGUCAAUCCCCCUUGGUUCUAUAUAUUGUCAAGGUUCACUAAAACCCAAUAUGUGGAACUUAAGUUAACAGGACUGCAAAGAGAUAGGAUGGUAUAUUACUGGAUUUUAAAGUGGCCAGACUUAAUGCAAAAGAGAAUAGUAAUACGACAGUAUCAGAGAGUAAUGUAAUCAAAUGGACAAGCCAAAGGCACAACAGAAUGGAGAAUGUUCAAGGUACAAGCCGAGGUCAACAAAGCCAAGAUACAAUAGCAAGAAUAACGUGUUCUCGGACCACCACAAAGGGAAAACCACGACAGGGCGCAGUACUAAGGUUGAAACAAGCUCGUAUAGCCUUAGGAGGGUUGACGUGAUGUACUCACGUUUGUCGGUUACAGCAGAGGAGGGACUGGAGCCAUAUAAGGGCUCAGAAAUACAGUGGCCCGCAUCCGAAACUACUUCAGAGGAACAGAGAAAUGCCCCAUUGUACCCAGACACAUGGUAAUGCACCGUGACACAUAUCAAACCCAAGCUGGUCUCUUGCCCUUAACCCAACACCAGUUGCUUGCCUUAUGAAACGGCUCUUUCCACUGGUGCCAGUGUCUCUUUAACGUCCUAUCCAAAUCCAAACUUCUCUUUUUAUACUAUUGGUGUCUUUCUUCACCUUUCAGCACCCUCUGAAUCACCAGCCCUAAUUUUAUUUCACCUUCCCUCUGGUUUUGUUACGUCUUUACUUUCCUCCAUAUCUUAAAUUCAGCACAAUGAUUCCUCUCUUCAUCUACCACUAAAGCACAUUGCUCUCUCUCUCUCAAGCUUUCUUUUCUUGGCCUCCAUCCUAAAUGACUUGCCCUGAUAUACAAAAGGGUUUUUGUCCCUGUACACAUUUUGACGCCCGCUGUGGGACCAGUCCCCUCCCUUCAUUAAAGACGACCACGCUGCUGGCAAUGCUUCAUGAAGACACUGUGAGAUGUUUAAAGGCCAAUUUGUAUUACAACUUCAGAAUAAGAUCUUACAAGGAAAAGAGCUGUCAAGUUGGAAAACAUAUUGCUCUGCAAGAGGUAAAUAUUCGCUUACCUUAUAUUCUAGGUUUGUAAGGAUUAUUUCAUCUAGAUAUUUAAAAAUAUUUUGUCUAACCAGCAUAAACAUUUCAUUGCUGAUCUGUAACUGCCGACCAAACAGAUGUUUUUUAGAGAGCUUAUAUUAAGUAUCUUACCUGCCGAUGUGUGGGUUAAGAAUCUAUUAAUAUAAUUCCAUUGUUUGUGUUCCUUAAUUGUACUGUUGUGGUACUUGAACAUAUCUGUGAUGGAUUUAUAUGUUUGUGGUUACCAUCGUGCAUGACUGUUUUAGCAAGUUCUUCAGCUGCCAUCCUGGUAAUAAACAAAACACAUUAAAUGGGGAACUAUCACUUUUCAGGAAACGUAAUAUAUUUAUUGGUGCUUAUAUUUAAAGGGACACUAUAGUCCCCCAGACCACUUAAUCUCAUUGAAGUGGUCUGUAUGCAGUGUCCCUGUUCCUUUAACCCUGCAAUGUAAAGCAUUGUAGUUUUAGAGAAAGUGCAAUGUUCACAUGGCAGUUUUAAGACUGCCUCUAGUGGCUGUUUACCAGCUGUCACAAGAGAUGCUUCCUGCAGCUUCUCCGUGAAACGGCGUUGGACGUCCACACGCUUUUGAAUGAGGAGGUCGAGCGUGUUUAAAAACCCUAUAGCAAAGCAUUGAGUUAAUGCUUUAAUACGGGGAAGGCCUAAUUCAUGUGCUCAUUAGGUUCCCCCAUUGGCAAACAUUGGAGGAGGACAAACCUGACACUUGGUCCUGGAAUCAGGUAAGUGUUUAAAGGUUUGUUUAAUCCUAUUCGUGGGGGCAGAGGGACAAUUUUCAUGUUCGGAAUACAGCGUAGUAUUCCUAACACCAUAAUGAGAAGUUCAGAGAAAUUGCAAUUGUUUACGUUACAGGGUUCUAGUUGCUGUCUUCAGAGGGCACUGGACAUUGGUAAGUGAGUGUGGGGGUAAGAAAGUUUUUUUUUUAACACUUUCAUUGCCAGGUGGAGAGGCUGCAGAGGAACACUAUGCAUUAGGAAUACAGUUUUUUAUAUAUAUAUGUAUGUAUGUAUGUAUGUAUAUGUGUAUAUAUGAAAGACGGUAGACCGCGCCAAAAGAUGCUCAAAGUGAAUGUGAUAAAAUAAUGGUAUAUACAUGCAUAUAGGCAAUCCAAUAUUGUAACGGUGUAGAUGACCCUCAAAGGAGAUAAAAACAGAACAAAAUAAUAGUGCAGUUUGUCAUAUAAAUAAUUUUAACACUUGUAUGUAAAACCAGAUAAAAGACUAACCCACAUUUUGCAGAGCUACUGAGAGGUCUACUGUAUAGCGCCUGGAUGGUAUAAUCCCCGUCCAUCUGUUUUUAAAGACAUUUUUCUAUUUAGGAGUUCUUUUAUUCUAAAGGUUAUUCGGCAUGACAUAUGGAUUUGUAAUGUAGGAUGAAGCUAUAUAUAUUCAUGCAGUAAUUAUCAUUUUUGAUAAAUGAAUUUCAGUAAUCCAAGUUAAAGGAUCACACUAACUAUCAUGACUACUUAAGGAAUUUGAAGUGGUCAUGGUGGUUAGAUAUGCACUGUUUCGUCGUGAAACUGUGUAUGUGUAGAUGCACUUGUCAAAUGUUCCUGAACUUGCAUUUAUACCAUUUUACACCAACACCUUUAAAUGUUUUUUUAAAAAAAGAAGCAAUAUAAGAAAUACAUAUACUUCCCUAGAGUCCCAGAUUUGGUGUUGGUCUUGAUUCGGUACCCUGUGUUAUAUUUUUGGUAAUCCUACGUUUAGUUUAACCCCUUAAGGACACAAUUUCAGAAAUAAAAGGGAAUCCUGACUGAAUAUUUCCAUCAUGUGCCUUUAAGGGGAUAAAAAAAGAGAAAUUGUGGUAAUGAGAUAUUAUGUAUGUGUACUACUACAUAUGGCGGCGCAAGAACAGGCUUCUUUGUAAUAAGGACUUAAAGGGACAUUUAGUGUUUAGGAAUGCAUCUUUGUAUUUCUAACAGUACUCCCUCUACCCCUGUCCAUGAAAGGAUUAAAAUAAAAACACAAUUCACUUACUUGAUUCCAAUGGCCCUCUGUACUGGAUCGUGCCUUCCCCUUAAUGCGUGUGUCGCAAUGCUUUCCUUUGGGGAAAUGCUUGACGCUGGGCAUCCUGAUGCAAAGCGCGAGGACGUCCAGCGUCAAACUCCAUGUAACUGCUGGAAGUAGCUCUAAUGGCUUUGUAAUAGAAGGCCACUAGAGAGGCAGUCUUAACUUUUGCAAUAUAAGCAUUGUAAACAUGUUUUUUUCUAAAACUACAGUGUUUUACAUUGCAGGACCAAGUGGGAAAGGGACAUUGCGCCGAGACCACUUCAAUGAGAUAAGGUGGUCUGGGUGCCUAUUGUCCCUGUAAUGAUUACUAUUACUUACAUUGCUAUAGUAGUAUGUGUGUGCAUUUACUUCAGUUGACUUUUUAGGCUACAUUGGAUUGGAUAAUUCAAGUUUAAAAAAAUUAAUUGCUUCAUUUUAAUUUUAAUUUUAAAACAAAAUUAUGAUGGAAACUAGAACGCAUGCUAUAGAAUGAAAACUGAGAAAGAGAUUAUCUGAGACUCCUGUAACAUUCUUGUAUUUGAAGCAAAAUCUUCAUUUGUAUAUGUUUGGGUUUUAAGAAGGGGGAAGGAGCCUUUGUGAAAAUACAACCCUCUAAUUUCUUUGCCAGGAAAAAUAAACACACAAUAGGAUAGGGAGGAGUUAUAACGUUACAGCAGGAAGUGCUGCUGGCUUGGGGGGUCUUCAAAAAAGAAAACGAAUAUCCCCACACACAUACACAUUUAUAUACACACACACACACAUGCAACCCCCAUAAUGGUGCCUCAAAGAUGCAGCGGGGGAAUUGAGGAAUUUCGGCUAGCAGAGUUCCUCUGACCACACAGCAAAACCCCUUUCCAGCACAUCAUUCCUCCAUUUAAAUUAGCCUUUUCUAUUCACUUUACUCUUUAAUUUUCCAAAACGUAAACUUGUAAACCCUAAGUUGUAACAAACCUUUGUCACAUUCCAAUCAGAACCAUUACUGCGUUCGAUAAAUUUUUAUAUAAAAGUGUAUUUAAUCUUACCAGUUCUACAACAUCCCUUUCCUUUUAAAAGAUAAAGGGAUUUAGGUAUUCAAAAUAAAAUUUGAUGUCCUUUUUUACAGUCCUGACAGAAACUAGGAACAAAUCAAAGCUUUCAGAGGAAAAAAAACAUGUUUAAGGCAUUGGUAACCUGAAAUGAACUUUGCCUUAAAAUUUUACUUCUGUCAUCAGGGCAAAGCACCCAAUAAAUAGUAAGGGUGUUAUAUAUAUUUUUGUACUUUUCAGAUACACCCCAUAAUAUUUAAAAGGGAUAUGUGCAUUUAACACACUUUAAUUCAUUGUGUAGGGCCAUGGUAUCCUGUUAAAAUUUUAAGAGAGAGAAAAAAAGUUUUAAUAGAUAAAAUAUAGAUUUUCUAGUCAGACAUUUUUAACCUGUGCAUGUACAUUAUUACUCUAUUUAAAGGGACACUAUAGUCACCCAGACCACUUCAGCUCAAUGAAGUGGUCUGGAUGCUAGGUCCCUCAGGUUUUAACCAUUCACAUGUAAACAUAACCGUUUCAGAGAAACUGCUAUGUUUACUGUAACGGAACUCCCCAUUCUCCGACUGAGUACCUUCCAUUGAUGGACGCUUCCUAGCUUGCGCCGAGGACGACAAGCACCGCACUGGACACCACAACCACGGCAGACUCCACAACCGCCGUAGCUUAACUGGAGUCUCGCCGUCUUCCUUCCACCCUGGAUCAGCUUCUGUCCUCCUGGACCGUGUGGGAAAGACCUCUUCCUUCCACCCUGUAUGAACCUCCAGCAUCCAGGACUGUGUGGGGAAGACCUCUCCUCCAGGAGAGUGUAUCAGAAACAGCUCUUAGAAGAGCUAGGUGAUUUAAAGCUCAAGGGAGUAUGCAGAGCAUAUCAAUCCCCAGUGUGAUAUAGCAGAAAAUAUACAGUUUUACACAAUUCUUAUAAAUUUAAAAGUAUACAUGCAAUAUUAAUAAAAGUCCUUUAAAUAUAAACCUACUCAAAAAUCAUAAAAAUCCGUCCAGUAGUUCAAAAGUUAGUCGGACAUCCUUUAUGAGCAAGCACAUUUUCAUGCUCAAAACAGUUCUAUGGAUUUGGGCUGUGCGGUCGGAGUGUUCGAAUCUUCUAACGUGACUUAGUCUCCAGCCACAGUGUCGAAGUGAAGAAGAAGGUACGGGUCAGCGGUGUUCGUGCAAUUGGGUAGCCGAAAACCGUUCCAUAGAUUUGGCUGCACACACCUCUGACCGCGUUUGUCGAAUGGUGCCCACUUCGACUACUUCGGCACUUCGGAUGUAUCCGAAGUGCCAAUUUAAAGUUGCAACACUGCUCCAAAGUACUUAAAGGGCCAGAAACAGCAUUCUGAAAAUCCAUUAUGCCCAAAUCCAGUUCUUAAAGGGUCAGUAACAGUAUAAUAUAAGUCCAUAAGCCCCAACUCAGUUCCUUAAAGGGCAAUACAUCCCAGGGGCCAUAGUCACAUGGCAGGAGACUGGCAAUCAGUCCUCUCCAAUGCCCAGUGGCAAAUGGCAGUUUGUCCCAUUUACAUUUGGGGUUAAUCCAGCCUCUAGUGUCUUUCUUCCGAAUUUUGCCUCCAUCGCGCAGAGCGUCCAUAGGAAAGCAUUGAGAAAUGGACACUUUGAAUGCGUGCGGCAGUUGUCGCACAUGCGCAUUCGGCUCCAUUGACGUCGGACGGGGAGGAGAGGUCACCACCUCCGAAGGAGCCCGGCGCUGGAUUAAGGUAAGUGGCUGAAGGGGCUUUAACACCUUCAGCGCCACGCAAGGUGGACCCUGAGGGUGAGGACAGCCUCAUGGCACUAUAGUGUCAGGAAAACCGCUUUGUUUUCCUGACACUAUAGUGAUCCUUUAAGAUAAAUCUGUGCUUAUAACUAUUUUUGUUCUGUGUGUUUGUUUAUAUGUUAUAUGUCUUGGGCAUUAGAGGUGUGUUAACCCUAUAAAAAUUAAAAGGUUAAACGUACAGGGCCACUGCAUGCAGACCAUUUCAAUGAGAUGAAGUGAUCUGGAUGACUUUACUGGUCCUUUGAGGGACCAGCAAGGAAAUAUAGUUGUCACAGUGCUAUGGAAUUUCCUGAUGCUAUGUAAAUAAUAAAAUAAUCUGUAGAGUGAUUUGAAAGUUAUGCAGGUAAUACUGUAAAUUUACCACUAUAAACGCCUGUGGUAUUGGGAUAAGUUGCCAGUAGAGUUUUCAGAGCUCAAAGUUGACUGUUCUAGUAUCAGGGCCAGUGGAAGACUUUUUUCCGCGCUAGUCAAGACCACCAAGUCAACCUUCUUAAUGAUGCGGACUUCGUUUCUAGCGCGCCAGCAACUGAACGGAGUGGCGUCACUCCCUUCCUAUACCUCCUAGCCAGCACUAGCAUGCACUGUGGUUGCUAUGGGUGGAGAUCAGAAGGAUCUGCCAAGAAAUUGAGAGACAAAUGGGAGAAAAAACUAUUUUUAAAUAGGUUUUUCCUCCCACUCUAUAUAUUUUCUAGCAAAACUGCUAGAACCAUGUAUAAAUGGAAUUAAAUGAUCUUUUUAAAGAGCUAAAGUUGUUUUGGGCCGCGAUGGCCGUGGGGCCGAGGCCGGCAGGGGAGAUCACAGGAUCUCCCCGGCCGGCCCCUGCAGGGCCAUCGCUAUCCGAGCGCCGGCCCUGCUGUGUGCCUCCAUGGGCCGGUGGGGAGAUCAAAGAUCUCCCUCACCGGCCCAGAGACACUGUUAACAAGCAGCUCCGCCGGGUCCUCUCGCGGGAUCCUGAGCGUUGCCGCGGUUACCACGGCAACGUUCAGAUCUUCCGAGAGUGAACUCUAGCCUGCGGGUUAGAGUUCACUCUCACCGCUGGACCACCAGGGAAGGAUGGCAGCACGGCCCCCCUCAAGGCUCCCCCUCCCAGGCAGAACGGCUCCCUCCCCCUCCCAGGCUAAAGGUAAGAAGGGAGGGGGGGACAUAACUUUUUAAAAAAAUUAUUAAUAAAAAAAAAAAAGUAAAAUAAAUUCCCUAACAGCCCCCUCACACACACAGCCCCCUCACACACAGAGCACCCCACAGACGCACAGAGCACCACCAGACGCACACACCACCCCCAGACAGACAGCACCCUCACUCCCACACAUAUACAGCACACACACACACACAUAUAUAUAUAUAUAUAUAUAUAUAUAUAUAUAUGUAUAUAUUAUAUAAAAUAACCCUCAGUGAGUUAACAGACAAAGAAAACACCCUCACACACAGCACCCCUCUUACACAAACACACUGCGCACCUCACACAUACAAUAUGUCCACAUAGAUAGAUAUAUAUAUAUAUACACACACACACACUACAGCACCUCUCACACUGCACCACUACACACAUUACGCUCCAGAUACACGCUAGAUCCCUUACCCUAUAUGCACUCUUAAUCCUCUACACAGACACACACACAAUCUUCUAUACACACUCUGGGUCCCUUACACACUAGAUCUCUUACACACACACACUGCACCACCUACACACACACUACAUUCCUUGUAAGCAAACACAUACAACAUUCUCUAAACACACCCUCUCUACAACCCCUACACACACUACGUCACCUAUACACACACUACUGCCCGUAUGCACACACUCGCUACAUCCCCUAUAACACUAUGCCCCUAUACAUGCACUCUCUACAGCCCCUAGCCACACAUAUUACACCACAAAAUUGACCUAUUUACACAAUACCACACCACACUCUACACACAGGCAAUCCCACAAGCAUGCGCCAAACACAUGCACCAUACACUUUCCUGGCCCUUUUGUCCUCUGGUAUCCCACUUGUGGAGACACCAGAGACAAUUUAAAAGCAAACACAGCGCAAGCAUGUUAUUACAUUUGCUUGUGCUGCGCAGAACAAAUACAGGGCCUUUUUCUAAUGCUAGAGCUCUUCAGCGGGGCUCUGCGCAUUGAACCAACAUGCUCAUUUUCAGAGGGGGCGUACUUGUCAUUACUGAUGACAAAACACACCCCCUCUGGCCCGCCCCCUUCUUGGGGGGCCACUCUAAUUGAAAAAUGCCCGGGCCUAAUUUUUUUCCCAGUCCGGCCCUGCUUCCUACUAUUUAUCCAGCGCAUGAGAAUGAGGUGUAUGCUUAAUUAAAUGUAUGGCAAUUAGUAAUGGUAGGUAGCGUCAUUUAUGGCAUUAUUAACCAGGCAGAGAUCACCACAAUGCCACUGCAAUUCCCAGACAGAUGUGGUAAAAAGUUAGUUAUAGAAUGUGAAUGAAUGAUGACAUUUCUCGACUGGUCCUGUGAGUUGUCAAAAACUUCAUGAAAUUGAAGUCGCUUUGGAAGUGCUUUCAAAGAGUGAGUUUACAUGUGGCAGGCCACUUGCUUCAGUUAAAGGGACACUAUAGCAAUACAAAGCCUGUGCCUUUUUCUUUUUGACUCCUCUCCAGUAUAGUGUGAUGUACAAUGUAAACUAAAAAGUAUUUACUGUCCUUUUCUCCAGCGCCGAGUCUCCCUCAGGACUGCUCUCCGCUCUUACUUAAGUCUUCUUGGAUGCACCUAUGGUUCUUUCGUAGAAAAUCAUUGUGUGCUGCGAUUCUCUAUGACAGAACGUGAUGGCAAUGCCCAUGUGCACGUGACAUUGCGGUAUGCCCGGGUGUCCGUGCCCAGAAGUAACAGUCCCAGCUCUCUUACCCAGCAGUGAUACCAGUGUUCUCAUAUUGCCCAUUAUAUAGGGCCACCUUUUAACAGUAGUGCAGGGUAGCCUUUUGCAUUUAUUUAUUUUUAUGCUGUUAGACUUUUAAUGGUGGUGUCCAGCGUUUGAAGAUGAGAAUAUUUGUUCCCUGGUUGACCAUCUGCUUUUUUGACCUUGCCUAUCCCAACUUCUGACCACCCUCCCUCCCUCAAAAAAAGCCCAGCAUUCUGGCAAUCAUGUGAAUUAGAAGAUACAAGGUAUUUGGAUCCUCCUUUUUUUAUUAUUUUAUCUUAAACAUUAAAGAUUAGCACCUCAAACCCAGGAUGCAUAUCUCCAUUCACGCGUACAUUCCAUUCAUCUGGCUAAUUUAUUAAUAUGUCUGGUACGCUAGUCUGACAGAGUAGCUGAGUGACCUAAUGAAUGUGACCUCUUCAGUAGGUCAGUCUCAUCUAGCAGUAAAUAUUUGAAACAAUUCAUCCCUUGUUACAGGAAAAGAACUUGUAAAGUGUAUUUGUGUUUGCAACCUAAUGAUAUGUGAGAAGCAUUCAUAAUUAAUUUAACUGAGCACUCCAGGCUUUUAAUUUUAAGUAUAUGUGCCCUCUGUCACUUAACUUUUUUUUUUUUUGUAUUGUUGAAUAUUUAUUGUAAAAACUGCAAUAAAAGGAUUAAACACCUGGAACCCAGUCUCGUUCCAAAUUCUCUGUGAUCAUGUCCUAUGUCACACUGCAGCAUCCUCCUUUUUUUUUUCUUUUUUUUUCUUUCAUCUGUGGUCCAAUAAAAUGUUUCUCAUCGAUCACUGAAUCCUUUAAUGUGCAUGCGCACUGUGUUCAUGUUCACAAGCAGAAUAUGGCCCAAGUGACCACUCCUCUUGCAGCUAAAGCUGUUGAAAGGCUGUACAAAGGGUGUUGAGAGUAAACAAGGGGCUGGCUGGAGGGAGGAUAGGCUUCUACUUGCAGGUGUGCUCACAGAAUCUAAUUAAUCUAGUUAUUUUUUAUUAACACAAAUCUCCAUACAAUACAAACCAUAUCCAAAUAUCCACUUUGGACUUUGCUCACCCUAGGAAAAAGCUUUGCCAGUUGUGAGUCACAUUUUGUUCUACAGAGUAUUACAGUAACACUAUAAGGUUAGGAACACAAAACACCCCCCUCUAAAUAUAGUAAAAUCAUACCUUUAUUCUAGGGAUCGACAGAUUAAUGAUCUGGCCGAUAUUCUGUAUUUUCGGCAAUAUCGCUAUCGGCAAAUAUAGAUACCGAUAUUGCCGAUAAUACAUACCAGGACCGCCGGCCCAUGACAAGCCCGGUGGUCCUGGGGGGCCAAGCAAGCUCUUACUUGCUUUCUUAGCUGUUCCCUUCAGCUCCCCUGUGUAAAUCUAGCGAGUCCCACGGCCGUCAGAGCGUUGCCACGGGUUACCAUGGCAAUUCUCUGUGCGGCACGCUAGCCGCAAGAUUUACACAGGGGGGUUGAAGGGAAGGGAAGUAAGAGCUUGCUGCGGGCCCCCCUUCACAGUCCAUGCCACUGGGCCAGCAGGGAAUGCCAUAUCCCCCCUCCCUGGCCAACUAAGAAUCAGGGAGGGGGGACUAAAAUAAAUAAAUUAAUAUUUAAAAAUAAAAUAAAAAAUAAUUUAAAAAAUUGCCUCCCCUCCCAUUUUACACAAAUUACAUACCUACACACACACACUCACACUCUGCAUUAUAAAAACACACUACACAAAUACACUGCAUUCACUAUACACACACUACACAAACCCACACUCUGCAUUCAUGAUAUAUAUACACACACACACACACACACACACACACACACACACACACACACACAGCAUCCAUUAUAUAUACUCACACUGCAUUCAUUAUAUACACAAACUACACAAACACACACUCUGCAUUCAUUAUAUACACAAACUACACAAACACACACUCUGCAUUCAUUAUAUACACACACUACACAAACACACACUCUGCAUUUAUUAUAUAUAUACACACACACACACACACAUACACUCUGUAUUCAUUAUAUAGACACUACAAAAACACACACUACACACACACACACACACUGCAUUCAUUAUAUACACACACUGCAUUCACUAUACACACUACACAAACACACACACUCUGCAUUCAUUAUAUACACACUACACAAACACACACUCUGCAUUCAUGAUAUAUACACACACACAUUGCAUUCAUUAUAUACACACACUACACAAACACAUCCUGCAUUCAUUAUAUACACAUUUUGCCUUCAAUAUAUAUAUAUAUAUAUAUAUAUAUAUAUAUAUAUAUAUAUACACACACACACUACACAAACAUUCAUGAUAUAUGCAUUCAUGAUAUAUACACACACACAUUGCAUUCAUUAUAUACACACACUACACAAACACAUCCUGCAUUCAUUAUAUACACAUUUUGCCUUCAUUUUAUAUAUAUAUAUAUAUAUAUAUAUAUAUAUAUAUAUAAUAUACAAACCCACACUACACAAACAUAUAUAUAUAACACACACUACACAAACACAUCCUGCAUUCAUUAUAUACACAUUUUGCCUUCAUUAUAUAUAUAUAUAUAUAUAUAUAAUAUACAAACCCACACUACACAAACACACUCUGCAUUCAUUAUAUACACACUACACAAACACUCUGCAUUCAUUAUAUACACACUACACAAACACUCUGCAUUCAUUGUAUACACACACUACACAAACACUCUGCAUUCAUUGUAUACACACACUACACAAACACACACUCUGCAUUCAUUAUAUACACACUACACAAACACACACACUCUGCAUUCAUUGUAUACACACACUACACAAACACUCUGCAUUCAUUGUAUACACACACUACACACACACUGCAUUCACUAAACACACACUACACAAACACACACACUCUGCAUUCAUUAUAUAUACACACACUGCAUUCACUAAACACACACCACACACACACACUCUGCAUUCAUUAUAUAUACACACACACUGCAUUCACUUUACGCACAAUACACAGUCACUGGUGACUAUAGGUUCCCUUCAGCUAUUAACUGUUUAACCAGCACCAGAAGUGUUAAAAUACAGAUAUGGCACUAGCUGUGUCUUUGCAGAGAUUAGAUAAGUGAUAAUCACUAGUAUACACAUGAGAUAACUUACCCUCCAUAAACUUGUCAAACUGCCUAUUUAUCUUCACAUUUGUAGGGAAUGGCUGACAGCAUUCCUCGUAUUUUACUUGGAAUAGGGAUUUAAACUCCCUUGGUGUCACCAUAUUUUACCAUUCCUGGUUUCAUACUUCCCAUAGUUGCAUAACUACCGUAUAUACUCGUGUAUAAGUCGAGUGCAGUUUUGUGACCAACAAUUGCGAAAUAUGCAAUGCAUAAAACUUGGGGCUAUGAAAUUCUGUGAUUUUUAUAAUUUUGUCAUAUUUUUCCUAGGUAAGAUCCUGGAACAUAAUCCUAUAUAUAAUGCAGAGUGUGUGUUUGUAUGAGUGUGUGUGUUUGUAUCUUAAUCCCUGGUGGUCCAGUGGCAUGGGCUGGGCAGGGGGGGGAGCCGGCAGCAAGCUGUUACAUACCUUUGUAGCAGCUCCAGUCAGCUCCCUUCACCUCCGUGCAGCUCCCCUGUCAGCUCCCAGUGUAAAUCUCGCGGUCUGCGUGCCGCGAGGAGCGUUGCUACGGUAAUCUGUGGCAAUGCUCUGACGGCCGCGGGUGUCGCGAGAUUUACACUGGGAGCUGCACGGAGGUGAAGGGAGCUGACUGGAGCUGCUACAAAGGUAUGUAACAGCUGCUGCCAGCCCCCAACAGGACCGCCGGGCUUGUAAUGAACCUGGCGAUCCUGCUCUGUAUUAUGGCAAUGUAAGUUGCCAUAAUACAGACCUUGACUCGAGUAUAAAUCGAGUGGGGCCUUUUCAGCACAAAAAAUGUGCUGAAAAACUCGACUUAUACUCGAGUAUAUACGGUACAAACUGUCCUGAAUUUGGGGAUUCUGUGCUACAUCUCUAGGCUGUUAGCUCGUUUGAGCUCGGUCCUCAUAAACUUAUUGUUCUUGUAACAUUUUGUAUUGUUAAACUUCCCCCUUUUAUAAUAUUGUAUAGCGCUGCAGAAAACAAAUUGGCGCUCUAUUAAGGCCAAUAAAAGUUAACCACAACAUCUGGGGAUAACUGGUAAUAUCCCCAAUACUGCAGUAUAUAUGCAUCAGGUGCACUCUUCCUGCACGGUGUGCAGUCUUGGGGCAUUUCUGGGAGUGCUGUUAGUGCCCGUAUGUAGCCUUCUUUAUACGGGAUGUGAUUAGCCACAGUGCCUGUCAGUCAGCCUGCUUGCCCAUCUACCCUGCUGUCCUGAAUCCCUACCUCCUGUUGUUGGGAGGUGUGAUUCAGGGUUAUGAGGUUGUGAUAGGAAAUACUUAGGGUCAAUUUUAUUAUGAUGUUUUAUUUAUUUUUUAUACCUGAAGCUCUGCUGUGGGCUAUAAAAGUGGCUCUGGCACCUUCUGGGGUUUUAGCAUAACUUGUAAAGCCCCUAGAUGGUGACUGCUCCGCUUGCAUUCCGGUUUCUGAGGGGUGCAGAUUAUCUCCCUUUUUGCUUACCAGAGCCUGACUCAGACACCAUCUUUUUCCACAAGAUGCUCCGUAGCGAGGCCGCUGGAUCCUCCAUAGAAAGCCUUUAUUUUUUAAUUUUUUUCCCCUAUCCCUUAACUAGUCACAGCUGAAGGCUUGAUAAAAUCGAGGCUUCACCUUUUGUCAAACGUAGGAAAGAUACAUAAAACAAACGAAUCGCUCCAUUUUCUUAUAUCUUUUCUUGAUUGGAAUUUCAGUGAACAGUUAUUAUAGGCAUUUCAGAAAGUUUUCUAUCUUAAUGAAAUGCUCAUUUUCUAUUUUGGGGGGAGGUGCCAGAGCUGCUUUAAAAUGCUGUUCAUAGAGAUAGAUUGCCUUUAGUACAAAUGAUGUUGUACUUGUGGAGCCACGACAAGAUUUCGUACGAAGGUAUUAUACCCCCUGUCAAUUUUUUAAUUUAUUUUUUUGUGCAUAGUUGACCCUCUAGCCAACCUUCUGCACUAAUGCAUAAUUUUACCACCUGACAUGUUUGUAAUAUGGACAACCAACAUGUGCAGUGGUAUAGGUAGCCAUUUUAUAUUAACCAUGAUUCCAUCACCCAUGCUAUGAGGAAAAAGGGAUGGGAUUUUAUUUUUAUUUUUAGACCGUUCUAUGAAUACCUUUAGAGUUUAUUGCUUAAAGGAUCACUAUAGGGUCAGGAAAACAAACUUGUUUUCCUUACACUAUAGCAUCCUUAGGACCCCCCUACCCUCAGGGUCCCCUUCCCUUGGCGCUGAAGGGGUUAAAACCUAUAUGUGAAGUAGAUCCUAGCCGACACCACAGGAAUUCCAAGCCGGACAGACGGACCAUCCAAGUAUAUCCGUUAGUGGGGAUCAAACCACUAAGUGCCUCUUUUCCCAGAGCUGGCAAUAAGCUCCACCAAAUGUGAGUGAAAUAUAUUUCCUUUGAUUAUAUACCACAUCAGGACCAACAAUAUUUCACCAUAGGCAGCUUUCUUUCUUGUUUUUUAUCUUCACAUAUAUGGACUACCUACCACACGGACGGAGCCAUACUUGAGGAUUAAUAUCGUGGUACUGCAUAUCAGUGAGACUGUUUUUAUUCUAUAUUUUUAAGAAAAUCCGGAUGAACUUUAUUUGAUUUUAUUAUUGUUGUUUAUUUUAUCAAUACACGAUCUUAUAUAUUUCAACAUAUCUGUUUUACCUAAGCGCAGCCCUUGACCCCCUCUUUUUUCUUAUUUAUUUUAUGACCUGCACAGUUUAUUUAAUUCUGGCCUCUAAAAUGAUUGAAAUAAAUAAUUUCAAAACCUCUGCCAACUAAAGUACCGGUAUGUGUGUGGUUUACGUUAAAAAAUGUCUACGCAUAACUACAUGCAAAGAAAGGUAUUUUGUGAAGAACUGUACAGCUGUUUCAUUAAGCGGUUUGACGCACAAUUAUAAGAUCAGAGGAGAGGUUUUUGUACAAAGCUUUUAAUGCAGAAGGUUUAUUUUUUUUCUUUUCUUUAGAUAAUUGGAUAUACAUUUUUCAACAUUAAAAGAACUGAUUAUAAAAAAAAAAGUUCAGAUUUGGAACAGGGCUAUAUGCACUGUUCAUCAAAACGUCCCUUUAAGAAACAUAUUUUCGUUCGACAUGAAAACCAUUUCUAUUGUUUUAGCUGAUGCUCAUUAGACAUGUGGACGCGUUUAAAGCUACAUGAUAGAUUCGCAAACAAAUUACUGAAAAUGUCUAGUAAAGCAAAUGGUUCCUUUUACAUAAGAAUUCCUUGGAGUAGAAAAAAAGGAAAAACAAUAACAUCUGGCAAGAUAUCUGUAAAUAGUUUAUAAUAUUCAGUGGUUAACCUCUUAUGGUUUGCUAAUUUCUUUGAAUUCAGAGAUGUUAUUGUGUUUCACAUAGCCUGUCUAAAUAUCUCUUUUCGGGAUUUCAUUUUGUGGAGCAGAUCAUAGAGAAUGAUUCACAGCAAAGGGUUGGAUUUUUGUUUUUGACUUAAAGGAACAUUGUAGGGUCAGGAACACAAACAUAUAUUCCUGACCCUAUAGUAUUAAACCCACCAUUUAUGUGGCUUCCCCUUGCUCAUCCCCCUUAAAAUUUACCUUAUUCCAGCGCUGUGCUGGCCCCGCCCCGAUACACCUCCUUGAUGACAUCAGCAGAAUUGCCAAUUUUUAGCCAAUCCAAUACUUUCCCUAUAACUAAGAUCGUCACAGUUCUGGCCAAUCAGCACCUCCUAUAGAGAUGCCUAAGGGCAACGGCCACAGCUUUUAUUAGCAAGCCAGCAUAACAUUAACAACUGUCAGCUGCUGGACUUUCCCAGCAGAUGGCUAACCAUAACUUUAUUCUUCCCGAGCCUCUUUAGCCUGAAGUCCGUUCUCAACCAGAUCAGGCUGCGACUCCAAGCCCCUCCGGGCAAUGAUCUCAGUUCCACUUGUAGGCGAAGGACAAAACGCAGCUGUGACAAAAUAAACAGAAACAACACCAAACACAUCUCAUUCAGCAAUAACAUCCCAUUUUCACACCAACCCAGGGAGGGUAGGCGGGAAACAGCACUGCCAGGUUCACUCAGCGUGCUCUCCAGUGGUCUGGUAAGUCUUUUUCCCAGUGUCCCUGGCCCUGGUGCAUCUCCAACAUUGUAUCCCUUGUUGCUAUGCCAACCUCUCCGGGCAGCAGUCAUGCUCCCCGCUCCUUAUCCACUCCGGGGGUUGGCCUUUCUAUUACUCUAUUAUUUGGCUUCGAACCUUAUAACAUGCUGGAUUAGAACAAUUGAUGUCCUUUUAUUUUAUAUUCUUUUUUUUUUAAGUGGCAGGUAGCAGUAAGACAAAGGGUAAAUAUAUAGUGUGGAAGGAAGAUCCGAUUUUGAGGAAAGAUUUGUGGUGAGACAGAUUUGUUGUAAUGUAGAUCAGAUGAGGGAUUUGGUCGCUUUUAUUUUGAAGAAUAAUAAGGGGGUAAGUGAGAAGUGAUGGAGGCAUCAACUGGAAAGUGAUAUGCAGAUUAUUAUUAUUAUUUUUUUUUAUUUGUAUUUUAUUAGAGUUUUAAGGCUCAAAAUACAUCUGGAUCGCAGUAUAUAAAAGAAAAUAACAUAGUGACAUAAAAGCAAUAACACAAUAUAUUUACAUUAGGUGGCACUGGUGUCAUCAGUCGUCUGUGUGGGUCCUGGGACUUGCGUCAGCUUAACCAUCCUCGCUGAUUGCCUACAUGUUAAACGGGGUAUGUUGGGCUGUAGACCCAGCAUACUGUCUGGUUGUCCUGAAUGCGUAUGAGAAGGCUCCUGGUAUGGCAAGUGUCGCCAGUAUGUGUGGUCCGAAUUAUGUCUUUUGAGUUCAGAGUCUGUCUGUCUUCCUUGGGGGUCUCUACUUCAGUCGCUAUCCCCAUAUCUUCCUGUCACCUGUGAUCACAAUCCCCCUAGCAGUAUCCAGGGAUAUCGUCUGGCACUGCGUGAGUUGUGCCACGAAUAUAUACUGUACUAUGUUGCUUGGCUUUCAUUUGUACUCAGCCAGACUUUAUUAAUGGCACGGAGUGCCCCGAGUUUAGGCAAUAGGUCCUGGGACCUGACGCUGUGCGUAGACCGUAACUGAUAUAUAUGCAGAUUAUUUUAAUCUUUAUUUUAAACAAAAAUACUGUUCCCUGACUAGUUGGAGAUCCUAAACAGUGAGCUUUUUACUUAUAUCUCAGGUAAAAGUGACUUCUACAUCUUCUUUCUAUUGCAUGUGCCUACAUGUAUUGCUUUGACUUGCAAAGCAUGUACUUAUCAACUCAUUAAAAUUCAAUUAGGCCAAAAGGAGAUUGUCAUUCUGGGACAGCAAGGGCCCCCAUUUCACAUGCACUCUUAUCUGAUAUUGACAGAUGCAGCAAAUUAUUGCAUUCCUUACCUUAUCCUUCUCACAAAUUAUAAACUGAUUUUAUAAAGUAGUGAUGAGUCAGGUCAUGCAUAAAAAAUUUCCAUGACUGUUUUUUUUUUUUUUUUGCAUAUAAGCAAAUGGUUCUGACCCUACACCUAUAUAUUAUAAAAAAAGUUUUACUUUAUGUUUACUUUGAAUAGUGUUACUUUUGUUGUUAUCAAUUGAUGUGGUACAUUCUGGAUGAGUGACUUGAAUGCCUCUUUUUUUUUGUUUUGUUAUAGUCUAUAUCUCUUGAACAAUAUGUGGUGAGGGGGGAGGGGAAGGAAAUGCAUGCUUGCUCAUGGCAUUCUUUAUACAGAUGCAGGCAUAAGAGUACUUCAGUGAGUGUAAUUUUUUUAAAGGAACACUAUUGCGUUAGGAAUACAAUCCUGUGUUCCUAACAUCAUUGAGCCUCUGUUCCUAGUUAUAUUCAUGUCCACCCCCCACCACCCAUAACAUUUUUAAAAAUAAUUUUACGUACUUCUUUCCUGCGCAGAGAAUUGUUGACCUCUCCGCCUCCUGCAACAUAAUAGAGGAGGCGGAGACAUGAUGUGCAUGCGUGGUAAGCCCCACAUGCACAUCCAGAGCUUUCUUAUUGGCUGCAAAGUCUAGUGCAGCAAAGCACCUGUGCAAAAUGGCAAUGCUUUAACUUGAAGGGUUAAAUGUACAGAACACCCCAGGCACCAGUAUAACUUUAAGGAAUAUUAAAGUAAAAGCUGCUUUGUCACCUUCUGGGAUCUUUCAAUAUUUUACAAAGACCCCCAUUGCUGCUUCCAUUGCGGUGGCACAGGGCUGGGUUUUAUUCACAUGAACCUGUGCCUCGUGACUGCCUCCAUUUUCUUCCAUGGGAUCCCACAUUAGUGCUGUACACUUGCUCAUGCACAAGAGUACAACACUGAUGUCUAUGAAGGAUCCCACAAGGCUGUGGGAGCCUCUACAGACCAAGCCCUUGUCUACUUGGUCAUCAUUAAUGACCGCUCGGGGCUUGACAAAGGAAGCUCCUCGUUUUAGUCAAGCAUAGGAAAGAUACCUACGUUGUUUUAUAAGCUCUUCUGACCGAGCUGGAAUUUUAGUUAAAUUCCAACGCAGUCUAUGUGAGCAAUUAAUACAGAUUUUAUCUUUGUUUUGUUUUUUUUGUUUUUUUUUAUAGUAUGGGGGAUGGAAGAGCUGCUUUAAAGGGCUAUGUCACAAACAUUUCUUGUAAAUAAACUAAUUUUUUAAUAAAACAAUAUGCCUAACAGACAUAAUUUCUCUAACCAAGCUACAGUACUUUAAGUUAUAAGUAGUAGAUUGCAUUGUGGAGGUAGCCAUGCUGGCAUUACAUCAUAACAUUCAAACUUCAGUGGGAGUUGUUUUUUUUGGAAACUUUCUAAAAUAAACAAAGUCUUGCAGCAACCUAUCUGGAUUUGAUAUUUGGGGAGUAUCUCCCAGCAUUUCAGUGGAAAAAGAGAGGGUCAUGAAACAUGAGACGCUGAAAUGCCCAUAGCAAGCUUGGAUGAACAUGUGGCGCAUGCACAUCAGAUCUCCAGUGUUUCUCCAUGAGGAACAUUUGAUUGGACCAUUGUGGGAGGUAUGUUUUGCUUGCGCACACGAGGGGGCCUAUGCAACUAGGGACAGUGACACUAAAGCGUUAGAAUUCAGGUUUGUAUUCCAAAUUCUUUAAUGUACCUAAUAACUGGGUAUCCUGUACCCAAGUCAAUCACUCAUAUUUCAUCAACCUUAAAAGGAGGAAAUACUUCCUUCACACUGCUAGGAACAUAAUCUGCAGGUCUGAGUUAUGGGAAGGUUCUAGAUUUGUUGAAUUAAACCAAUGAGCCAGGCCUACUGGCCCAAAAAUCUUGCACCCUAUAUACUGAUCCAUUAAGCAGAUGAUCCUAGAUCAGAUGUCCCAUCCUGAAUCUGAAUGCAGUCCGCAUAAGAUGUAUAAUGGCAUUUGUGUGUGUUUGUUUUUUUGUAACACCGUAUAAUAUUUUGGGACCCUUAUUAAAAAAAAAAAAAAAAAAAAUGCAAUAAAUCGGACAAUAAAGACAAAUAACACCACUCACACACCUAACCAUUUGUAUAUUGACUGUUUUCCAGAUGGAUGUAAAAUACAGUUACUAUGCAAGUGUGUGUGUGUGUGUGUGUAUAUAUAUAUUGUGUGUGUAUAUAUUGUGAUCCUUGUUUGCAGAUAGCACGGUCCUCUAGGGUAAACAACAGGCACAGUCCUUUGGUUUUCAUAUAAUCCAGGCAAUUUUAUUGGUAAGUCCACACAGCAACACAACUAAAACAUAAAUAUAACAGGUUUCUCCUUUAAACAAAAACCUAGCUCGUCUGAGCACUGACUCACUUUUAAUAUCCCUUGGUUGCACCAACCUUAUUAGAUAGCAACACGCUGCUCUCCUUUCUGCACUCCAGUGCUCUCAGCUAGCCUGCUGCUUUCCUUUCUGCACUCCCAGUGCUCCAAGCCAGCCUUAACUGCUUUCCUUUGUGCACUCCCAGUGCUCCAAGCCAGCCUUGACUGCUUCCUUCUGCACUCCCAGUGUUCAGUCUCCUUGACUCUCUCACAGGAGAGAACAGCGUCUCUCCUACCUGCUUCCAGGACGGAAGCCAGCAAUCCCCCCUUUACCUGCCUAGCAGGGAGGGGUUUAUUCCCAGUGCUACAGCUGAUUAUCUGCAGUUGAGCAGUGGGUUGGAGACAGCUCAAAACUCUGACCUGGAACUUAUUUCUCCCAGUUGUAUGCAAACUGUGGAGUGGAGCAUUGGCCUACCCUGCUCUCCAAAUGCUCCACCCCAGGGGCCCAUAACUAAGCUUUGGUUUGUGUUCCCUACAACACAUACUACACAUACACCCCCUGGGGUUAAAUGUUAUAGGCCUCUCUGCCUUCACUUUAUCACAAUAUAUAUACACACACACAUGCAUACAUACAAACACCAUUAAGUGUUGGUGUUUCACUAUGAAUUUCAGACUGAUUUAUAUAAAAGAUAUACCUUUUAAUACAUAUUCAUUUUCUACAUAAUCUAAUUCAAUUCAUUUUUUCUUAAACCUGCUUUUGAUUAGGCAAAACAUUUGUAUUUUCUUACUUGCCUGGAGCAUUGGGCAUGUUGCGUAUAGUCUGUGCAUGCAAUUAGUUCUGUCCUGGUUAAAGGGUUAAUAAAGCCCGUUUCAUGCACUGUAAGAGCUCUGGAUUUUGAUCUAUGGCUGCUUUGACAGAGUGCUGGAAUCUCAUCCAUUAAAGCUGGUUUAGCAUUUUUGGCUUUGAAUCACUCCAAACAACUUAGCUCAAACUACUUUUGUCUCAAAUGACCUGCCCUGCAUAUGCUACUAAUUUUGCCAAUUUUACUUUGUGAUUCUUAGUGCAUACUGCAUGGUAUUUGAGUAGCUGCUCUUCUCUUUCUUACCUUCUAAAGUAUAUUGUUUUAACACUGUCUUUUGAUUACAUAUUUUAUACAGAAUUUGUCACGUGUAUUACUUGCAUAAUGAAUGUCUGUCAUUUCUUAAACAUUUGCUACAGCAAAUGUUCAGUUUCCUAUAACCAGAGCAUUUCAGAGUCAAAUACACGAGGCAGGAAAUGUAUUUGUAAAACCGUUAAAAUUACAGUAAAGCCAUUGUAAUUUCAUUUACAAAAUGGUCAGUAUGUAAUGUCAGUUUGUUUUUGUCACCUUCACUAAAAACUCCAAAAAGUAAAUAAAUUAUGUUGAAUCACAUGUGAACAUUGUCUGUGCUCAAAUUGUCACUAUGGUGACCUGUUUGCUGAUGCUCUGACAUAGACGUGUGCAUUUGUUUAAUUUUGUGCGGUUAGUUCGUACGAAACACAAAUGAACUAAUUGCGAUUUGACUGAAAUAGCCAAAAAACGAAGUGAUUGUAGACAAAAAUGUGUCUAUGCACUUUGUUAAUGCAGCCAAUUACUAGGAGGGAUCUGUCAUAUCCCUCGUUGAAAUUUGAUAAUUUAAAGGUUUACUGCAAGCACCACGACCACUACAGUGAUUUGAAGCGAUCAUGGUGCCUGGAGUCUGUAUGUGCAGCUUUUUAACGCUGCACACACAAAGAUUAUCAUCUGUGCUGCUGGAGGUGUAACUACAUCCAGAAGUGUCAUUGUAGUGUCAUAAGCCUACUCCGAACUAAAGUUCCAGGUUGGCUAAUGUCUAUUCUGAGAUAAAUAAUGUGUUAUGUAAAAAUGAAUGUAAGAUAAUGGGUAUAUAGACCUCUUUAACAUUUUACAAUAGAGUAUUUAGAUGUAAGCUGUGCAUUUGGUGAGGCAAUAACUGAGAUGCUGUCUGAAUGUUAGAAACAUGGCGAAUUUGACAUGUUAUGUUCCUCACCCUAUCAGAUUGAAGAUGGAGGGAAGGCAUCGAUGUCUGAAAAGAUGGAAGUUGGGGAUGAGCUGGUAAAUAUUAAUGGAACCCCAUUGUAUGGCUCCCGUCAGGAGGCGUUGAUCCUUAUCAAAGGCUCCUACAAGAUUCUCAAGAUGAUCGUUAGGAGGUAAUACCUUAUAAAACUAGUUUUCCAUAUCGGCUUAUGGCUGGAAUGUACUCUCAUUUAAAAACUAAUUCAAGAGACUCUAGUCUGUACAAAUAAAUACAAGCUACACAACACUAGUUAAGUAGUAAUGAAAUAUUCCCACUGUUAGCCAAUUUUAUUGCUUAUCAUAUAGUAAUAUCGGACAGAGACUUGAGAAGUAAAAUACAAUUUCUGUCUCACAGACCAAAAAGUACUACAAAGGUAACAAAACAUCUGAAACACAUACAUUUGCUAGCCAUUAGGCCAGCCCAUUAUAUUCAUAAAUGCAUAUAUCUGAGCAGAAAGGAAAUCUGCACUUGUGAUUGGCAUAAUAAAAUCCUUUAGGACUAGAAUGUGUUUGCAGACAUAUGGCAGCUUUAUUAUGAAAUGCUAAACAAGAAAAAUGGGAUCUAUUCACGAGAGACAUGAUGGCUCAGAAAUUGACCUGAGGUGAAGAUUUGCAAGAAUUCUAAGGAAUUUCCUUUUAUGUAUGUUCUCAAUUUAAGUACUGCCAGUUCUCUGGAAGGUAGGCCACUGAUGUAUUGAGGAUGUAGAUAGUGUUUGUUUAGGGAAUGUAUUGUAUAUGUAUAGGUAAUUCAGUGUAUGUAUCUGAGUUUGGGGUGUAGGAUAGAUACUGUGUUUUGUGGGGUUGAGAGGGCAUAAGUUCUACUUAAUAUUAUUUUUUUUAAUUUUUUUUUUACAUUUACCCAUAUCCUCUUAACUCAGGGAAUUAAUAAUAAUUAAAAAAAUGAUAAAUAUAAUAUAUAUAUUUAGUACAUUUAUUGCAAUUAUACCCCACUAAGAAUGUAUGUUAAUUUCAGUUCAUGUUUCAUCACACAAACCUGGUUACACAGUUAGUGGUUACAUUUUGUUGAAUAAGAGUCAAAAAUAUAUGCCAGCCCCAUAAGUCAUUGUGCUAUGUAGUGUGUGUUAUAUAUAUAUAUAUAUAUAUAUAUAUAUAUAUAUAUAUAUAUAUAUAUAUAUAUAUAUAUAUAUAUAUAUAUAUACAUAUACAUAUACAUACACACAAAAAUAGUAAUGCACUCCACCUUCCUUGAUGUACUUGCCCGGUGCUUAUCAGCAAAUAGAUACAGCCAAAAGUACAAGAUAGCACUCCAGGGACUUCCAAGUAGAAUGAAUAAAACUUAGCUUUUAUUAGCUCAAAAUAAAAGUCAACGUUUCAUCCUGAUGAAAGUCUGUGAUACAGACUGAAACGUUGAUUUUUAUUUUGAGCUAAUAAAAGCUAAGUUUUAUUCAUUCUACUUGGAAGUCCCUGGAGUGCUAUCUUGUACUUUUGGGGAUAUAUAUAUAAUAUAAUAAAAAUAUAUAUAUAUAUAUAUAUAUUACACACACACACACAUAUAUCUAUCUCUCUCUGUCUAUAUAUAUUAUUGGUAUACUUCUUUUUCGAAUUCAAAAUAUUAGUCCUUUCAGGGUAAUUAAAUCAUACAGUAAAGCAUACUCACAUGCAGACAAUCUUACUGAUGCACACAAAUAGGCUCAUUGACAGACAAUCUCAAUGACACACAGAUAAGGUUACUGGUACACAUGCACACACACACACUGAAGCUCACUCACUCGCAAAUGCGCACACACACAAAGACAUCCACACACACAGAGGCAGGCAUCCACACACACAGAGGCAGGCAGACUGCCACACACACAUACACACACAGGCAGACAGCCACACACACACACACACACACACACACACACUGGCAGACAGUCACACACACAGUCACAGACAGUCACACACACACCCCCUCACAGACAGUCACACACACACACACUCACAGACAGUCACACACACACACACACUCACAGACAGACACAUACACACACACUGGCAGGCAGUCACACACACAGGCAGUCACAGACAGUCACACACACACACACUCACAGUCACACACACACUCACAGACAGUCACACACACACACUCACAGACAGUCACACACACACACUGGCAGACAGUCACACACACAGGCAGUCACAGACAGUCACACACACACACACUCACAGACAAUCACACACUCACAGGCAGUCACACACAGACACACUGACCUCCUUCUUACCUCCUGGAGGCUGGUUGUUGGGGAAGCAGGGAUUCCUUCCUGCUUCCCAUGCUGCAAUUACCAGGGCCCCCGCCUGCCGCUUAGCUCCGCCCCAUCUUCCGGUAAGCCCCGCCCCCACAGCAAUAUAUAUAUAUAUUUUUUCAAUCCCGGCUGGCCAUGUGCGCGCUUAUCCCAUGGGACCCUUUGCGGCCGCACUGCUCGGGCCGGCCGGGAUUACAGGAGCCUGGCCAGUAAUGAAUAGGCCAGCCCCAGGUGCCGCGGCCCACCGGGAAAUUUCCCGGUAUCCCGGUGGGCCAGUCCGGCCCUGCUAAGAGUACAGCGCUGCAGAAUAUGUUGGUGUUCCAGGAAUCACUAUACUGAACGCCACAGCGUGGGGGUUUUAUAGUAGAGCUAUCUGGUGAUUUACAUCUACCAUGCAGCAGAGAAAGCACAGACAAUUGGAUAAUAAAUUGAUCAGCAUAUGUAAAAAAAAAACAAAUAUAUCAUUGCUAUAAUAACAUGUAGCUUCUCUAAAGGGUACAAACCAAAGAAAACCCACAAGCUGCCGGCUUUGCUAAAAGUUAAUAAAAAGUAAAAAAAUCCCCUUAAAAGACCACUAUAGUCACCUAGACCACUUCAUGCAAUGAAGUGGUUUGGGUGCCAGGUACCCCAGGUUUAAACCUUGCAGCUGUAAACAUAACAGUUUCAGAGAAACUGCUAUGUUUACAUUGCAGGGUUAAUCCAGCCUCAAGUGGCUGUCUCAUUGACAGCCGCUAGAGGCGCUUCCCCGACGCUCAAUGCGAAAAACGCUUUGAGCACGCAGAACGUCCAUAGGAAAGCAUUGAGUAAUGCUUUCCUAUGGGCGCUUUUGAUGCGUGUGUGGCUCUGGCUGCGUAUUCGGCUCCACUCGGGUGCUGACGUAGGAGGGGGAGGAGAGGGCUCUCUUGGCACUGGAUAAAGGCAAGUGGCUGAAGGGGUUUUAACCCCUUCAGCCCAGCGGGAGCGGGGCCCUGAGGGUGGGGGAACCUAAGGGCAGUAUAGUGCCAGGAAAAGAGUUUGUUUUCCUGGCACACUAGUGGUCCUUUAAUUGUUGUCAAAUAAUUGAUUUCCAACAUUUAGUGAGCUGCAGCCUAUUCACCUAUGCCAUUAGUAGAAAUAACUGCUAAUGACUUCUAACUACCCAUUGUACAGCGCUACGGAAUAUGGUGGUGCUAUAUAUAAUAAAAUUAUAAUAAUGGUGUUGAAGAUGUUUAAUGGCCAAUAUGCCAUCCAUCUUCUGGAAAUAAAGAUUCCAAAUUGGGACUGCCCCCCUGGAUGGAUCUUGAACUGCUGGGACACAUGCUGUAAAGUACUGUGCUAUUUUAUGGGAGCAAAAGGCAGGUAUAUAUAGGUCUAUCCCUCUCCUUCUUAGUGUGUGUGGCUGCGGGGCUCCUGGAUCGUAGCUUGUCAAAUCGGUCCCUGUGCCUGGAGAUCGGCCGCCUCUCCCGGGUACCAGGUCGCCUCUCAUGUUAGGUCAAUGGUCAGGCUGCGGUAUUUCUUGUCAGAUGGAUGUGGGUCUUGUGUCCAGAAGCUCUCAUUUGAUUCAGCAGUGAGUCACCUGCAUACAGGGCUGUAAAUAUCUCGAUUUUGGGCAGUGAGGGUUGAAAUUAGGUUCAGCUGUGUCAGAGCACUCAAACACGUCCUGCCAUCUUGGCUGCCAGGCCCCCGCCAUGUUUAAAUGUUUGAUGCUGUUUUCUCAUUAUAAUGUAAAUAAUUGGUGCCACCCUGUGGUUGAAUUAAAAAUGAACACACACUAUAACCUGAAUAAUAAUACAAAGCUUGGUACUCUAUGCACCAAAACCAAUACAAGCCAUUAAAGUGUUUAUGGUGCAGUGAGUCUGUUGUAGUCCAUUUUUGUGUUGAAAUUGCUCUUCUGCUGCACCUUGGUUGGUGCUAGAAUGAUGUUCCCCAUUACCCUGUCCUAAUUUAGGUUAAGAUUGUGUAUAAGCUCUGGAUAAAAAUGGUUUACGUGUAAUAGAUGCCCAUAUAACUGUUACAUGUAAAAGCAAUAAUUGUUCAAUGUAUUUGGGAGUUUAAGUACAAUACAUUUCCGGUUUCAUUCUGUGUGGUGCGCUGUAAUGGUUAUGGGACUUGUAGUUGUUUUUUGUUAACAGUGGUUAAUUGGCUUCUUAAAUUGCUUAGGUGGCAUGUUGAAUGAUCACAGAAGUAUGAAAACCAAUCUUCUCCCUCCCAUAGCAGCUAUCUUCCACAAAAUGAAUGAGGCUAUAAAUGGAUAGAUUAACUGCAUUCGAUUGCAUUAGUACACAGUCUUUCCAUAGGAUUAGGUCUGGUUUGGUGUUACGAUCUUCCACUUCCUACCACAUAGCCCCUUGUUACCUGUAUUCCACUGCUUGUACAGGUAGGCAUGGUUCUCUACUCCUUUUAUAUUUUUUUUUUUCCUCCUCUUCCUUUAUUCUCUUUCCAAUACCUAUGUCUUUCUUCCAUAACUAGUCAGUAUUACCUUUCUUGCAAUAUUCUCUUAUUGUCAUCAGUUUACCUUUGACUGUAGGGGUUUUCUCACUUAAUCUUAGCUCUUAAGUUAUUCUUUAGCAUCUUGUUUACUCAAUAGUUUUAUGAUCCUGGCUUUAGGCUAGAGCUAUAGUCUCUCUGGAUCUAUGGCUAUGGAACACCCACCGCUUCCCCUCCCCCAUUGCAGGUAUACCACCUGACCAUAUCCCCUUCCCUUCCACCUUGUGUCAGGGCUCCAUCCUGCCUUCCUCCGCUAAUUGUAAUGUCUUUAAAAAAAUAAAUAAUUACUUCUCCCCCCCAGUUCAGAUAGUGUGCAUGCGCUCUUCAUAAAUCUGUGAUUGGACUACGCAACGCCCCCUUGUAAUGUCAGGAGGGGGUGUGGAUGCCAGCGCCUAAAGCUUUGCCUGAUGCUGGCAAAUUCCAGCUAAAUCAAAUGCUUUUUUUGCAGCUUUUACUGUAAAUGCAUGGUGGGGGGAUUUAAGUAAUUGUGCUCAAUAGGGCAUAUCCCCCAGUCCAAUGGGUUGGAGUAACCCUUUUAAUGUCAGGAGGUAAAAUACAUCUUGGUGAAACACAUUUAUUCUAGGGAUUAAAGACAUUAAAUCAAAUAUUUAUUUGCUUUGCUGUUUUAUGAAAUGAAUAGAUAACUAUAGAUUUAACCUGAAAUGUAAGGACCUGAAAAAGAGAAAACCUGAAGAUAAAAUUGAUUCAAAUGAAUACUGUCCUAGAACAGGAGCAUAGACGCACCGACUGGGUUGAUUACCCCUCUCAAGACAAUGAAAUCCAUGAUUGUGAUAGGGAGGAAAUGUCAGACAUGUAGACGCUACACAGAUUUGGCAGACUGGCAGCCAGGAAACUAGUCUGGGAUGUCACUACGAAACCAACAAUGACUUAAAGAAAUCUGCAUUUUGUUUUUGUUUUGCUUAAAGGGUUACUCCAACCACCAUGACUACUUCUGCUUUCUGGAUUGGUCAUGGUCGUAGGAGUAUGGAUGUGUAGCGUUUCAUUUAGAAACACUGCACAUCCAGAGUAAUUGGAAUCUUUGUGCCAGGGGCAAGUUGCACCCAUAGCACAUGUGACAUUGGCAGCCCAGGCCAAUGUCAAUUCUGUGCAUAAAAUACAUCUGUGGUCAGCAUGACAUUGAGAGCCUGCAAGGGGGGUCUUGUGUGCCCCUCCCUACAACCCUCCCACAUCCCUUUUUGUUUUUUAAAUCCACUCCCUCUCUCCUCCCCUUGCCAAGACAAACCAUGUGCAUGUGCUCUGAACCAGCUCAAUAGUCUAAAGGCUUCUCUAAGAGAAGCCUUUGAUUGGACUGCUCGCUGCUGCCAAUUAAUUUCAGAUUGGUGUGUUGAAAAAAGGGCAGGGGGCUUCACUCAGCCCUGGAUAAAAGUAAAUUUAAACUUAUUUAAUGUUUUUAUUUUAUUUUACAGUGAUCUGGAGGGGGUGGAGGUCUACAGAAUAAUGCCCAGUAGGGCAUUAUUCAUUAUUUAAAGAAGGGAGUUAAUGUUCCUGAAACAUCAAUAGACUGCAAUUUUAACAAAACUGGCCAUAUGACAAAGUUUGUGGGGCAAAAAUUAAAACGAAUGCCAAAAAACAGUAUGCAGAUAGUAAUUACUACAUUCCCUGAAACCCCACAACUGACACUCUACAACUAUUGACUAUGUUGGCUCAAGGCUGACCCGAUCUCUACCUAUAUAACUAUUUUGAAGCCUCAUAAGUUUUUCCACAGUUGAGUUUGGUGUACUGACAGACUUAGAGAUUGUUCUGGUUUUUGUUUUUUUUUCCGCUGAUACUAAAUGCAUGGUAGAAGAUGAACUGGGUUUUAUUUGUUUAAUUAUUUAUCUUUUUUUUUUUUUUUUGGUUUAUUAUUAAGAAGGUAGAAGGCAUUUACUGAAUUCUCUGAACUGGGCUAUCUGCAGUUACUUUUUUGAAGUAUUUUGUUCACACUGUUAUCCAGUGAUUAAUGGGUCACAUUGCAUAUUUCAUAGGAAUAAUGCAAACACCAUAACCACGACAAGCCACUGUUGUGCUUAUGAAUCCAGGUGUGCCCUGUUGCUGUCCUAGUGUAAUUUGUUUAACCAUUUUAGAAUGGUUUGAGCACCUAUCUGGAUCCAAGUGAGCACUCUUUGCCUUAGCCCUUGGUUGAAUUUCUUUAAGAACAAUUUGAUUAGUUCUACUGAGCUAUGCAGGGCUGCACUCUGCCAGUAAACACCAAGGCUAAGCUAUAUAGCGUCAUCUGGCUUCUCCUGCGAGAGCAGGGGCACCCAUGUAAGUUAUUAAAUGGAUUGUGAUAACUCCAAUUUUGGUGUGCGGUUAGUGGAGAGCUCCUGAUCCUUCGUAGCAGCAAGCCCGGUGAGUGCUAUAGUAAUUUGAUGCUAAAGUCAUUGUAUAUGUAUAUAAAUAUUUGUUGCUAUGACAAUUUGAUUAGAAUUUUCCCUUCACACCACCCACUGUUUUAGAUUUUGUUUUCAUUUCAACACAUUAUCUUCUCCUUCACAAAUCCUUUUUCACACAUUACUCAUGUCCUUGUCCUUGUAUUAGUCUGAUCUUAUACACUUCCUAUUCACUGUGUACUUAGGGUCACUUGUUUUUUUAUUUUAUUUAUUUAUUUAUUUUUAUGUAAAAAAAAAAAAAAAAAUGUAUUUUCUGAACUGAGCCAAACUCCCAGAAUUCUAUAGGGGUGAUAGUCCCUUUGAUUGUUCCACAAAUUUCUUCUCCCCCCCCCCCACACACUUCUUUCUGUAUAAAUAAACACUGUAUUGUUUGUAGGACCAAUGCACUUCCUGCCAGCCCAGCUAAUUGCCGAGAAAUUUCCUACCCAGGAGUGGGGGGGGAAGUCAUGGAAUGCGGCCCCUCGAAAUAAUAUACAUGGGGAGGAGAAAUAAACGGACAUAAUGGUUCUUGUUCUUAGGUAGUCACGAUAAUCCCACAGCGUAGGGGAGGGUUAGUCUCAAUAUGUUUUACAUUUGUACGGUAAGCUUAUUACAGAGAUUAUUUUGUUACGUGUGAAAAAUAACUUCAUAGAUAAGGUGUGUUAGAAGGGUUCUCGGUAAAAAAAAGAAUUGAUGUAACAGAACUUUCAUUCUCUUUCUGAACAUUUAGCAAGCUCAUAGCAUCUUCAUCUUUUACAGAACCACAAAUCCUUUAACUACUUUGUUUCCCUGUGCCUGCCAAUUUUGGAUUGACUAAAGAAAAACACUAGAGUUGGUAAUUUUGUUUGGUUGGUUUCCUACCCCCCAUACUCAUAUAACAUAGCAUAUAUUGGGCAAUUAUCCUAAGCAGAGAGAGAUAGGUAGAUAACCUAAAGAGCAAUCCCCUGUAUCUCUAGUCUGCAACCUGCUUCUCGCAUAAACACCUUCCUGUUCUUAUCUAUUAUUCUCCCCCGUUUCCUCUGGUUUUCCUGAAGUGUUUAGGAAUGUCGGGGAGGGGACCUGAGCAGCGUCACUGUGCAUUUGGGGACACUCCUUCUCCGUAGGUCACAUCAUCUUUAUCCCCCCUAAUUCAGAAAUGCACCAGUAUACUUGUCUUCCUCUCUUUCGCCUCCCAAAAUCAUUGGAAAAAAUAUCUCAUUUUCCUCUCGUAAAAAGAAAAGGCUAUUCUGGAUUUGUGUCUGCCACAGAUGUUGCUCUUUUUUUUAUCCUCUUAAGACUUUAGUUUAAUACUGAAAGAGUUAAAAGAAUUAAAUUAUUUUUUUUGCCUGCACGUCUUUACCUUGCACCUCCUGUAUUGAUCUUCUCUUCUAGUAAGUACUUCACUUCUACUAUUUACUAUGAUUACCUUGUGACCUGUGGGAUGAGCAGGCAAAGAAUACUACAUGCUUGAAUUCUACAUAAAUUGGCAAAUAACUUGAAAGGGGAUGCAGGACUCUAUAUGAAGUGUUUUUGUAUGCAGUUUAUAAAUACUGCAUGCGAUUGAGUUCAGUACACUAAUUACUCUGUUCUUAAUCAUAAAUCUAUUUAUUCACAUCCUAAAAGACGAAGGCAAAUUGCAGCCUAGAAUGUCUGUGUACAUGUGUAAUGUGUGUAAAAAUGAUUUAAGUUUAUUUCGGCUGGUUUGGUAGAUGAGAUGGGCGUGCUGUUGUUUUCCUAAAUUGCCUGUUGUGAGUUUUAAAAGAAGAAUAGUGCCCUCUGCAAAGACAGGUGGGUGUGUGUACAAAUGUAAUUGUAUAGAGAAAAUCAUCUAUAGCUGUAGAAUUGAUGAACUUUAUUAUUUUUAUUUUUUUUGAUGAGGACUGAAUAUUAAAAUAUUAGACUUGGAUAUACUUAUUUACUAAUGUACCGGCAUAUCUCCUGAAAUAGCUUAUUUUUGAAAAAAAUUUGAGCGCUACUAUUUACAGUUUUUCCUAUAUCCUCUCCUUAGCAUCCUGUUCCUUAUCACCUUGCAGUUAAAAUAUUUCCCCUGUAUGUCUAAAGCCUGGCUUCAUCCUGAGCUGUCCUCACUAGCCCUCACAGCUCUCUAAACAAUACUUGUCAUCCAAUCCACACAUUCUGAUGCCUAUUAACCAAAGAACAAUACAUUCUUAAGUUAACUUUGGAGAAAAGUAAAUAUGACUUCUGGUGUAUGGUCAAGUGCAGCGAACUGACCUGAUGGUAUGUUAUUGGCUAUAUAUUCACCUGUUUGUUUAUUUAUUUUCAUUGUAAUCCAUAUAUUACAUGUUGAUGAAAUGGUUAUAGUGCCCAAAGUCUACAUGUACCGUCUUUCCUUUUAAGUGUAAAACCAUUUUAGAAUGAUUUUAACAAUUAAGUGUAGCCCUAAUCUGGCUUCCCUUCUUCUGCAGCUUCAAAUGUGAAAUCAUUUGCUUGAGCAACAGUGAUAGUCGGAGGGUGUCACUCAAUACUCAGCAUAUCAUGGGCGGCCAUAGCCUAUCAUAAGAUACAUAUAUGUGGGGAUGUCAAGGUAUACAAAUAAGGGAAGAUGGGGGUGCAGAGAGACACAGGUCAUGAUGGGGAAGGUGCCAACCUACAAAUAUAUCUGCCAUAUAAACUAGGUACACUUUGUACAGAGGAGUAAAUACCACUUUAUUCUGAUGCUGAAACACAGGCCUUGACACCAGCAUGCAGAUGUCCUGGAGAAACAUUAUUCUGUUUAGUACAUAGUUACCAAGCCGUGCCAGUCAUGUCAGAGGUGGGCAGGAACCAGGGUUUAGAACUGAAUCUGAAGCAAGUAGUUGCCAAAGAACAUAAAUAGCAGUUAAGUACGUUAUUUAACUCUUUGAUUAAUUAUGUAUUCAUAGCUUAACAGGCUAUAGUUCACCCUCACCAUAGAUAAGCACCCUGCUCCUUACCACCUUGCAGUGAAACUAUUACCCCUGUAUGUCUGAAGCUCAUCCUGAGAUGUUCUCAAUAUCCCUCACAGCUCCCUUAAUACUUGCCAGCCAAUCCACAUGUUCUAAUGCCUAUAACCCAGGGGUGCCAAAACGGUAGAUCCCCAGAUGUUUUAAAACUACAGCUUGCAUGAUGCUUUGUCAUUCUAAAGGCAUGCAAAGCAUCAUGGUAGUUGUAUUUCUACAACAUCUGUGGAUCUACCUUUUGGACACACCUGGUAUAAUCCAAAAACAAUACAUGAACAAGUUAAUUUUGGAUAAAAAUGAAUGACCUCUGUUGUCUGAUCAAGUGGAACAAACUGACCUAAUGGCAUGUUAUUGGCUAUAUAUUCACCUGUUGUUUGUUGUGUUAGAUUUCUUGGUAGUUAGCAUACAUGUGUUUUGGUUUUUGUGGAUAGGAUUUUGGCGAGCAAAAAAGAUUCAUAACAAAAUAAUUUUGACUUAAGACAUUUGCAUUGAGCCCCCUUUCACAUACUUUGUAGUACAUUGAAUAAACAGGAUUAAAGAUUCUUUUAGCCAACAAUCUUCCACUGCUUAAUUCAUAUUAAUGUUUUUCCUUUUCUUUUAGAAGGAACAUUUCAAUUGUCAGACCACACUCAUGGCACCUUGCCAAGCUAUCAGAGGUCCAUCCGGAUGUGGCCAGCAUGCAGUACCCCAUGGAUGCCUUCAGUUUGUCCUGGCACUCAGGCUGUGAAAACAGGUGUGUUUUAAAUAAAUAACAGAUUCUAAGAAAUCUAUUGAGACCGUUUAUUUAUUAGAGGGGGAGGGGAUGGUGGCUGUGAGAAUUAUAUAGAAGCACACUCGAGCAUUUAAUAUGUAUGAUAUGCAUUCUGUAUAGAAGAAUAACUGGGUUUUGUCUCUUUUUGUUGCAGUGAGCUUCCUAUGCAGUGGAAUCCUCUUUCCCGACACUGCAGCACAGACAAAAGUAGCUCUAUUGGUAGCAUGGAAAGUCUUGACCAGCCUGGACAAAAUUACUACGAAGGAACGCUAUCUCCCAUUGACCCUGGAAUGUACCAAAACAAAAGGGACUCUGCAUACAGUUCCUUCUCUGCAAGCUCCAAUGCUUCAGAUUAUACAGUGUCUGCAAAGACUGAAGAAUCAUCUCCUAUGGACUCUAUCUUACAAGGACUAGGAAAUUCCAAGCAAAGUGAUGGGAGAUAUCUGCACACAGGUCAAGGUACUGGAGAUCCUCAGGGGGAUCUUUCAAACCUAACUCUGGUUGAAAAUUCCCAGAGACCUUCAUCAUUCCCCUAUGAUGGAAACCAUUUGGCUGUUAUAAAAUCUCCUCAGCCACCUGUACGUAGGGAUAGUCUACGUGUUUCCAAAAAUCAGUUGAACCAUUGUGAAAAGAGGAGGGCUUCGGCUCCUGGUGACUCUUUGCAGAUGUCUGGAAGAUGGCAUUUGGAGAAUGAGCAACACAACAAUUUAGAAACUGGGCGAUGUAGGUGUGGCUUGGGACUUUGCACUGUACAUCUAAAGGAGAGCUUACGGUCUGACCAAUAUUACAUGCUGAGUUCACAAAGUGACAGAGCACCGCUAUGCAAUGACAAAACAGCUGUGAUUGACAAGGAUCAACAAAACCAUUGCACUAAGACCCAGCAGGGAGGGUCUGGGGAAAAUAAAGAGCAUCGGCUAUUUAACUGUAAUGAGGCAAGGGAAGGGAUACAAUGCACUGUUCAACAGGUGAAGGACACUUUGCCUAAUUUAAGUUGUCCACUUCGAAAGUCCUCUUCUAACACAGAACAUUCCAGUAUACAGACUGGGUUUGCAAGUGAUGUGUGGGAUAUGGCUCAAUCACAAGAAUGCAUUAGUUUUCCAAAAAGCCAGUGCAAUGGAGAAAGUCCCAAAGAAAACAUAUGCAAUAGCUUAAGGGAUUCCGAAAGCUCCCGGGCAGAUUCAUUGACCAUUUUGAACAGUUUUCAGAAGACUGAGGGUCAACAACGUGUUUCUUCAGAGACUUGUGUUAGAGAACCAAAUAAAAUAAGUAAUACGCAUCAAACUUUUCAACAACAACAUUCAACUGCAUUCUUAAGGCAACCCAACAAUUCAGACACUCCGCUAGAAGGGAGCCAAAAGCCAGAAGAAAGUCAAGUGCCAGCAAAGAAGCUGGGGUCCUCACGCCAUCGUUCAGCUCAAAUGAGAAGGCGAAGUGACAGAUUUGCCACAAACCUGAGAAAUGAGAUACAACGCAGAAAAGCUCAACUGCAGAAGAGCCAGGGGUCAGUGCUUCAUUGUGAGGAAGAACCAGUUGAGGAAAGAGCGGAGCCAACUGAAUGCCAAUCACCACCUCGGCCUGUUCCUCCUCCACCUCCUCCUAAGAACAAAUCACGGUUGUUGGAAAUUAAAAGAGCAAAUGCAGAACUUUUUAGGAAAUGUGCAGACAACACAAAUCUGGAACAAAAUAAACCUGCAGUAAAUGAAAACAUUGAAGUAUUAAAAAAGAAUCAUGGAAGGGAUUCCGUAAAUAAUGUAUUAAAUACAAGGGAAAUAGAUGUAACUCAAGAGAGAAAAUCAUUGAUCUCUAUAAGCCAGAACCAAAAUAACAUGCACUUAGCGAAUUCCACUGAAUGUAUUAACCAUGAUUCACUGACUCAUGAGCCUAAGCCAAAGACCAAUGAUCCUUCCAUUUCUAGUUUUAAGAGGGAAUCUCAACAGAGAGGAAGAAUGUUGUCCAGAUCAGAAAGUUUUUAUGAAGAACAGAUAAUUGUACCAAAUGAUGUCUCAGUUCAGAGUCCUAAAAGUCCUGAAAUACAGGACAAUGAACCAGGAAGCCUGGCAAAAUGGACCGCAACUGUGGCAAAUUGUAAUGCUUUCUCCAGAACCUCUCCAGUCCCAGAUGUAAAGGAUUCUAAUGAAGUGUGUAAGGUGGAUUCCUCCUACAAUAAUUGUAACAAAUCUGCAUUUGAAAAUCCAGCAAAUGUGUCUGAAGAUAGUAUUCAAUACAAUACUCGUAUAUCUUCCAGUCCAGAGGUCACAAGGAAUCGUCAUCCAUCAAACAGAGAGCUUCUACAUUCAGAGGGAACUACUAGGGAGGAUUGGAAAUUAGAUUCUUUGGGGAAUGUGGAUCAAGACCAGAGGUUCCAAGAAGUAAAGUCACAUAAAACUGGAAGACAAAGUGGUUGUCCCUCAAAUACGAUUUGGAAAUCUGUCAACCAAUCUCAGAAUUUUGAAGAUCACUCUUCCAUGCAGAUGCCAAAUAAUGGUCAAUGGGCCUGGUCCCCAGAACGUAAGCUGCAUCCUUAUGCCCAUUUGCCCAAGGGGGCCUCCCAAGAUAGUAUGUGUGUUGAAGGUAGUAUUCUUCCUAUCACAAGAAUCACAGAGGAGCCUGUUUUAAUGCCGUUUGCUGAUCGAAGGAGGUUUUUUGAAGAUAAUAGUAAGCCCCCCAUGUCUUCUCACAUUUCUAUCAACUUGAAACCAAAUAAAGAAAUUUUUUGUCCAAGCUUACCGGAUCAACCUGUUUCUCAGAUGAUUUCUGAUCUUAGGAGACAUUCUAUAGACCAUACCUACCAUCCAUCCUCUCCUAGCAGACAGAACAAUUCCAUAUAUUCUGAAUAUUGUGUAAAUCAUCCUGUUGAUCCACCAUUGUGCUGUAGUCAAGGAGGACAUUCAUCUGAAUAUAUUCACCCAAUGGCAUAUGGAUGUCGGGUACAUGAAACUUGUAUGUACUGUUCUAGUGACCUCUACCCAGCCUUGCUUAAAAGAAACAUACCAGCAGGCCACCACACUUGUCAUUGCCGUCACCACCACCGUCACCAUCACCAAUGGUCAAGAUGCGGUGAUUGUUUAUGUCCUUCCCAACAUAGCACAAUGGAUGAUGGCAGCUCCAUGCAUGGUGACCCAUGGCAUAUGAGAAAGCCUUUGUUGCAGGUGAGACAUGGUUAUAUUUUCUUUUAUACUUUUGUAGUGCAGAGCAGAGUUUGUACUAAGUUAGCAUUGGGUACGUUAUAUAUUUAUUUUAAUAUUUCUUACACACAGGAAUUACAAUCUGGAAAUUACAAAGUCAAAAUUGCAUCUCAUAGCUAACAAUUUGAUAUGUUUUGAUGUUUACUUUAAAAUGAUUUUAAAUCUGUCUAUUUCCGAACGUUUCAUCCAAUAUAACUUUAUAACCUAUAAAAUCAAACCCAAACAAUUCCCACCUUCAUUUUAACAGUACAGCCUUUCCAGUUCCACUUGUUCACAAACCAUAUGUUUUAACCAUACUUACAACUUCUCUAUGCUGAGAAUAAAACCAGUGGCUAAUGUCAUUCUAUAAAAUAGAAACUGAUAGGAGUUAAAUACUGACAUUGGGAGCUGGCUAACAACAAUGUUUAUAGUUCAGGAAAAGUCUUGACAAUCAUUUGUGUUCAUUUUUUGUUUUGUCUGAUUCUUUCUUUGUUUGUUUUUUCUCCUCUGUCUCUCUGUGGAAUGUUGGAUUCAGGAUGUGUCAAUGAAGGAAUGGAACCAACCACUGAAAAUCAACAGGAAAUGCAGCCAGUCUGUGAGGUGAGAAGUUUGGUCGUGUGUGAGUUGUUAUUGCAAGAUCCGAUGGGGUGGGGGCAAAGGGGAACAUUUUACUUUGUGCUUAACUAAUUCCCAGCUAAAUGCCUGUUAACUUACCUGGCACGUUUUCUAAAAUCCCUUAAAUGUGGAUAUUGUUGUGUGUCCACAAUGAUAACCUGGGCAUAGCUAGAGAGCACACCAAUCCCUACACACCCUGUCAUUUGCAUGAGAGAAUUGGUGAACAUGCUGGUCAUAUAUGUGCAUGCUAACUAUUUAUUCUUUUAGCUAGAUUAGACACUUGCUCAUGCAAUUAGGAGCUGCCAACAGAAUAAAGUGGACUGCCAUCAUUCAUCUGCCAUUUAGUAAUAACAAUGCUGUGCAAAGUUUUUAUAGGAUAUGUACAAUUGUAUAAAUCCAUGUAAUUGUCUCAAAACCUCUUCUUAGAUUUCUUUAUGCAUAUAGGGUGGGUUACACAUGUGCAACUCCCAGUACUCAAAGGUCUAUAUUUGAUGGCCUGCAGCUGUCCAUUAUAUUAACACCCAUAAGGCACUACUAGUCUGUAAGCAGACAGGUCCAGAACCCUACAAAGAAAGGAGGAUUUUAUCGGUAAGGGAGGGAGGAGUAAUGAAGAAGCAGAAUAAGAAGAUAUAGCAAAAAGAGAAUGAUGUCUGCUAAUAUAGAGGAGUUGGGGCACAGGGAAAUGUAAAUUAAUAUGUUGAGGGGAAAAAAAUAGUACUGCAGGUGAGAGCAGGGAAUUCCUCCUAUAGUUCUCAACAAUGUGCUGUAGUUCUGUAAUUAUGCUUUUAGUGAGUAUCCCUUAAUUUGCCCGAGAAAUAAAGGAAUGUCAAUGAAGGCUGUAAGUGAGGUGCACCCUGAUCCCAAGCAGGGUCAGUCUAGUAUAGUGUACGAAGUAAUGGGGAUAAGUUUACAUGCAUAACCCUGGCGGCUCACACAACCACACACUUUUCACCUAAGUGACAAAAAUAAGAAUCACAUUUGUGUAAAUACUACAGUGUGUGUAAAUAAGACCCACCAAAUGUGUAAUGCUAUAUAGCACAAGUGGGUAUUGAUGUAUCCCAAUUUUAAUGUAGAGACCCCUUCCCACUCCAGACCUGAUGAUGAAGUCACCUUCAGUUUUAUUAUUUGAGAAUAGGUAUCACCGCUCAGAUUGUAAAAUGUUCCUACGAGGUAGAAAACUAUGGGACAGCCAAAAGCAAUGUGUUUGUUUUCUUCAUUUCAACAGCAAACAGAUGAGAUCUUGGCUUUUAACGUCAUAAAUGAAAAGAUACACAUCAGCACGAAAAUAUAUUUCAUAUAUAAAUGCGUUUUUUUAUAUGUAAAUAUAUAGGCGGGGUGGGGGGAAGGAUCUAGUACAUUUCUCAAAUGGUUGAUUAAAUGGAAAUCAGUUUGUAAUGUGCUAAAGUAUGAGUUGCCAUUUGGAAUUGGUAAACAUAUGGAUAUUGCUGUAAUGUCAAACAAAUUUUAGGAAGAAUUUGUGUAGCAAAGUGGGACAAACUUCCUGUGCGACCUCGGAAUGACCUUUUCUAAGGUUCUUUUAUUACCUUAUAAGGUCUGCCCUUUGUAAUACUAGGGGAAAUGAUUUUAGACUUGCUUCCUUCUCAUUUCUGAUUCUUUAGUUCAAGGUUUACAAAACGUUUGUCCUCCAGCUGCUUUUAGACAGCUCGGGUUUUAUUGGUAUCUCGGUGAUCAUCUUAACGGAAAGAAAAUAUCAACUAAAUAUUAAAAUAUGUAGUUGGGCUUUUGAUAUCCUUGUAAUUAGGGAUGCACCGAAACCGAAAAUUCAGGAUGCCCUUGGCCGAAAACCUAAAAUGACACUUUUCCCCUAAAUUAUUUUAAAAUAUAUUUUUUUAUAUAAUUUUAUUAAUAUUAGACUUUUUAAUUGUCAGUAACUCACAGUAAAUUUCAUAUUUUAGACCAUAAAACUAAACUAGAAAAAAAAAAAAAUUGUUUUCAGUUUGGCUAAUUUGGCCUAAAAUAAUAAAAUCAGUUUAACUUCACUUUCACUUCCUCACAAUUGACAGCUAAGUAAUAACCCUGAAUUUAUUUCUAGGUCAAAGAGGUAGCUGUUGUAAAACUGCAACUCCCAUGAUGCUCUGUGAGCCUAAAGGGGGAGAAAGCAUGAUGGGAUUUGUAGUUAUCCAGCACCUGCUGCUGCAGGUUCUACAUGUGCUGUCCAGGUUCGGCCCUCUCACCCCCACUAUUGCUGCUCCCCUACUCCAGGCCAGCAGGUGUUUUCUCCCUCCAGUGGAGGUUGCGGCUGCUGGCGAUGUUCGGUGGGGUGGUCACCCAGUGGUGGGACUGCCUUCCCCCGACACCUGCCAGAAAGCGUGCUGCAACACAGUGGUUGCAAACACUAGAGAACACGGCUUAUGGCUUUAUGGCUGUAUCAGUUCUACUUCCGUGCGCUACUUUUUCUGGUGUUUAUAACUCCUGUGCACUGCAUGUUUGACGGUCAAAUAAGUAAAAAAAAAAAAAAAUAUAUAUAUAUAUAUAUAUAUAUAUAUAUAUAUAUAUAUAUAUAUAUAUAAAAAAUGUACAUGGCAGCUCACUGUGCUGGGUUUCUUAUUGUGGCAUCACAUGUGGGUCCCGAUGUCUGGUCCUCUGCUGCUAGCCUGAAGCUGGGCUAAAAGAAGAAAUCAAUAACCUGCCCUGGAAAUUUUGACUUGUCCUUUUAGUUCCAUAUCUGUCUUUGGGUCCAGUGAAAAUGUUAAAUAUAAGUUUUCGAACUGGUCCUUUUUAUUGAAUUGUGUAUACAGGCUGUUUGACCCAUUCCCGACUGCUGUAUUGAUGUGAAAAGGAUAAAAAAUAAACUGUAACCCAUUAUAACUAUAUCAUGCUGUCGAGACUGUAUAUUAAUCCAUAAACCAAAACAACAUCAACUUCUACAAUAAAUAUGACCAGAUCAGCAUGUAAAAUACCGAAUUACUGGACAAUGUAAAAACCAGAAAUAUUGAGACAUGAUUGUUCUAUUUCUCUUAUAUCAGUUAUCUGCUUCAUGUUUCAUGUACAAAUUGAUCAGUAUGGCUAGUUCGUUGUAGAACUGCAUGAUAAGUCAGAGAUACAUUUGAAAACUGGAAGUAACACAUUCAUUGACGUUGUUAUGGGCCAGGUGUGUCCGAGACAUGGCAUACCUUCAGGGAUUAAAUUUACACAGUUGCCCUGGCUACCCUGCUCUCUGCCGCUACAGUAAGAGGAAGGUUGUGCUUGGCUGCUGGUGUUGGGCAGAGAGUAUCUGCUAACGCUCUCAUGCUAUCACUGUCUGCUCAUUGAGAAAAAUAGUACCAUUUCUCUGAAAGUUUCUCAAAAUCCGUAAGUAUGCAUAAAUAUCUACACGUCCAGUGUGUUCAUUGACCAUCAGUGUUCUAUUCUCCAGAUGGUACAUAGUAUACAUUACAUCAUUACAAUACGUACUUCUAUUUGCCUAACUAUAUUGGGUCUACCUAUUGUGAAUGUCACCUUGGUUUAUUUAACUAUUCUCCAGAAUAGCCUAAGGCAGAUCCCAAGCAUUCUUGUAUUCCCAGUAGACCAAGGUAAGGAACUAAGGAACUGACAAACUGCUCAGCUGGAGAAGGCCUUUGUGAAGAGAGCUGAAUUUCAGAUAGAAAAUUUUGGCUGAAAUUAUGGCUACUGCCAGGCCUGUAAUGAUUGAAUUGCAGUCCUUAAGCAUGGUUUGAUUUAAAGCCAAUGCUCUCCAGUUCAAAUACGGCAGCCUGAAAUCCACAUAUCUGAAAUAAGAUACCCAAUUAAAGACUUUGUGGGAGAAAGACUAUUUGGACUCAAAACUUUUAGGCAGGCUUAGCCACAUCCACUUAAUCGACCUUUAAAAUUAGAAGUUUUAGGUAAGGAUCCCAAGUUUUUUUUUUUUUUUUAUGUGGAAAUUAUAAAUCGGAUAGGCCUAUGCUUUAAUACAUUCAGCUCAGCACUGCUAAUUUUUGUAUAGAUUGACAAAUUCUGAUCCUUGCAUCUGUGUGUAGAAAUGCUGUUUGAAAAAAGUCACAAUAGGAUCUAUUUUUUCGCUAAAUAAAUAAAUCUUAUUGUUGGAAUCCAUGUCUAUGUCCUGUGAUCCCUUGAUCUAGAAUAUUUGUCCAUUAAAUUAUGCACAUAGUUCUAAUUUUUUUUUGGUCACAAAUUGUGUAUUUGGUGAAAACUUGUUAUUCCUUCACCUUGCCUUUGUACCAUCUAGAUUUCAAUGCUUUUCUUCAUUUUGUCACUAGACCACUGUAAGUGUGUUUCAGUUAACUGUAUCACAUAUGUUAUGCCCAUUACAAUCAAAGCAAGACGUCUUUCCUGCCCAAAAUAUGCCUGCCAGAUUAUAGGUCUGCUACAAAGUAAUACACUUGGAAAUGCCGACCUAUGAUAGCUAAUAAUUAAAUGUGUGCAGUUCCUUUUGUAGCUUUUGAGGCGGGUUUUUUUUUUUUUUAAGAAAGUACAUCCCAUAAUGUGUCAUUAGGUCUUUUGCCCCCCCUGCAUUCAUAGACUUUAUACGAAGGCUGGUAUUGUACUAUAGACAUGUAACUAGCAUUGUCUCAGGUCUGUGUGUAAUUGUCUGGGUUUCACAUAAAUAUUUCCACUCUCCAGCUAACUCCUUUUGAUUUGAAGUUCCUGGUAGAGGGUGUGAUCGGCUCAGACACACUCGCCCUCCCUUCCCUGCCGGUGACAGGAAAAUAAUGUUUCCAUGAGUCAGAUUGCUUAGAAUAGGAGAGCUGAGACUUAAAGAAUACAGUCUGAGAACUUAAAGCAUUUCAAGGUUAUCAAGUCUGUAACCUGUAGCCUGUAUUAUGUGUUUAUAUACCCUGCUUAUGCCAUGAGUAGCUCCAGUCGCAUUAAAAUAAAUUAAAAAUAAACAAAAAACAACAACAAAAAAAUACCACCCUGCUUGCGUACCAUGUUAUGUAUGUUUAUAAAACAUAAUACAAAAGGGAAUCUUCCAGGACUUCGGCAAAGAGUUGAGGCAGGUUGAAUGAUGCUAAGUGAGGUAUCCCAGAUUUUGUCCCAGUGACGAGUUAUAAAAUAUCAGAACUCUGUUUAAAGAAUGCAACAUUUCUAUAUGCUCUCUCCAAAACAUCUUUUUAAAUUGUGUGCACAUUUUAUAUGCUGUCUGAUUCAUUAAAGGACUGCCACUUAACAUUUAUAAAAAAAAUAAAAAAAAAAUAAACAAGAAACAAAGUUUGACAAAAGAAUGCCAAAUAUAUAUAUAUAUAUAUAUAUAUAUAUAUAUAUAUAUAUAUAUAUAUAUAUAUAUAUUAUUCAUAUUUCUUUUUUUUUUUUUAUUGUUUUUUUUUUUUACUUGCACUGCUUAUGAAAUAAAAAAAUAUCCUCUUGAUAUGAGGAUAAAAUGCCGCACACUUUAUAUGAGGGGCUUCCUGGUAUCGGUGUGAUGGACACCGUUUGUACUAGUUGCUCAUUGCUUCAUACAAGGAUAGAACAUUAUUUUACUUAUAAUUAAUAGGAUUCCAGCUAGAGAGAAGUGAGUCAAUACAAAUGUAGGGCACAACAAGAAAAAAGGCCGGUAUUCAUUAAAACAUACAUGUGAACAUGCUCUAAAUACUGAAUCUAUUGUUUUUAUUUCAUAGUUCGAUUAAAGUUUUUUUUUUAAAUUUUUUUUAUUCUAUUGAGUAUUUGAGGUUUAUGUAAUUCCAAACCUGCUUUGUGAUUAGAGGUCAACGUAGUACAAACCUAAACUGUACAGGAAAUCAAAUUAAACUAAUUUCCUUAAUUUAUAUUUAUGCAAGUGUUCCGAUACGAACAUUGUAGCUGCAGGACAUUUGCUACUAUACCUGGUUUCCUGGUGAGUUAUAACAAAAUAGUAUUUGUAGAAUCUGAAUGGGAUAACUUUCAAUAUUUGGCCUUUCAAUCAUGCAUUGCUGUUUUUUAAUAUCUGGCUGUAUGUCUUUAAAAACAUUAUAUACAGUUUAUGAACGGCUUCUUAGACAUGUAAUUCUCAUUGUCGUCUCUCUCUUACAGUGAAUUAUGUCACUAUAACCCUGGAUUCCAUCAUUCUGGCCCAUUCAGACCUUGUUGCGAAGGUAGUGACCAAGACUGGCCCCAGUAUCACCGGACUGUGUCAUCCUGCGACCUCUCCUGUGAUUAUUCCCCCCGACAAGUGGAGCUGCCAUCUUUUCAGGAAGGGCCUCCAGACCCUGGAUUAGCUCGUGGUAGGACAUAUUCUGUGAGUCAGCUUAAUUUAGAGUCUGUAAGAGAAAGAAGAGAUAAUUCCCUAGCAAAGGUUGAAGAAAGAGACCCACCUGCUCCAACAAAGAAGAAAGGGCCACCUCGCCCACCUCCUCCAAACUGGGAAAAAUACAAGGAGCGUCGGGCUUCUCACCAACUUGCCAGCCCUGGCCUACCUGAUUCUAGCGAAAAGGCCAGUGUGUCAUGUCAUAACCAAGCGGUGGAAGCUGCAAGGCAGCGUUCUCAAAGUCUUCCUAUGAACCAAGGAUUUAAAAAAAUGACUGAGGCUUUCUCACCUCCCUCUUGUGAAGAGCUUCAGAGUGGAGAUCGUGUUUACAAACUUUCAGAGUUUAGCCCAGACACACAAGGCUCUCAAGAUUUUACUACCUCUGUUUCUCCAUGCCUUGAUAGUGCAAGGUAGGUUGUGCUCUUAUUACCUGGACUUCUGUUACAGUUACUUGUUUGUGAAACUGACAUUUUGGUAAAAAGAGCUUUUAUUUAUAACCCACUUAAAACCAGUUGAAAUAAUUAUGCAAACGUUAUUGGACUUGUGCACCAACACAACUCUUACACAUUUGUAGUCUCCCCACCCACCCCCAGAUAAUUGACUGUAAAUAUCAGUGCUUCCAAUAUCCCAUUUUUUCACUUUCUAAAAUCUUCAUUUUUGCUGGUUCCUAUACAGAUGUGCAUAUUUUUCUGUCCUAAUGUAAGGUGUCCAAUAACACAAAUGUACAAGUCCUCAACAUAGCAAAGGAUUGGUGGUGGUGUAGUUUAACUAACAGCUUCCAUAAGUAGAAAGUUGAUUAUCUGAAAUACAAGUUCUGCUAAUCCCUGAUCUAAGCACAAAUGUAGCUGUACAUAGUGAUCUUUAAAAUCUUUUAAUCACCCCAUCUCCCAUACACUUGUAACCCUUGCAAAGCUGGAUUUAACAUACCCUACAGUUUGCUCUAUAGAACUGUAGAUGAGAUUGUCCAUGCUACGUUUUGGAGUGGAUCAAAUGUGUGCAGGAAGAUGAAACUUUAAAACUCAUCAUUUUAUUUUAUUUUUUUAUAUUAGUUUUUGAAUACUUUGUAUACUAGUGGUUCCUACCCCAGUUAUGAAGACAUGACGACACAGGCUUUGUUUGUAUCAACAAUGGAACAGAAUUGGGAAAUUGCCAAAAUCCUGUACUAUUGUUGUGCCUUGAGGGCAGGUUUUUAAACCACCAGACUGUAGAAUGCAUCACGUAACAAACAAUAGGUUAAUAACAACCUUUAAAUAUUGCUAUUUUAGCCUCUCCCGCCAUACCAUUUGCAUAAAGUAAAAAGUGCCAAAUAUGAACGCUGUAGUCAUUGUGCACACAUCUCCUCUGCUCCCAAAUUAUGUGGGCAACAUUCCUCAAUAUUCUGAGUGCUGAUUGUAAAACUCUGUCCUCUCCAUUAGAAUAGGGGCAUUCACAGUUGUGACUAUCUUUGAUUCGGUCACUGUCACAAUUUUGGGGCACUUGUUCCAAUAAAUCUGGGACAAUACAGGCAGUAUGUGAUUGGUUCACUAUAAGUUGGUUAAACGGUCUCCGUUAACUGGAAACAUCCCUAAAGGAACAGAUAGAUGCACAGACUGAGGCAAUUUGUGCUCCCAUUGUUUUUGUUUUUGUCACUGAACCUUUCCUCUCACACGAUUCACUGUAACAGCAAUCCUAUGUAUGAACACCAAGUACAGUCAGUCAUCUUCAACACUUGAGCUUAUGGUUGCUUAAUUAAACCAAAAAAUUGCACUGUGAUCACUUGUUACACCCUUAAAACACAUGCAAUAAUGUGCAACAUUGUUACUUGGUACCAAGCACAUUUACAUCAUGAAAUUCCUGGCACUCUGUCACAAAGGGUUUAUGCCUGUUAAUUACUAAAGUGUGCUUGAAUUUUGGAAGUGUCACAUCCCUAAAAAGUCUCUCUCUUUUUUUAUAUAUAUUUUCAAUAUGUUUAAUUAUUUUUUAAUUCAUUGAGGGAAAAUGACAUAUUUUUUCAUGUAUACACAGGCUUAUUCUGCAUCACUCAGGCAAGAUCCCAUCUUACCCCACCAAUUUGUAACACACACGGCUCGCUGUUCUCAUCAGGCAUGCUUGUUUCCAUGUCCGCCCCCGUGCUACUGGUUUAAAUAAUUCUGUGUCUUUCUUGCUCACACCCAGUAGCCCACACAUUACAAGCUUUUAAGGAAGUAUAGCACAUUGUGCAGUUUUUUGAUCACAGGACCCUUCUGGCUGAUAAAUAUGGCGUUGACAACACCCCACACAAAUAACCUUGCAAUGAAUUUAGUAACGAAUAAAACUUUGUAACUUGGAAUCCUUAUUUAAAAUGGAUGUUUAGGAAAAGUAGGCACAGUAAAGAUACACUGAACAAAUACACUGCUGUUUGAUAAGGUAGCUGUGAGAUAUAUUUGAGUCUUGUUACUGCUAUUCCUGUGUAAGAAAUGCAUAAUGUCUAUUUUGUUAAAGGAACAAUAUAGGGUCAGGAAUACAAACGUGUAUUCCUGACACAAUAGUUGUAAAAAUCCAUGCCACGGUGCCGAUCCUCCCCUUGCCACCCCCUUUAAGGAAAGCAUUGGAUUGGCUGAGAUAGUCCAUUCUGAUGAUCUCAGCCAAGGGUGUGGGGGCAAAGCCGAACACAGUCAUGGCCAAGAGAGUAGGUAUUUGGGAAAUAUGAUGGUGGGGUGGGAGGGAAGGCACUGUGCAGACUGUGAUGGUGAAGUGGGAGGGAAGGCACUGUGCGUAAUAUGAUGAUGAUGAUUGUGGUGGGAGGGAAAGCAGUGUGGAGAAACUGGUGGCAUGGCUGAACAGGAAGGCACUGUGGAGAAUACAGAUAGAAGGUGUUAAAUAAAAACAGAAACAAAGGUUCUUGCUUAAGCUUUAAAAUUGAUUUUAAUAUUUUUGAAUAAACGUUUUAAAAUGAUGUAAUAUGAAAACGUUAAUUUGUUUUAAUAUUUUUGAUGGUUUUUGUCAUGUUCUACUUUUCAUAUAUUUUUUGAUAUUUUAAUAUUUAAAAAAAUAUAUAUUUUAAAAGUUUAUGCAAAAAUAUUAAAUUAUUUGAAAAGUUUUUAUCAAACAAUAUUAACUUGAGGCUUUGGUGCCAUGUACGUUUUCUAAAUCUUUCGACAUGUUGCUUGGUAUAGUUUUCUGACUGUAAAAUCAUGUAUAUUUUGUGCUAUAGUUUUUAGAUCAAUUUGUUUUACUUUUGGCAGGUUGGAUCCACAUUCCUCAUGCCUAGUGUCACCUGACCGAUUGCAAGGUAGAACGUUGAUAGGUCAUACUUUACCUUCAGAGUCCAUUUCUUCCCUUUGCAACCAAGAAUGUGUUCUGGAUGAAGAUGCAAUGAAUGCAAAGAGGCUGGAUUCAACUGUUGAGGGAGAUGCAGAGGAUAGUGACUUUCAUUCUGAGGAUGCAUCUAUCAAACCUGUUCCCACAGAUAUUUCUGGAAGAGAACAAGUAUCUUUAUUAGAUGACUUUCAGGGCAGCUACCGCCACUUUGAAGAUGAAUGGUCGACCGACAGGGAGUCUGAAAUUUCCAUUCCAGACAGGUAUGUUUAUUUUACAGAAGACUGUAAUUGUGUUGGGCUGGAUAUGUAUGGAUUCUUGUGUAGCUAUAUUAAAGUGAUUCUGUAACUUCUGAGUGUUUCAUAAAGAUCUAAUCUUUAGAAAAAAGGGGAGUUAGGGGAGGGUGGUACACCCGUAAUAUGCAUUUUUAAACCGUGGUGCUGCUGUAAAUGCCACAAUGUAUACAAUAUACAGAUUGAGUAACCGUGCAUGCAUAAAAAUACAGUUUUAUAUUUUACAAGAUUACUUAAGUCACUUAUUUUGGCAAACAAACCUGGAGAUUCAGUGAAGUACACCACAGUACCCCAAUAUCUGUUGGUGCAACACUAAUUGUAAAAUCGCUGUUGUAAGAACAUUGUGAAUAUGCACGUUCCAAGUGUGCCCCCAAUUCCCUUUUUUUCCAUGUACGGGCAAAAGCUUUGAGACUUGAGCAAGGACUAACCGAAAGGCAAGCUACUUAGUUUCUCUAGCAUGUUUUUGCUCAUUUGUGCCAUUACAUAGAGAGCCUGUACAAUUGGCAUAUCAGACUGAUCCAAAACCAGAUUCCUUUUGGGUUGAGCACCCCGACCACUGCUUCAGGGGCCCCUUUUGGAGGUGACCACAUGGAAGUAUAAAUUUGAGGUGGUUUUGGUUAGCAAUGUCACUUUAAUGAUAUUUUUAUUUGAUAUAGACCAGAUACAUGAUCUGCAUAAAAUCACAAUCCCUUUAAUUAUAUAGUAGUUGCACUGUAAUUAUUUUAAUUUUGUUUUUGAUCAUGUUAAUGUUGCAUGAUAUGUAUUUAUAUUCACAAUGUUCUUACAACAGAUUAAUUAAAUCUACUUUAGUUCAUUUAACUGUAGAACUAUUUAAUUUGACUUGUGUUAAAAUUAAAAGUCAGAAAGGAGACUCCCACCCCACUGCAUCUAUAGUAAUAAUAUUUCAACUGGUAUUCCACCCAAAGAAAGGGUGGAGGAAAAAAAGGACACUAUUUUAAACCCCUAAAACAUAAGCAGAGUUUUAAUGUAAUGGGUAUAAACAACCCAGAUAACAGUUUCAACAUUCACAGGAAAAGGGAAAAAAAAACGUCUUUGUCCAUGGUGUUUCCUUAGGAGGUUCCACUAUUCUUAAUAUUUAAAAGACCUGUUGCGGUUUUAGUGCAUUUAUUAGGCCUUUUGCCAUUUUAGGUUACAUUCAUUAAAGGGAUACUGUAGUGCCAGGAAUACAAAGCUGUAUUCCUGGCACUUGCUCUCUCUGCCUCUCCCCUCCCUCGUGCCCCUCUCCCCAGUAAAUAAAGGGUCAAAAACCCUUUAUUUACUUGCCUAAAGUCAUAGCUCCGGCCCCUCCUCCGCCCCGCGAUGAGUGGGGUCUAAGGUGCAUGCGCAGCAAAUGCCGCGCGCGCAUUAGACCUCCCCAUAGGAAAGCGUUGAUUCAAUGCAGAGCGUGAGGGUGUCCAGCGUCACAUAACCAACCAAAAGUCUGUUAUGAUUCCGGUAGACAGCCACUGAGGGCAGACUUAGCUCUGCAAUGUAAACAGUGCCGUUUCUAUGGAACUGCAAUGUUUUACAUUGCAGCACUAGAUUCAAAAGGGACACAGCACCUAGACCACUUCAAUGAGCUGAAGUGGUCUGGGGUCCUACAGUGUCCCUUUAAAUGUGGAUAAUGCUGAUGUUGCUUAGAUGAAGCACUGUACUCUGUGUGUUUCCCUUUGAUACUCCAUUUACAAUUUGAUUGGUUUAUGGCUGUAUCCACAAUAAAUACUUAUAAAUAUUGAGAUGACUGUUCUCCAGAAAUGUAAAAGAAGUCCAGAUCUACACAGCAGAACUCCAUCUGAAACGCAGAGAAUAUUUGGGUCCCUAGAUCUUCUUCCUCAUUCCUAUUUAUCUAUAUGUAUUUCCACUGAGGGUAGACUAGCCAUUUUCUAAAGUUCAAAGGCAUUCAGCCAGUGAAUGUUGUCCAAAUAGGAUCAAACUUGACAUUGCUGAAAUGAACGAGAGCUUCCUCUUUCUCGAUAUUGAGAAGUCAAAGGCACCCAGGGGACAUGGGUGAGUGUAAAACGUUCGAAAACAGUUUGCAUAUUGUGGGCUUGCACCAAGUUGCACUUGGCAUCAUAACCACCACAGUGAUCUGUAGUGGUUAUUGUGCUUAACGUAAACUGCCUCUUGAAUAAUAAUAGCAAGCUCUUGUAUAUUGACAAAAUAUGUAAACAUAAAAAUAAUUGUCAGUUUUAUUUUUGUUUUAUAGUAUAUUCAUUUAAAAAAAAAAAGUGAUCACAUCUGAUGACAUGUAAUGUACGUGACAUAAUUUUGAAUAUUUAAAGUUAUUUAUAGAUCUAUGAGCUAGAGAUUGAAUUUGAUCAUAUUUAAAUUAAUGUCCUAUGCGUGAUCUCUUCAGGUAAAUGAUGCUUUUCUUGUCGUUCAUUACUUGUAAACGUAAGAUUCAAGGGCAUAAACUAAUUGUCUGAUGUUUUAUAUCUAUAACAGAUAUGAGUUCCAACCCAUCUCACCACCACCACUGUGUGGUGCAGUAAGUCCUACCUCCUGUGCUGCUUACUAUAACACAUCUGCAGCCAAAGCAGAGUUGUUGAAUAAAAUGAAGGAUCUCACGGAAGUGCAAGAAGAAGGCGAUAAAGCCACUGGAGUGGUGGAGGAAGAGGAGGAGCUGACAGUAAAAAAGGUAUGUGAAAGUAGCAUUUAGAUGCCUGCCUCUUAAAGGGACAUUCUUGUGACACUUUAAUUUAUUACAUUUUUUUCUCAUAAGGGAAGUGGGCUCUGCCUUUUGGGGGCAGUCCUCUAGAUAUAAGGGAAUAAAGUUGGGACAGUUAGACAGAACCUGAUAAUCGUGACUCUCCUACUAAUAUUGGGUAUACUGGGAGGGAUGUGUUUCCAUUUCUAUUUAAAUCUUUUCUGGCUAUUGAUAAAGACCUAUAGUAACUGGAUAGUGAUAUUGCUUGAACAAAAAAAAAAAAAAAAAUAUAUAUAUAUAUAUAUAUUUUGAUAUACACACACGAUACCAGUAGAGAGCACUCAGGAGUCUUUCAAGGUAAAUUUCAUCUGUUGCUUUAUUGAGCAAUUACAAAUUCACACAACGUUUCAGUCUGUAAAAUACUUUUUUUAAAGACAAUUGUGUAUGUGAGAUGGAUACCUUUUAUAUACACAAAAUGCAGUGAUCCUAUUUUGGGGAUGAACACGUGACAUGUAACAACGAAUCAGAGUGAUGUCAUUAAUGACGUAAACAUGUUUGAAUUACGUAAUAAAUUGAAGUUAACCCUAUGUGUAACUGGUAUGUGAAACAUACUCUCGUGUAGAUAAGCCAGAAAGUAAUAAAAGAUAAAAAACUGUAAAAAUAAAGUAUAUACAUAUGUUUCAACCCUAACCAAGGGAACAUAGAUACAUAGUACAUAUCGUCAUUCGCUAAAUAUUAACUCCGUUAUAUAGCAAAAUAUUGUCAGUGCAAUUUUGAAGCAUUAUACGAUAUGGACUACUUCCAUCAUGGAGUUACGGCAAAUAACUGUAUUAUAUUAAUGCAUUCUGUAAAACAUAGCUCAAUCAUAUAUUAUCGUCUAGGUAAAAAACAAUAUAAUGAGUUCUUCUCUUUUAAACCAGAUGGUGAUAAUGUUUCCAACGUGUAUAUCCAGAAAGCCUCACGUCUGAGUAACAGGUUCUCACGAUCUCCUCCUCUGGGUGAGAUGGGUUUGUGAUCUAUUCCCUUAAAGCAAAGUGAGGACAGGCUAUGUCCCAUCUCAAGGAAAUUCCGGGCGACUGGAGUGCUUGCAGUGCCGCUUAGUAGUGCUGAACGUAUAGUAGGUCUGUGACCCCGCAUGCGUUCCCUUAGGUCAUUAGAUGUCUUGCCCACGUAAGUGAGACCACAGGGGCAUAUAAUUCUAUACACAACAUGUGUGGUCCUGCACGUAAUCCGGUGUUUAAUUGUGUACACCUUUCCAGAUUUUGGGUGACAGAAAGUUUUACCUGGUAUCAUAGAAUUGCACGCCAGACAGUUCAAACAGCGAAAACAUCCGGCUUUUGUGGACACUAUAUCUCUGUGCAUCAAAUAGUCUCUCUGAUUUUUCCCUUUUCUGUAACACAUAAUGGGCUGUUUUUUAAAUACAGGAGGCAGGGAUGAGUCAUUGUAUAGAACGUGCCAAUUUUUUUGAAUGGUAUCUCUGAGUUUUUGGGACUUUGGAUGAAAUGCCUGAGGGAAGAUGAAUCGAUCACCGAUGUCUUGAUGAAUCCUGUUUUCUGCAAUUGAUUCUAUUGCAUUUCUGUAUGCCACAUUCAAAACAGUUUUUGAAUAUCCUCUUUGUAGGAAUUUUUGGAACAUGUCCUGAAUCUGUAUCUUCGCCCGGCUGUCAUCUGAGUUAUUGAGCAAUACUCUUAUGAAUUGGGAGAUAGGCAGUGACUCUUUUAGUUUUCUAGGAUGGAAACUUGUUGAAUGCAGAAUAGUGUUCCUAUCCGUUGAUUUAGAAAAUAAAGUAUAUCCUAAGCGAUUGCCUAUGAUGAAAAUGAGAAGAUCCAGGAAAUUGAUAUUAGUCAUACUAGACUAGACUAGACAGGUGUAGGAAGGGAAUUCAGUGUGUGCAUCAUGUUAACAAACCUUUCCUCUCCACCAGUCCAUAGAAGAAGGACGUCAUCUAUAAAGCGGAGGUAUUGCAAUAUAUGUUCUCCACAAGGCCCAAGGAUCUGUUGUUGCUCAAAAACAAACAUGUAUGCAUUUGCAUACAUGGGGGCCAUAGGAGCCCCCAUUGAAGUUCCUGUCUGUUGUAUAUAGAAUUUUGUUUCAAAUCUAAAAUAAUUCAAAGUGAGGCAUAGCUUCAAAAGUUCCAGUAUAUACUGCAGAGGGGGAUUCACCCACUCAGUAAAAUUCUGUAGAACUUCCUUGAUUGCUAGUAUACCAUCUUUGUGUGGGAUUAUUGUGUAUAAGCCAGACACAUCAAUCAUUGCUAGUAAAAUCCACUGUCUUUGACACAGGUAGGCAAAGACAACACUGGAGUUUUAAAUAUCUUGUCCAGCCAUUUACUGAUGGGCUCCAAUAAACCACCAAUUGCUGAGACUAUAGGUCGUCCUGGGCGGUGAAUGGGGUCCUUAUGCACUUUUGGAAGUGUGUACAACACCGGACACCUGGGGUGAGUUUCAUGUAAGUACUCAAAGUCUUGUUGUGUUAUAUAGUGGUUUUCUACCCCCUCUGUGUAGUUUUCCCAAAUUCCACAGUUGGAUCUAUUUCAGAGCAUUUGUACACUUUAUCAUCUGAAAGUUGUCUUAAAAUCUAAUUUCUAUAGUCUUGAUAUUGCAUCAAGACAAUAGCCCCACCUUUGUCCGCUGGACGAAUAGUGAUGGCAGUAUCUGCGGCCAAGUUGUUAAGGGCAUCCCUUUAAAUUUUGGAAAUAUUGGCACCUUUUUUGGUCUUAUUGAGGUAACGUCUGCUUUCAGAUCUUAGGCUCUGUGAGAAGACCUUCAGGGAAGCGUUAUUACUCGAUGGAUCAAAUAAACUAUAUAAUUUCAUAGUUUCUUGCUGUUCAUUUACAACAUUCUCUGGGUGAAAUUUAAAGAAGUCAGCCAGUCUUAGUUUACAUUGGAAUCUAUAUUGAUCAACUUCCCAUUCAAAGUCAUUAAUAUUAGUGGUGGGAAUAAAUGACAGUCCUUUUGAUAACAAUGUGGUUUCAGGUAUUGUUAAUAUGUUGCGAAUAUAUUGCAAUACCUCUGCUUUAUAUAUGACGUCCUUCUAUGGACUGGUGGAGAGGAAACGUUUGUGAACAUGAUGCACACACUGAAUUCACUUACCAGUCGAGUAUGACUAAUAUCAAUUUCCUGGAUCUACAAAUUUUAGUCACAGGCAAUCGCUUGGGCUAUACUUUAUUUUCUAAAUCAACGGAUAGGAACACUAUUCUACAUUCAACAAGUUUCCAUCAUAGAAACCUAAAAGAGUCACUGACUGUCUCCCAAUUCAUAAAAGUAUUGCGCAAUAACUCAGAUGACAGCCGGGCGAAGAUACAGAUUCAGGACAUGUUCCAAAAAUUCCUACAAAGAGGAUAUUCAAAAACGGUUUUGAAUGUGGCAUAUACAAAGGCAAUAGAAUCAAUUGCAGAAAACAGGAUUCAUCAAGACAUCGGUGAUCGAUUCAUCUUCCCUCAGGCAUUUCAUCCAAAGUCCCAAAAACUCAGAGAUACCAUUCAAAAAAAUUGGCACGUUCUAUACAAUGACUCAUCCCUGCCUCCUGUAUUUAACAAACAUCCCAUUAUGAGUUACAGAAAAGGGAAAAAUCUGAGAGACUAUUUGAUGCACACAGAUAUAGUGUCCAUAACACAGUCAUUACAGAAAGUGACAAAAGCCGGAUGUUUUCGCUGUUCGAACUGUCUGGCGUGCAAUUCUGUGAUACUGGGUAAAACCUCCUGUCUCCCAAAAUCUGAAAAGGUGUGCACAAUUAAACACUGGAUUACGUGCAGGACCACACAUGUUGUGUAUAGAAUUAUAUGCCCCUGUGGUCUCACUUACGUGGGCAAGACAUAUAAUGACCUAAGGGAACACAUGCGGGGUCAUAGAUCUACUAUACGUUCAGCACUACUGAGCGGCACUGCGAGCACUCCAGUCGCCCGGAAUUUCCUUGAGAUGGGACAUAGCCUGUCCUCACUUUGCUUUAUGGGAAUAGAUAACAUACCCAUCUCACCCAGAGGAGGAGAUCGUGAUAACCUGUUACUCAGACCUGAGGCUUUCUGGAUAUACACGUUGGAAACAUUAUCAACAUCUGGUUUAAAUGAGAAGAACUCAUUAUAUUGUUUCUUACCUAGACGAUAAUAUAUGAUUGAGCUAUGUUUUACAGAAUGCAUUAAUAUAAUAGUUAUUUGACGUAACUCCAUGAUGGAAGUAGUCAAUAUUGUAUAAUGCUUCAAAAUUGCACUGACAAUAUUUUGCUAUAUAACGGAGUUAAUAUUUAGCUAAUGACAAUAUGUACUAUGUAUCUAUGUUCCCUUGGUUAGGGUUGAAACAUUUGUAUAUACUUUAUUUUUAUAGUUAUUUAUCUUUUAUUACUUUCUGGCUUAUCUACACGAGAGUAUGUUUCACAUACCAGUUACACAUAGGGUUAACUUCAAUUUAUUACGUGAUUCAAAUGACGUCAUUAAUGACAUCACUCUGAUCAGUUACAUUUCACCUGUUCACCUCCAAAUAGGAUCACUGCAUUUUGUGUAUAUAAAAAGUAUCCAUCUCACAUACACAAUUGUCUUGAAAAAAGUAUUUUACAGACUGAAACGUCGACUGAAACGUUGUGUGAAUUUGUAAUUGCUCAAUAAAGCAACAGAUGAAAUUUACCUUGAAAGACUCCUGAGUGCUCUCUACUGGUAUCGUAUACAAUUUGGUUGCAGACAGCACCGGAGCAUUAUAUAUAUCAUAUAUUAUGUAUGUAUGGUGUGUGUAUUGUGCUCACUACACAUUUUUGCAUUUUUUAAUGAUCAAGUAAGUUCAGCAUUUGUUUAAAUGCAGAUAUAGGUAUACAUACGGACAGAUUUAGAAUAUUUUCUGAAAAGCGUUGCAUUUACGUCUUCUGUACUUUUAGCACAUAUGUAUGUGGCGUAGACUUUAGUUAUAGUCUAGCUAUGGUAGUAAUAUAACACAAAAUGGAGAAAUAAAGUAAACAGAGUGCAGGUCAGGAGUCCGGAUACAAGUCAAGGGCUCAAGGAGUCAAGGGCUCAUGAGCUGCACCACUCCUAUUACCUACAUGGUAGUAAUAUACACUGCUCAAAAAAAUAAAGGGAACACUUAAACAACACAAUGUAACUCCAAGUCAAUCACACUUCUGUGAAAUCAAACUGUCCACUUAGGAAGCAACACUGAGUGACAAUCAAUUUCACAUGCUGUUGUGCAAAUGGAAUAGACAACAGGUGGAAAUUAUAGGCAAUUAGCAAGACACCCCCAAUAAAGGAGUGGUUCUGCAGGUGGUGACCACAGACCACUUCUCAGUUCCUAUGCUUCCUGGCUGAUGUUUUGGUCUCUUUUGAAUGCUGGCGGUGCUUUGACUCUAGUGGUAGCAUGAGACGGAGUCUACAACCCACACAAGUGGCUCAGGUAGUGCAGCUCAUCCAGGAUGGCAGGUCAAUGCUGUGGCAAGAAGGUUUCCUGUGUCUGUCAGCGUAGUGUCCAGAGCAUGGAGGCACUAUCAGGAGACGUGGAGGAGGCCGUAGGAGGGCUACAACCCAGCCACUACCUCUGCCUUUGUGCAAGGAGGAACAGGAGGAGCACUGCCAGAGCCCUGCAAAAUGACCUCCAGCAGGCCCCAAAUGUGCAUGUGUCUGCUCAAACGGUCAGAAACAGACUCCAUGAGGGUGGUAUGAGGGCCUGACUCCACAGGUGGGGAUUAUGCUUACAGCCCAACACCGUGCAGGACUUUUGGCAUUUGCCAGAGAACACCAAGAUUGGCAAAUUCGCCACUGGCGCCCUGUGCUCUUCACAGAUGAAAGCAGGUUCAUAUGAGCACGUGACAGACGUGACAGUCUGGAGACGCCGUGGAGAAUGUUCUGCUGCCUGCAACAUCCUCCAACAUGACCGGUUUGUCAGUGGGUCAGUAAUGGUGUGGGGUGGCAUUUCUUUGGGGGGGCCGCACAGCCCUCCAUGUGCUUGCCAGAGGUAGCCUGACUGCCAUUAGGUACCGAGAUGAGAUCUUCAGACCCCUUGUGAGAUCAUAUGCUGGUGCGGUUGGCCCUGGGUUCCUCCUAAUGCAAGACAAUGCUAGACCUCAUGUGGCUGGAGUGUGUCUGCAGUUCCUGCAAGACGAAGGCAUUGAUGCUAUGGACUGGUCCGCUCGUUCCCCAGACCUGAAUCCAAUUGAGCACAUCUGGGACAUCAUGUCUCGCUCCAUCCAGCAACAUCAUGUUGCACUACAGACUGUCCACGAGUUGGCAGAUGCUUUAGUCCAGGUCUGGGAGGAGAUCCCUCAGGAGACCAUCCGCCCCCUCAUCAGGAGCAUGCACAGGCGUUAUAGGGAGGUCAUACAGGCACGUGGAGGCCACACACACUACUGAGCCUCAUUUUGACUUGUUUUAAGGACAUUACAUCAAAGUUGGAUCAGCAUUUAGUGUGUUUUUCCACUUUAAUUUUGAGUGUGACUCCAAAUCCAGACCUCCAUGGGUUGAAAAAUUUGAUUUCCAUUUUUAAAUUUUUGUUGUCAGCACAUUCAACUAUGUAAAGAACAAAGUAUUUCAGAAGAAUAUUUAAUUCAUUCAGAUCUAGGAUGUGUUCCCUUUAUUUUUUUGAGCAGUGUACUUGUGGAUUGUUCGUGCAAUUUAAUUUAAGGAGAAACUAUAGUGCUAGGAAAACAAAGUUGUUUUUUUGUCACUCGCCACAGGUUUAGGCCACUGAGAAUAAACAUGAGGAUGUGAUUUUUGUAAACUAUGGCACAGCCAUACAUGAAAAGUUUGCAAAAUAAGUUUUAGUGGCAUUUUAAUACACAUUCCUCUACAUGGUACAAACAACCAAAUACUAUGGCUCCUGCAAAAAAGUAAGCAAUCAAAUUUUACUUUUUAUAUAAUGAGUGGUUUUGGAGGAAAAUGCUAAAUCAAAAAUCAUGAUAAAAUAUAAAGAAAGCUACAUGUACUAAGACAUCACUUUCUUCUUUUGGUUUAUCCUGCUUCCUCUAAAUAAAUUCUCUCUUGAUUUUUACCUAGAUGCAGUUGAUCGAUAGUAUCAGCAAAAAGCUUUCUGUUCUUCAUGAAGCACAAAAUGACCUCCAAGAAGAAAUUGGCGCAAACUCCGCCCUGGGAUGUGAAGUUGGAGAGCUGCUCAAGUGUCUUUGUAAACCCAAUGAAUAUGACAAAUUCCGGAUGUUUAUUGGAGACCUCGAUAAAGUUGUGAAUCUGUUGUUAUCCCUGUCUGGACGUUUGGCCAGAGUUGAGAGUGUUUUGAGUAGUGAAGAUCCUGAGCCAUCUUUGGAGGAGAAGGUACAUCAUUUUAUUUACUCUUGUUGUAAUGGUUUUACCACGCAAGGCACACAAUUGUUCUAAAAAAAUUGUCUAAUGUGUACAUAGUUAAUGUAGCUGGACACCUGGUAACCCGACUAGUUACAUCCGCUAUAGAAGGAUUAAGUGACCCAUCUUCCCCAGUAACCAGACAACACACCGUUCCAGGGGUACAAAAACUUGGCCACACUCUGCUUUAUACUGUUCCCAUGCAAGGGGUGGAUGUCACACAAAGACUAUGUCCUCUCCCAGGGUCCUCCCCCUCCCACGGGUCGUGUAACGGUUCCGGAACCCCAGACUCUUUGUCCUCUAUUCCCCCCACUCAGUGGGCCCUCCCCCUCCCAGGGGUCUCCUCCCUGGAAACGGAAUCCCCAUCCCUUUGUGCCCUGUUUCUGCCACCUAUCCUCUGGGAUUCCCACCUCCGGUGGCCAGGGGUCUUCAUCCCACGAGCCUCUAUACUGGGGAGGCCCAGCGCGAAAAAGUUUCCUGCCCCGGACUCCCAGGUACAGAAAGCCUGCUAACCCAUCAUUGUCCCCAUCAGAGUGUCCCCACCAAUGUUAGGGAUCCCCCCGAAUGGUAACUGGCUUAGUUCGUGGGAUUCCUAGGUCAAACCAGGCAAGGGAAGCGUCUUUGUUCGGGACAUGAAUGCUCCCCCUGGCCGCCGUCCAUCUAUACGCAUGGCAGCCACCCACGGAAGCACUUAUUAAUUACUUACCCUUGUAGUUUCACACUUAUGUUGCGAACUGCCAAUGUUCUAAUUGAUUGGUGUGAACACUCCAAGGGGCCCUAGGGAGGUCUAGGUUCGGUAGCCGAACGGGGUGGGAAUCAAUCUGCGAAUGCUCCCCCUAGAUGGCGUUCGUCUAACAAAUGGGCCGCCACCCAGGGACGGCACGCGCUGAGGCUUCCGUUGCAGUUUGCGGUUUCCCACCUCGUUAACUAGGUGUAAACGUUCUAAACAAACAUUCUACAUGGGUUAUUGAGAUGGUCCCUGUUCGGGAGGCAGGCAAAACACACGAAUACACAUAGUUUUAUGGGAAAACAUGGGGGUGUCACACAGCAGUUAACUGAGAGUUAGUAGUCCCGCCACAGUUAAGCCUAUAAAUGUUGUUCCUAUGUCUGUUUUUCAACCUUUUUAUACCUAUACUAAAAUUACAACUUGACUGGUUAGUGUUAAGAGUUUAUGAAUUGUGAGUUGCUGAAACUAGCUGUAUGUUGUUGGAUUCAUUUUUGAGUGUUGUGUGUCUUACAGCUAAUAAUUGUAUGUUUUCAAUGCAGUUGAGUCUUCUGGAGAAAAAGAAGCAGCUUACAGACCAACUUGAAGAUGCAAAGGAACUGAAAGCACAUGUCACCCGAAGGGAGCAGGUGGUACUUGAGGUAGUUUCUCGGUAUCUCAAUGAGGAUCAACUUCAAGACUACCAACACUACGUCAAGAUGACUUCUGCUCUCAUUGUUGAACAGAGGGAAUUGGAAGACAAAAUCCGACUUGGAGAAGAACAACUGAGAUGUCUCAGAGAGAGCCUGUAACAAUAGUUAUAUGAAUGGAGAACUGCUUGGUUAUCUUUAAAUAUCUUUUUAACUUCAACUUUUUAAGUUCCAACAAAGACCUAAUCUGCUCUGGAGAUUUUUAACAGCAUAUAUAUACGUUGCUGAUGAUUUUUUUUUUUUUUCCCUUGCUCAACACUACAUCUUUCCCCCCCACCCUUCCGCAACUGAAAACUUUUCAUGCAUCAUCUCGACCAUUUCACACCUCUUCUACACUACAAUAUAUGGCUUCAUCCUAAAAGUUACUAAAGCAGACCUCUAAUUGUUGCACUAAAUCCAGUAUUUGGAAUUUAAAAAUUUGCUUAAUACUUAUGUUUAUUAGCAAGGUGCUGGUGAAUAUAGCAAUGUUUUACUCCUGAAAAUAUCUGUGCCAAAGGUUGUUUUUUUUUUCAAAGGAAGAUCUGACUUGAUUUUUAAUCAUCAUCGUUGUGUUAGUCUGGAAUUUUCAUUGUCAUAAUGUUUGAGACCUAUGUCUUUUUUUUGUUCAAUCCAUGCUGGUUUUUGUCACAGCAUGGCAAGAACUGGUUAAUGACCAUGCGUACAACAUAACACUUGAGACAUUGUUCAUAUUAUACAGCUGUAGAAAUUUAAAUAUCCCAAGAUCUUUGCAUUUAUGAUUUUUGGGGUAUAUGUAAAAAUAUGUACUUGCAUGUAUCUUCUCACCCCAAAUUUCAUUUUUUAUUUUUUUAUUUUGAGUGUAGGAGAUUUUUUAUGAUUACAUAUACUGUUUCAAACAGAAGUUUCAUCAUAAAUGACUUGAUGAUAUUUUACUUGCAGAACCCCCUUGCUAAUGGCUAACUGGAAAUUGCAAGAAAUUUCAAAAAGGGACAGUAUGGUUGGUGUGCUUUUUGUCUUCUGAUGUAAAUCCUAGCUCCCAAAAUGCAUACAUCAGUGGGUUAAAUUUAAAAAAAUUUGCUUUUAAUGCCGUUCUACUCAGAGAGACAACACACUGCAAUCUUGUACCUCUUUUAAUUGAGGAUUUAAGUGCCUUAAUACGUUGUUAGUCUAUAUAAUUAUAUAUAUUUGAUGAUACAAGUGUACAUUUCAUUGCAAUCUUAGAUCCACAAAGUACUAUUUUGUCCUAACUGGAAAACAAAGAAAAAUCUGAAGCACUCUACCUCUUAAAUCUCUAAUUAGAGCAAAUCUUAUAUGACCAAAGAUCACAAAAAUAAUUUACUCAAAUCAACAAUUUUUAAACCUUACUGACUAAAGGGUAAAACGCAAAAUGGAAUGUGCCUUAUAUUUAGCUCUAAUUAUUACUUUAUAAAAGAAACCUAUAGCUCAUGCUAUAUAUACUAUGUUAUAAUUUCAGUAACGUUUCUUUUAUUGUUUUAUUGCUUUACAUUUUAUUUCCUCCAAGGAACAUUUUAACUCCAUAAAACAUAGCUUAUCUAUGAAUUGCAUCAUAUGAUUUGUGCCAGUAGUUCCAAAUAUUGUCUUAUAUACCAGGCCUUGUAAUUUUUAUUUUACCAAUAUGAUGCAUGCAUACAAAAAACAAAAACAAAAAAAAAACACAUUUACACUAACAGAUAUAUAUUUUAUGGUUAUUCUUAAAAAUUUUGGCACACUAAUAUUUUUUUUUUUUUUUUUAUUUCCUAAAACUUCAGCAGUUAUCUCUGAAUUCCUAGUUAACUCUUUUAUUGGGGAGUUUGAAUAUUUUUUGUAAUUUUGUAUUUUAUUUAAAAAAAAAAAAAGAAAAGAAAAAGGAAUUUGGCCAAAUAGAAACAUGUAUUUUGUUAAUGUUACUCAGGACCAAGCCAAAGACUCAAAGUAUACAUUUCUAAACUAAUACCAAAAUCAAGUCAAUUUUUAUGAUGUAUUAAAAUUUUUGUCUGCACAUUCUUGAUUGUAACCCCUUCACGGUUUAAAAGCUUGAUAUUUAUGCAUUCUGAAAACUGUUAUAUCUGUCAUAUCUUACAUAAAGAGGUGACAAUGACACAUAUUUGUUUCGGAUCCAUAAUCUCCCAUUGAUUACUUAAUUAUUCCAUUAGCACAUUUAUGGAAUUAUUAUUUGAUGGCAAUUUUCUCUAAUCCUUUUUGUUCUAAUUUCAAACUUUAUUAUUGGUGACAAUUUAGGAGCCUAUACAAACCGUAUCUGUGUGGGUUUCAGUGCUUACAACUGCUACAUAUUGAGAAGUUGCAAAAUCUAAUCAAAGGGUGUUUGAUUUUCAAACAAAUACAGUAAUGUCUGGGCAAUGCUAUAAAUAUUACCAAAAAAUGUAGACUAGUGAAAGAAGACCUUUAACUGGAAAUUAACCACUUAAAAAACAAUCUGAGUAUAUUAGCCAAUUCUUUGAAACUUCAGUAGCCUUGCUUUUAUUUGCAAAAUUGAGCAAUGACACCUUUUGUUGGAUAAAAUAAAUGAAAUAUAGCAUUUUUAACUGAUUAGGGGAUUUUAAAUUAUAAUUAGGAUAACUGGGUUAACGUAUAAGAGAAUAAGACACCAGGUCGAUGGGGUUAAGCCCUGAAUUAAAGGAACACUAUAGGGUCAGGAACACAAACAUGUAUUCCUGGCCCUAUAGUGUUAAAACCACCAUCUAGCCCCCCUGGGCCCCUCAUGCCUCCCUAAAUAUAGCAGAAUCUUACUUGUAUUCAAGCCUGAAGCUGUAGCUCUGCAUGCUGUUUGCCUCAGACCAGCAAGCAGUCUGCUGUCAAAAUCAGAAGUGGUAGCCUGAUCCAAUCACAGUGCUUCUCCAUAGGAUUGGCUGAGACUGACAAGGAGGCAGAUCAGGGGCAGAGCCAGCACAAUUCAAACAGCCCUGGCCAAUCAGCAUCUCCUCAUAGAGAUGAAUUGAAUCAAUGAAUCUCUGAGGAAAGUUCAGUGUCUGCAUGCAGAGGUAGGAGAUACUGACUGUUUGGAUGCAUUUUAGGCAGUCAUGACACAGGAAGGAUCUCUAACAGCUAUCUGAGGAUUGGCCAGUGGAGUAAUCACUAGGCUAUAAUGAAAACACUGCAUUUUCUCUGAAAAGACAAUGUUUACAGCAAAAAGCCUGAAGGUAAUGAUUCUACUCACCAGAACAAAUUCAAUAAACUGUAGCUGUUCUGGUGACUAUAGUGUCCCUUUUAAACUUUAUUUGAAAGACAUGAAUAGAAGGCUUGAAAACCGUUGAUAGUCCAGUGUUUAGGCAAAACACUCUUUGUUAAUGUGUGCAGUGGUUUAUUUAAUUCUGAUACAAACAAUUAUAUACUAUUCACCAUUACCAUUAUAUCUGGAUUUUUGUUUUCUUUUAACUUUUUGAUAAUUUUUCAGAUUUAAGUAUCAUGUAUUUUUUUUUUCUGUAACAAUUUUUAUUAAGAGCAAUACUAGUGCUUGCUUACACCCAAACAUACAGCAACAAUAAGGGCUUACAAAUAUCUAAGCCAUGGCUGGGCAACCUUCGUCACUUGAGGUGUUGUGGACUAAAUCUCCCUUGAUGUUUUAUAGAAACAUAGAAACAUAGAAUGUGACGGCAGAUAAGAACCAUUCGGCCCAUCUAGUCUGCCCAAUUUUCUAAAAACUUUCAUUAGUCCCUAGCCUUAUCUUAUAGUUAGGAUUGCCUUAUGCCUAUCCCAUGCAUGCUUAAACUCCUUUACUGUGUUAACCUCUACCACUUCAGCUGGAAGGCUAUUCCAUGCAUCCACUACCCUCUCAGUAAAGUAAUACUUCCUGAUUUUGCCAGCAUUAUGGCUGUAAGUGCAUUAUAGAAGAUGUAGUCCAUAUCAUUUGGAGCGCUGAAGUUUGCUGACCCCUGAUCUAAGCUACGAUCUGUAUUAACAGUGUAACUUUGAUACACGACAGCCAAAUGUAUGAGGAGUUUGUUCUAUAUCUCUCAUUUUGUCACCAAGAUAAUAUAUCCAGGCUAUUUCAGCUGGAUUUGAGAUGUUUAAUAUUGAGGUAGUAAUUUUCAUAGGCACCAAAUAGCUAGUUUGUUUGAUCCAGUCAUCUUGAAAUGGGAG